AGCAAUUCUAGUGUAAUAAAAAAAAUAUGAAUAUGAUACAAUCAAACAAAUGACCGCUCACCUUCUGAAGAGCCUUUAAGACCUGUUUCUAGGUGAUAAGGCUUAUGUACCAAUAGAGGGGAAUGUAGGCCUUCUUUGAUGUAGAAGCAGACGAUGGCUUGGAAUCAGCAGCGUGAUUUGUUGGUAUGUACAUUUAUUAAGACAUAUAACGUUAAAACAAAUGGUAAAAUUAAUAAUUCUUUUGGCACUCCUUACGACUUCAGAGACGCAUUUUGCCAACUGGUUUCUUUAUCAGUCGGUAUAAGCUGCCCCUAAUAUGGUGUUCUAUGUAAAUCACCGGUCUUCAUUCUAAUUAUUAUUAUGUUGUUAUAUAUAUAUAGCACCAACAAAUUCUGCAGCGAUUUACAAUGGGUGGACGAACAAGCAUGUAGUUGUAACCAGACAAGUUGGACACACAGGAACAGAGGGGUUGAGGGCUCUGCUCAAUGAGCUUACAUGCUAGAGGGAGUGGGGUAAAGUGACACAAAAGGUAAGGAUAGUAUUCGACUAAUGACAGUUGCAAGAGAGGAAUCAGUCGGGAGCUAUUAACAUUUUAAUUGAUACGCUUUUAAGAAGAAGUGGGUUUUUAAUGACUUUUUGAAGGAGUGGAGACUGGGCGAUAGAGAAGUGACCACGAGAUUUUGCAGCGACUAGAUCAUUGGAUACUUUGGUCAGUUCCGUUUCCACAGAGUGCUUAGCGCGGAAACCAGACUGAAGCAGGUCUAGCAGAGAGUUGAACUCGAAGUCUGUCAGUCUCUUAUACACAACUGUUUCAAGGAUCUUGGAUGCAAAAGGCAGAAGCGAGAUGGGACAGAAGUUGGAUGGGGAGUUAGGGUCAAGGUUGGGCUUCUUUAGAAUUGGGGUUAUAAGUCCGAUGCAUGUUUGAAGUCCGAUGGAAAUAUGCCAGAGGAGAGAGAGAGAGAGAGAUGGAGAAUUUUAGUGAGAGGUAGAAAAAAAGAAUACAGAGUACGGAUGAGAUGUGAGGGAAUUGGAUCUAGGGAGCAGUUGGUGGGACGGGAGGACUGGAGCAGAGCAGAAACCUCUUCCGAUGUAGCGGGUGCGAAUGAACAUAGAACAGCAGAGGGAGUGAGGUUAGGGGAGGUAUUGUAAGGGAGAGAAGUAUGAGAGAUCGCUUCCCUGAUUGUAGAGAACCUGUCAGUGAAGUGAGUUGCAAAGUCUGAGGUGGUCAAGUUAGUAGUUGGAACAAUAGGGCGAAGAAGAGAGUUAAAUGUGUGAAAUAGUCGUUUGGGUUCACAGGAGUGUGUGGUUAUGAGGGUAUUGAAGUAAUUUACUUUUGCAGCGGAAAGAGCUAAGCUGUAGAGCGCAGCAUAAAUUUAUAGUGGAGAAAGUCAGACUAAUUGGCUGUUCUGAUGGCGAUCUGUCCAAUCGCGGGAGCUGCGAGAGUGGAUUUGGCUUCCUGUCUGUUCCCACAUUCGUAAGCAUGCCAGUCAACUUGCUAAAAAGAGAACAAAACACUGCUUGUGUCCCAAUUCAAGAAGAAGCUCACACAAAAUAAGAUUACUUUUACUCCAACAAGGGAGAUAAAAUCAUGAACCCCAAGCUCAUUGUAGCAGCCUUUCCUAAAUACUAUGAGAAACUAUACAAAAACAUACACUAUACUAAACUAUAUAAUUAUAAAAAUUAUAUAGACACAUAUGUUCUCACUCUGACAGAGAUAGCUUAGUCUACCAACUUUAUUAACUUCUUAUCAUGAGUAGCUGACCCAGAUUUUUUACAUACAAAAAUUUUAGAAAUAGUCACUUUCUCAAAAAUGCCUGGGUCCAGAUGGCUUCCAUAUUAUUUACUACCAAACUUUUAAACAUACUUUGGCUCUUUAUUUAACAUUAGCUUUAGCUGAGGUUCCCUUCCUUCAGAGAAUCUGUUUUUACAUAUUGAAACUCUGCUAAAAUCCUGGAAAGGCACACAAUUACUGUCAGAAUUUCAGACCUAUUUUUACAUUUAAAUAGUGAUAAUACAUUUAUGCUAAGCUACUUGCAAACUAGUGUUAAUUUUGGCAUCAAAUUUUAAUUUAGUUUUAGCCCUUUUCUUUUGACUAAAAAUACAUUUUAGUCGUAUUUUAGUCAUCUGAAUUCCUUUAGUUUUAGUGUAGUUUUAGUCGACAGAAUCUUAAAAAGUUAAGCUGACUAAAAUCUGACUAAAAUUGUUAGUCAACAAAAUUAAUGCUGUUGCAAACACACUGGCCCUCCUUUUACCUUUACUUAUACACUUUGAGCAGUCGAACUUUGUCAAAAAUCGCCAAGGCUCUAUUACGAGACGAGUACUGCAUAUACUACUACAUAUUGAAAAGAUAAAUGAACAGUGCCUUUUUCAGGCACAUAAUGUGGAAAAGGCCUUUGGCAGAUUAGAGGCAGUAUACGCAACAAGUUCUAAUUAAAUAUGGUUUUCCUGCCCCUUUUGUUAAUGCAAUAAUGGCAUUGUACAACUGCUCUCUUGUUUCUGUGUUUAACGCCAGGUUUACGUCCUCCCCAUUUAGGAUUGCUAAUGGUACAAUAAAAGGCUGCCCACUCCCUCCACUUUUGGCCUUGGAGCCUCUGAUUCAAACUCACCCACAUUUUUCAGAUAUUACAUGAGGUCCGACUGACCACCACAUAUCAAUAUAUGCAGAUGACAUCCACCUUAUGCUAACAAGCCCAAAGAAUUAUUGGAAAGCGACUGUAAUGUAAUUUUUACUGAGGGAGUGAAUCAGGAUGCUUAGAGGGAAACUAAUCUGUAUUCCUAGUACUAUACUUUCCUCUGCUCAUUGCUGCAAUGCUUUCCUUUGGGGAUUUAACUGAUGCUGGAUGUCUUCAUGCAAUCGUUAGUAAGGCAACUUUUGCCUAAUUGACAGCCACUAGAUUCAGUCUUAACCAUGCAAUAUAAUUAUUCUCGAAACUGCAAUAAUUACAUUGCAGGGUUAAGUUGACAGAGUUACUGCACCAGACCACUUCAAUAAGCUGAAGUGGUCAGGGCGCCUAUAUUGUGCCUUUAAUGGACUACAUGUUGUCACCUGUUGCUAUAUUCAAAUAGGAGUGCACCAUCAUUCACCACUUGUAUCUCACUGACAACUUUGUUUUGUUUGCAGUGUAAUACAUUUUGCUUAUAUUUCUCACCAAUCCUGUUGCAAAAUAAUGAUAUUUUACAGUUUUUAUUAAUACCUUUUUCAUAGAAACAUGGGUUUAUUUAGGAAAAUAGUGUUUAAAAAAAGUUGCCUAACUGACAAUGGACAUCCUCACGCACAUAGGGCUUCAAAGUAAACAAAAGAGCGAAUUUAUUUUAAGGAGACGUGCAUUUGCAUAUAACCAAUGUUUCAGUCCAACUACCUUGACAUAUUAAGAAAAGUUUGGUAACGGGACUGAAAUGGUGAAUGUAUGCUGUUGCACAGCUGUAAAAAACUAAUUACGUUACCUUGCUGAUUUUGAAGUCCUAUGAGUGUGUUCUUCACUUUGGCCGAGAUCAUCAAACUUGAACUUGAUGAUCUCUCCUGUAGGAAAGCAUUGGGAGGCUAUUGUGCAUGUGUGUUAAAAAGCUGCAUGGUCAGUCAGCAUCUCCAUGAGAAGCAUUCAGCGCCUCCAUGCAGACCCAAUCUAAUACACUGCCCCCUCCACCAAUUCUAAUACACUGCCCCUUAAUCUAAUACACUGCCCCUCCUCCCUCCACUCUAAUUGAAUACACUGCCCUCCCCCAAUUUAACACACUGCCCCUCCUCCCAUCACACUAAUAAACUGCCACCACCCACCACUUUAAUACACUGCCCCACUCCCACCUCCAAUAUUAUACACUGCCCCUCCCCCAAAUUAAUACACUACCACCUCUCCCCAAUUUAAUACAUUGGUCCCCUCCCUCAUCCAAAUGAAUACAGUACCCUCUCCCUAAAAUUAAUACACUGCCCAAUCCUUCUCCCAAUUUAAUACACUGCCCCCUUCCUCCCUCAAAUUAAUACACUGCCCCCCCUCCCAAUUUAGUACAUUACACAGGAAGGUCCCCCAAACCCCUCUUCCCCUACCUUAAGAUGAGUCCUGCUUUUCUCUGCUCAAGCAGGCCAGACGCUCCUCUGGCACUGCGAGCAGGAGGGAAGGAGGAGUGGCUUGCCUGCGGGAGUACACGAUCAGCCAUCGGAGGGAAGACAAGAAUCAGACAGGAAAUAGCUUUCCUGUCUUGGCAGGGCAGGGGGGGCACAAAUAUAUCCAUUUUGGGCUGCAUGAGGCCCGGGGGCCGCAAGUUUGACAUGCUUGUGCUAGACUGCCUGAACAGGCAGGAUAUAAAUCAGCAAGAAGUCAUCUCUAAACAAAUGGUUGGUGGGCGCAGACUUAUUGUGACAGUAUCCGAGAGGAGUAGAGUGAUAAUAUCCAACUGUAUUUGAAUGUGAAAAACUGUGACGUAGUUUCUCUCAAAAGCUAUAUGUAACAUUGGAAUCAACAUAUCCAAACAUGCAUGUAGAUUCUUUAGAAAUACCUAUGAGCAGUGCAUUAGAGAAUUUGAUGUUUUCAAUGCUAUCAAACCAAUAAUCUGUUGUGAUAUUGAUAUCUGUCCUUCUAAAAUAGUUAUGUCUAGACGUGUUGGAAGAUUUAUAGUACAAUAAACAGUAUCUCACUUAUUCAACUCCAUAAAUUGCUUUUUUUCUUCAAAGAUUAUUAAAAAAAGGACUGGAGAAUUGUAUUUGCAUCUAAGCUCUUGGUCAUUAAAGGGGAGAGGUAUAUUAAAGCUAUAAAAAAAUGACUUCACAAUCCAGUUCAAUACAAUUACCACCAGGGCACGCAUUGCAAACGACAAGGAGAUAUAGAAACAUACAGGAUUAUUCACUAAACACAGGGUUUGGUUUGAAUGGAGAAAAAACAAAGAUCUGAUCACAUUGGGAAAUCGCAGAUUUACUAAAGCCAAUGCAGUUAGCGUUCGGUCAGUCCAAAAGGUUCUGCAACAUUUGUUCUGAUGCAUUCAGAAAAUCACUAAAUUCAGCAGCCAAACCAAUAUACAGCACCGGAAUUGCAGAUUUGUUAACAACCGCAUAGUGGCUGAUAAUAAGCCGAACGCAUCCUGCAGCUUACCGGUUCUCAAAUUAUUGUUCACUAUCAUAAAUGUAUCAUUUGAAAAACUAGCGCAAACUAGCGAGCAAAUAGUUAAAUAACCCUCAGCAGCACAAGGUGCUAACAUGGCUAACAGAAGCAACAAUCAUUACACAUUGAAAAAGAUUGAAAUCAGAAUCAACUCAACCCUUAGAGUUACAGCCCCCAUCCUGCAGUGUGGUGCUUCAGAACUUUAUAAGAGUAUCUCAUGAGUAUCUCAGCUACAGAAUGAUUGAGCACCUUACAGAAGAUAGUGGGCACUUUGGAACUGAGCCUACACUAUGUAAAGUUCAGUAGGAACUAUUAGCGUCAGUGCUGGCAGAAAUGGCCCUUGUCCUCUCUGGAUUUUCUGGCUUUAAAUAUGUAUUAUGUAUUUUAGUACAUUAUAUUACUUUAUAAGACCUUGAGUAUUUGCUGAGGCUGUUGGGGGAGAGAAAAAUAAAUUUGGCAUGGCAAGGAGCCAUGCUCUUUGUGCGCUACUUCCAAGAUGGCUUCUUGCCGCUUUCUCCUGAGGGCAGCUUGACUCCAUCCCCUGGCCCAUGGAUAGAGAGGGCAAAGGGCAGCUGGAUCUGCUGCUCAAAUGGCAACUUAAUAGGAGGUCCAAGAAAUUCCUGCUUAAAGAAGAUUAGGCAUGUGCAAAACCUGCAGAAACAGGACAAAUUUGAAAUAUGUCCCCCCCCUUUUUUUUUUUUUUACAAGAAAGCUUCUCCAGAUAUCGACCAGUAAGUAGGGAGUGGUCAUGCAUAACAAAAACCUAUCACAGAAUUAAAGAUGCACCAAUUUUUUUUCCAUUUUAUCUUGGCACACACAUAGGCAAUGGCUGGAGUAUUAUAUUGCAUAGAGAAUCAUAUUGCAUAGAUUAUAGAUAAUAGUGUUGGAUAGAGGUAGUGAGACACGUGUGUGUAUGUGGAAUAGAGAGACAGUUGGGUGGGGAGAUUAAAUUGGAGGGGGAUGUGGAGAAAUAAAGUGGGAUAAAAUUAUCAGUAACCUCUAUAUAAAUACACCACCAGGCAUUCAUACAAUCAGUGACACACCCUACAAAGACAAACCUGCAACAGACUUGCCUUUCAUAUACAAUGUAGACACACUCCACCCAAAUACAUCCCAAUGUUCCACAAACAUAGGAACUCUGCAUUUGCACACAAAAAUAGACAAGUGGCAGCCCACUCCCAUCAGCUGCAGCGAGCCCCAGCCUCCUCUUAUCUGCUGCUGCCUUGUCCCACUGGAGCCAAAGGAAGUCACCCUUCUGCAUCAAAAAGGUAUAGAAACAGAAGCUUAACUAUAAAUGUGUGUCUGUAAGAUUGUGUUCAUCUCAUUGAGUGUAUCUGUGUGUCAAUAUGUGAAUACACCCAUGUUUUUUAUGAAUCAGCAAAAUUGAUAAAUCUACUGUGUCCCUAAAAAGAAGGCAUAUAUUUAAAAAUUUCACGGUUCAAGAAAAGCAACCGAUGAAAGAAAACUGGCAUAUUUAGUAGAUUAUGUCAAAUAUUCACAGAAAAUUAGACAUACAAGUGUCAGUGAUGUUUUGAUAAAUCUUUCUUUUUUCACUAAAUGUUUUCACUAAAUCUAAAUAAUUUUUCAUUUAAAUGUUGGCAAAUAUAAUUAUAAAUACAUUUCAAUUCCUUCUACAAUUUCAAGACUGGGCUGGUUUUGUAAUGCAAACCAAAGGACAAAAAAGGAUUGUCCAGGUAACAUCAUCUGCACUCAAACUAAUAUAAACAAUGAGUAAUGGGGAAAAGAGCAAGUCAACUAGACCAGUGUUUCCCAACCCAGUCCUCAAGGCACACCUACCAGUCCAGGAUUUAGGGAUUACCCAGUUGUGUCUAAGGUGUUUUUUUUCUUCUUUGUAAAAACACCUUAGACACAACUGGGUAAUCCCUAAAUCCUGGACUAGUAGGUGUGCCUUGAGGACUGGGUUGGGAAACACUGAACUAGACCAAGGGUUCUUAACCUGUGAGGUGUGCCUCCCCUGGUGAGGUGCAAAGGUGUUGCUGGGAGGUGUAACGUUCCUCGUUAACAUUUUUGUAAUUCAUUUUUGUAGAAUUUACUUUAGAUACAGUCAUGUCGCGAUAUUCAGAUUUAAAAAAAUGUCGAAGGCAUUUGAAUAAUCAAAAUUCGUAUAAUUGAAGUGUUCGGUAAACUGAAGACUGCUGUUAUUGCGGUUGUGCUUAGUAAAGCGAAGACUAACUGUCCGUUUAGCUUAAUCUUGUACCAAACUCCCAUCCCUGAAAUGACUCACAACACUUGCUUACAACAAUCACAAGAACAGUAGAAAAGCAGUCACAUUAUAACUCUGCACUCGGUGACUGUUAUUGUUAGAUUGCAAUGCAACUGAAAAAUUUUUUUUUUUCUAAGACUGUCUAAUUUUAAUUACUGUUAGCUUAUUUAAAGGGACACUCCACUACCCAAACACAAAAUUAAAAAAAUCACUGUUUAGUAUAUAUACCCCAAAUAAAAACAUUCAUGCAUUUUAUUAUGCAGUUUUCUUGUCUGCUGCCUUUGCAAAUCCUCCCCUUCUAACCCCAGCCCAGACUAGGGCGUUCUAUGCCGUCCAUAUUAUAAUGGGCUUUAAAGCCGUUACGGCGGCAUAGAACGCCACAACAGCUUUCAGCCCCAGGAACAAGGAGGUACUCACCUCCACCGCGAACCCAGGCAAUUAAGGCCCUACAAAACUAAACUGACAGGCAGUCCUCCUGCUGGUGAAAUAGUAAAAAAAAAAAAAAAAGUUAUUAGAGCAACCAGUAAGAAAAAAAAAUAAAAAAAAUAUAUAUAUAUAUAUUCUGGUGUCUAUAGCCUGUCCCUGCAGGCCUUUUAAUGUAAACACGGUGGCACUGCAGCACUGGCGUUAGUUAACAUGGCAAAUCAUAUGGGUGGGGCAUUGUGAUGUCACGUGGGGGGGGGGGCGGAAACUUUACUUUUGCCUAGGGCGGCAAAAAUCCUUGCACCGGCCCUGGCUGGAGGGGGCUGUGUGAGCUGUGGCCGCACAGUGUCCCAUGGUAGUUAGGGUGCCGUGCGGCCAGUACAGCUCACACAAGCAAACAGCUGAUAAACUGGCCGCAUGGAGGAAAUGUGUAUGUGUGACUGUCUGCCUGUGACUGUGUGUGACUGUCUGCCUGUAACUGAGUGUGUGACUGUCUGUCUGUAACUGAGUGUGUGACUGUCUGCCUGUAAAUGUGUGUGUGGGGCUGCAGGGAUUUUGUAGAAGGGGGCGGGGGUUUUGUAUUGGGACAGGAGUCUUUAUAAGGGGGGAUAAGCAGGGGAUUUGUGGAAGGGGGUUGCGGGGGUUUUGUAGACGGGGCAGUACAGGAUUUGUAGAAGGGGCAGGACAGAGGUUUUGUAGGAGGGGCGGGGCAGGACAAGGGUUUUGUAGGAGGGGCUGACAGCGGUUUUGCAAAGUUUACAAAUUGUAAAAAAAAAGAAAGAAAACCUUUAACAUUUUUACAUUUUUUUUGGGGGGGGGGGGGUGCCAAGCACAAGAUCCGCCCCGGGUGCCAAAUGCUCUAGGUACGCCCCUGCCCAGACCUACAUUUUGCAUAGUAUGUCUCUGAAAAUGAAGGCACAGUCACAGUUUAGAAAUUGCCCUUCAAAUUUAAGGUGGCUAGAGUGGAGUUUAAAUGAAUGUUAAUGGACGGCGUGAGUUGCAAACAAAUGGUCAAAUUGUGAAAACUAUCUGGACUAUGGCUUAGCCGUGGACAAUUUUUUAUGGCAGCAGGGAUAGCUGAACGUUUUGAUAUAAGAUUUGUGUAGGUGGGCUUGAAAAUGAGGGAGUGGUAGCAGUUUAGAAAUCAUAUCCUGAUUUUUCAGCUCACACUCUAACUUUUGUCAGCUCCAACUCUAAUUUUAAAAAACAGCGAUAUUUCGUGAACCAUUCGACGAAACGUUACACAAAGUUAUAGCACACCGAUCGGGAACAAUCCACACAUUUCAAUAUGUUACUGUCUAUGUAGUGUAAAAACUGUGGGAGGAGUUAGGGUGGUAAAUUUGGCUAUAAUAAGAAUAAUAAUUUAUAUGUGAGAUAAUAGUAAGUGGUCUUGCCAUGCAAGAACACUUAUUUACAUAAAUAUACACAUAGGAUUUAAAUACAUAUAUAUGUAUAUAUUUUUAAAUUCUACAUGUAUAUUUAUGUAAUAUUUUAACAUAAUUAAGUCAUUUUAUUAAUUAUAAUUUGAGGGACCAGCCUGACAACCCAGGUAGCAAGUCCAAAGAAUUUAAUUUGCAAGUCAUAUGUUUAUCCCUGUCACUUUCCAAAACACCAUAAAACCUUGCUAUGGGGGGUAUUAUUGUACUUGGGAGACUUCGGUGAACACAAAUAUUUGUGUAAUAAAGCAGUUAAACUUAUCACAACGAUAUCACCAGUAAAAGUGCAGUUUUUGUGUAAAAACUGCAAAAAAACAAACAUGAAUUCUAACUUUGGGUAGCGUUUGUGACUAAGUGGCUGCUAAAAAACACUGGACCCCCUUUUGAAUACCCUGUGUUGGCUACUUUUUCAAAUGGUAUGUCAUGGUGGGGUUAAUUCACAUUCCUAUGCUACCAUCCCGUCUCAAAGGCAUCAUAGCCAAUCUGGCAAAUUUCAAUUUGCACAAACAGAAAUUGGCAAAUCUGAUAUUUGACCCUGUAACUUUCCAAAACACCAUAAAACAUGUGCAUGAGGGGUACUGUUGUACUAUUGAGACAUUACUCUACACAAAUAUGAGUGUUUUAGAGCAGUAAAAUGUAUAAUACUGAUAUCGUUGGUAAAAGGGCAGUUUAUUAGUAAAAAAUGCAAAAAAAACAGAUGUAAACGCUAACAGGUUUUUUAAUAAGUGGCUACUAAAAAAAGACCCCCAUCAUAGCAUACCAUUUGAAAAAGUAGACAUCCCAGGGUAUUCAAAAUGGGGUAUGCUCAGUCUUUUGUAGUAGCCUCAUCUCGUUGUAAGUAGGCAAUCUAGUAUAUUAUUCGUGGCACUAAUCUCUAAUUUACCUCACAUUAAAGAAACACUAUAGUCCCCAGAACCACUGCAGCUUAAUGUAGUUGUUCUGGUGUCUAUAGCCUGUCCCUGCAUGCCUUAUAAUGUAAACACGGCGGCACUGCAGCACUGGCGUUAGUUAACAUGGCAGAUCAUAUGGGUGGAGCAUUGUGAUGUCACAUGGGGGGGGGGGCGGCAAACUUUACUUUUGCCUAGGGCUGCAAAAAUCCUUGCACCGGCCCUGCCCACAUAGCGGUUAUAGCUUUAUUUGUGCUUUUUAUACACAUGAACUCACUUUUCACAGGACAUUUCAUAUUCCUGAUAUGGGUUAUUGCAACAAAGCCUCACUAUUUGCAUUUUACAUUGUCUCCUGAAUGUAACAGUACCCCCAUGUACUAGAUUUUCUGUUUUUGGGGGGAAGUCACGGGGACAAAAAUAUUAGAUGUCCUUUUCAAAGUUUGAGAUUUGACAAAGUGAUUUUCUGGGCCUAUGUGACUUUUCAGACAGUAUGGCAUUUCCACCGUUAUGGCAUACCAUUUUCAAAAGUAGGAAACCCAGAGUAUAACAAAUGGCAUAAUUUGAGAUGUUUGGUCUACCAUUUUAACAGAAAUGCUGGGCCCAUGUAGCGAUUUCUACUUUUAUUUUUGUCUUUUUAAUCAGAUAAAUUGCAUUUUCACUGGGAAUGUCAUAAUCCUGAUAUUAGUGCAAUAGAGACUUGGUAUUUUGAUUUAACACUGUCUUUUGAAUAUAACAGUACCAGCAUGUACCAUGUUUCCAUGCCAAAGUCCCAUACAGAGUGAUUCAGAAGUUCAGCUCUGUAUGGUAGACUUUGAAACAGUCUGUUAUGCAGAGGGCGGGUAGAGAUGGGCAGGUUGGGCAAUAAUAACUGGAGUCCUUUCGGACUCCUUUCUUGUAGCAAACACGGCACUUUCUUUGGGGAGAUUUUUUACUAGGGGUGGGUGGGAUUCGGGAAGGGAAGUGUUUGCCACAAAGUCUUUGGAGAUCUCCUGAUUCCAAAGUGGGAUUGGGGGGCUGGGUAAAUAACAUACGGGACAAAAGGUUUAAUGUGAAUUUGAGGAAAGGGCAGGGCCUACCUAUGACCUCUUUUGUAUAGAGGACAUAGGCAUUGAAAAUUGCAAUCUGGCUCACGUAGAUUGCAAUUUUCUUGUACCAGGUCCUAGUUUUUCGGUUCACCAGAUAGGGCUGUAUGCAUUGGUCAGACAAGUCUACCCCCUAUAAACUUGCUGUAGUCUACAAUGCACUUUGGCUUUUCCAGAUGCUCAGUGCUACCUAUCACAGACAUUGGCACUGUACUUUCGUCGUGCAUCGUAGACAGCAUGUAUACAUCUUUCCUAUCUCUGAAGCAAAGAGCAAGCAACUCAUCCUGGCGGAGAGCUGAAGAGGAACCUGCUUCUGCCUCUUGCCAGGGCUUGGAGGAAAACCCUUCGAUUCUUCCUCACUGUGCCACAGGCUAGGGUUUCAAAGCAAUAUACAUUUUAAAAUAAUUUUAUACUGGUAUAAUAAUUGUCAACCCGUAGCCUAUAUCCCUUAUUCAACAAGGGAAGGAUUAGAUCCCAAACAAUCUUGCCAUUUGUACCCACAGAAUCAGGGCAUCCUGGUGGGUCAAGAUGGCUAUCCUUCCCCUGGUAAAUGCGAAACGCCCAUGUGUAACCAGUACAGGAUUCGCAUAAUUUAUAAAAUUUAACGCCAUAUCGGGACCGCUUAGAUGGAAUAUAUUCCUUAAAUAGCAGUCGACCUUUAAAUUUUAUAAGGGACUCGUCAAUUGAAAUAUCUUUAUCAGGGACAUAAUUUUCAGAAAUUUUGUCUGACAGGAGUUGGAUAAAGGGCCGAAUUUUAUAGAGCCUGUCAAACAGUGGGUCAUUUCUAGGGAGAAACAGUGAGUUAUCAUUAAAAUGAAGGAAUCGCAGCAGUUGCAGGUAGCAAUCCCUCAACAUAACCUCAGGGAAAAGAGCAGGGCCAGAUUAAGAGCCUAGUGGGCCUGGUUCUGACAAUUAUGAUGGGACCUAAUUACAGAAUUUUAUCGACCAAAAACACUAAAACAGUCAUACCUCUAAAGAGUCAUGUAUCUGAUGGAGUUGGUGUUGGAGGGAAACUCAAAGGAUGCAGCUAUAAGAAAACACAUACUCUAUGCUAAUCUCUUUAUCUAAUUAAUGCUUUCAUCUUUCAAGUAAAUCCAUACCCCAUAACAGCAGUGUCCAUGGGCGGGGUAAAAGGGUGUGCCACUGAUGCAAAUCAUGUGACCAGAACUGCCAAAAGGGCCGAACAUGCCCAAAAAGGGGGCAUGUCUGUCCAAAGAAUUGGAAGGCCAGCCUUGCAUCAGUGUCCCUAUGUAUCACAGUGUCAAUGUCCCCAUGUCGCCCAGUCCCCUAGUCUCCCAGUGUCUGUGUCCCCAUUUCUCCCAGUGUCCCCAUGUCUCAGUGUGUCCUGUGUCACUAGGAAACUAGGGGACACUGAGAGACAUGGGGACACUGAGAGAUCCGGGGACACUGGGAGACGUGGGGGCACUCGGAGACGUGGGGGCACUUGUGAAUACAGACAUGGGGACACUGGGAGACAUGAGGACACAUACAUUUGGGGACACUGGGAGAAAUGAGGAGACAGACACUAGGGACACAGACAUGGGGACACAGACACUAGGAGACAGACACUAGGGACACUGGCUGGGAGGCAUGGGGACACAGACACUUGGGGAGACUGGGAGACAUGGGACACAAAGGACACAGAGACAUGAGGACACAGACACUGGGAGACAUGGGGACACUGAGACACUAGGGACACUGGCUGGGAGACAUAGGGACACUGGGAGACAUGGGGACUCUGAGACACUAGCUGGGAAUCAUGGGGACACUAAGAGACAUGGGGACAUAGAUACUAGGGACACUGGCUGGGAGGCAUGGGGACACAGACACUUGGGGACACAGACACUUGGGGACACUGGGAGACAUGGGGCACUUGUGGACAUAGACAUGGGGACACUGGGAGGCAUGGGGACACUGAGACAUUUGGGGACACUGGGAGACAUGGGGACACUAAGGACAUAGAGACAUGGGGACACAGACACUGGGAGACAUGGGACACUGAGACACUAGGGACAAUGGCUGGGAAACAUAGGGACACUGGCUGGGAGUCAUGGGGACACUGGGAGACAUGGGGACAUUGAGAGACAUGGGGACACAGAGACAUGGGGACACAGAUACUGGGAGACUAGGGGAUACUGGGAGCCAUGGUGAUAGACAUUUGGGGAAUCUAAGACACUAGGGACACUGAGAGACAUAGGGACACAGACACUAGGGACACUGGCUGGGAGGCAUGGGGACACAGACACUAGCUGGGACACUGGGAGACAUGGGGCACUUGUGGACAUAUACAUGGGGACACUGGGAGACAUGGGGACACUGAGACAUUUGGGGACACUGGGAGACAUGGAGACACUAAGGACACAGAGACAUGGGGACACAGACACUGGGAGACAUGGGGACACUGAGACACUAAGGACACUGGCUGGGAGACAUAGGGACACUGGAAUACAUGGGGACACUGAGACACUGGCUGGGAGCCAUGGGGACACUGGGAGACAUGGGGACACUGAGAGACAUGGGGAUACAGAGACAUGGUGACACAGAUACUUGGACACCAGGGGACACCCGGAGUCAUGGGGACACUGAGACACUAGGAACACUGGCUGGGAGACAUGGGGACACUGUGUCCCUAGUGUCUCCGUGUCCCAAUGUGUCUCCCUAUGUCUCACAGCGUCACCAUGUGUCUGUGUCCCCAUGUGUCUCAGUGUCCCCAUGUCUCCCAGUGUCCCCUAGUGUCUCAGUGUCCCCUAGUAUCUCCCUGCUGCCUUUCCCCCCAUCCUUCACAUACCUGAGCUGUAGUCUGUCUCUGCAGGCUGGAAGCUGUUGUCUGGAUUCUCUGUGUUGUGUAGCUGCUCCCCCGCGGAUCAGUGAGUAGAGAGAGGCAGGGAGAUGCUGUAACUUCCUAUCCCUGCCUCUCUCCUUACACAGUGACACCUACUGGCCGGUGCUGGUAUUGCAGAGUAAUCUCCGUUUAUACGGAGGAAAAUACACGGCCAUGCAGCCUCCAAUACCAGCUGUGCCUUAAAAUACCAGUCAGGUGGUAAACCUAAGAGUAGUCUGUAAAAAAAAAAAAAAAAAAGUAAAAAACAUUUUUUUUUUUUUUUUUACAAUGGGCCUAUUCCAUGGGCCUGGGCCUGGGCCUGGAGCUGCAGCUCCAUCAGCCCCUAUGUUAAUCCGGCCCUGGAAAAGAGGGGUAGCCAGGAUGCAUUGCUUGCUCCAGUAGGACCUGAUACUGGGCUUUUUAACUAUACCCAUCAUUAGGGUUAAAGCCCAAAACCGCUUCAUCUCUGCGACAUCCGUGGGUCUCCACAUAUUCCUGCGACGAUGAUGGGACCCCGGAUGUGCAGAGAGAUACAAAUUUGUUUGCUGAGCCAUGAGCUCAAAUAUAUAUUGUCUGACAUAAAGAGCUCCAAAAAACGAAUUGGCUCGCAUUCGUCCACUGUUACAGUGAUGCCAGAUGUAACAGUGAACGGCGGUAUUUCUGGGGCCAUCGUGUUUGGAGGCACCCAGUCUCCGUCUAGCAUUGGGCUUGCUGAGCGUCCUCUUGUGAGUGGUGGUGGGGCACCAUCACUAUCUUGCAGAGUGUCACUAUCACUUCCUGCCAGAAUGGCACACGCCUCCUUGGCUGAGUAGCGACGUGCCAUUCUAGGGGGACAAAUUAAUUAAUUUAUAUACUAAGGGGGUAAUUAAUUAUCUACCUGCCUAACACCUACUACCCGCCCUCAAAAAAUAAUAUAAAUGUACUGCAGGCAGCUGCAACCAGUACACUGAAAGGGUUAUUUUUAGAUCUAUAAAAAUAACCCUAAAAAAAGGUCAGUCUAAUCAGAGAGCCCUCUGAUCACAGUGAUCACUGAUACAGUACUGUACAGCAGAUAUACUGUACAGUAUAGUGAUCACGGCAGUUGGGAGAGGGUUAAGGGAGUUUUGGGUUGCUACGACUGACACAAAGGGUAAACAAAAACUUGGAAAUAAUUUUUUUGACCCCAAAAAAAUGUAAAUCUGAAAGGGGUAAUUUUUUGAUCUGUAAAAAUAACCUUAAAAAAGGUCAGUCUGAUCAGAGAGCCCUCAGAUCACAGUGAUCACUGAUGCAGAUAUACUGUACAGUAUAGUGAUCACGGCAGUGGGGAAAGGGUUAAGGGAGAUUUGGGUUGCUGCGACUGACACAAAGGGUCAAAACAAAAUUAGAAAUAAUUUUUUUUUACCCAAACAAAUAAAUAUAGUACAAAAGUACUGAAUGCCCUAAUCAGGCUGAUGACAGUAAUAUGCUGUGAUCAGCACUGAAAGGGUUAAAUAAAAUAAUUUUUUUAAAAACUUUUAUAAAGUAUUAAAACUUUUUUCUUCACAGGAUCAGCUCAACAACGAUCUCUCUGCCUCUCUCUCUCAGAUCGAAGUGAGGUGAGGAGAGGGGCAGAGACAAUGUGUCAGCCAGUGAUUUGAGAUCAUUGGCUGACACAUACUAACAGUGAUCACAGUGACUGGCUGUCACUGUGAUCACUUCCUACAGAUUGCGAUAAUUGGCCACAGGGGGAGUGCCUGGGUGGUACAGGCAUGCCCCCCACCGCGAUCUGUAGGGGGUUAAUGGCUGCAGUUACAUGUGUCAGCCAAUUGGUUAUAAAACCUGUACAUGAGGGGUACUGUUAUACUCGGGAGACUUCGCUGAACACAAAUACUAGUGUUUCAAAACAGUAAAACGUAUCACAACAAUUAUAUCGUCAGUGUAAGUGCCAUUUGUGUGUGAAAAAUUCAAAAAAUGUCACUGUUCUGACGAUAUCGUCAUUGUAAUAUAUUUUACUGUUUUGAAACACUAAUAUUUGUGUUCAGCGAAGUCUUCCGAGUAAAACAGUACCCCCCAUGGACAGGUUUUAUGGUGUCUUGGAAAGUUACAGGGUUAAAUAUAGUGCUAGCAAAUUAAAUUCCCUGAACUUUCGGCCUGGGUUGUCAGGCAGGUCCUGCAAAUUGUAAUUAAUAAAAUUACCUAAUUAUGUAAAAUUAUUACAUAAAUAUAUACAUAGAAUUAUUAUAUAUGUACGUGUGUAUAUAUAUGUGUAUAUAUAUAUAUAUGUAUAUAAUUUUUUUAAAUAAUUUUAUUUAUAUAUAGUGAUAUAUACGUAUAUACUUAUUUCGUUCUACAUGUAUUUUGAUAUCAAUAUAUAUAUAUUAAUUUUAAAAUACAGUUAGAACGUAAUUACACGUAUAUAUAUUAUUUAUUUUUUAUUUUAGUUUUUAACAUAUUUACAUAUUUAUUUAUUUUUUAUUAUAUAUAAAUUUAUAUAUAAUGAAAAUGAUAUAUAUAUUUAAUCAAUAUCAUUGUACGUGUAUUUUGAUAUUAAUAUAUAUAUAUAUAAUUAUGUAUAUAUUAAUAUUAAAAUACACUUAGACAGUGUAUGUGUAUAUAUGUGUAUGUGUGUAUAUAUACUUAGAUCAUAUAUAUAAUAAAUAUAUAUAUGAUCUAAGUAUAUAUUAUUUAUUUUUACACUGUUUUAACAUCUUUUAAUUUUAUUUUCAGACAGCAGGCACUCCCCCUGCUGGCAAUGUCUUGGACUGCUAUGCCGUCCAUGUGAUCGUGAGGUCCUCGCAAGGACCUCGUGAUCACAUGGCCCAGGGGGGCCGAAGAGGACGGAGGGGGACUCCCUGGGCUCCCAGGUAAGUCCCCAUACCGCAAUUGCCGGCGUGGGAUCGCCGGCGACCGAGUAAGUACAUAAGAUCGCAGGGCGUUCUAUGCCACCCUGCAGCGUUUAGAGCCAUUAAAAUAGGGACGGCAUAGAACGCCCUGCGGUCUUAAGGGGUUAAUGGGCUAAAUUAUAAAAGUGUCACUAUCUAUUGAAAUCUGCACUUUUUGCAAAUUAAAAAAAGAGGACACCCUCUUCACAUAUAAAGCUUUCUAGCAAGCUAAAGUUGUUUAGGGGUCUGGAGUGUCCCUUUAGCAGAGGGCUUCAUAAAUAUGCUUGGAAUCUAGAAGCCAGGUUUUUUUUCACUAAGAAAGCUUUAUCAUAAACAACAAACAUACAAUUUUUAAAGGGACACGAUAGUCACCAAAACCACUACAGCUAAAUUUUCUUAACUUUUUCUGUGUAUCUGAGGAUGACACAAUACAAUUUCCAUGUCAAUUAUGUAAUCCAUUAUUAAUUGCUUUUGGAAAGCAGGUGAGGUGUACAUAUUAGGGUUACUUUCGGGGGAGGUGUGAGACUAAAAAUAUUUUUAAAAAACUAAAUUAGAAUUGUAUAAAAAUUCUGGUUUCUAUUUGUGAAAGAAAUACGUAACUUAACUUGGUCCCUUCUUUAGUUUUUAUAGACCCAUAGCUCUAGGGUGAAAUUGGAAAAUGAUGGUAGAAAAUAUUAUAGCUCUUUUUGACUAAAUCGAGCUUAUCAUGAUGUAAAAAGCAGAUAAAAUUGUACCUGUUUUUUACAUCUGCAUCACUGGACUAAUAUGUCUACAAUCUCUACUCAAGCCUAUCAUAUAGAUUACUGCUACUCUGCUCAUUUCAAAAUAUUGUGUAAUUUUCACAAAUACUAUAUGACCCAACACGCAGAACUAUGUAACAUAUAUGAACCCAGAAUAAGAACAAGGACAACAUAUACUGGGCCUUAGAAUUCCGGACUUAACGUAAAAGAAAAUAGUCAAAAUACAAGCCAAGGUCGGGGACACAGAAAUAGACAGAUUGAGAAAACUAGCCAAAGGUCAGGAAUACCAGAACAGAGAAGGUCAAAAAUACAAGCCAAAGUCAAAUACCAAAAUAAAACAAAAAAAAGAACACACUCUUUGAUAACCAACUAGUGGAAACUGUAAAGGAUCACCUGGCACCCCGACUGGGUACCUCCGUUAAAGGAUGCUCCUAGCGCUUGCUGAGGGCUCCAAGCACUCCACCUGAGACCCCACGAACCACCACAGCUUGGUUGGGGUCUCGCCAUCUUCUACCCACCCUGGACCUACGACAAGGCUCCAGGUUCCAGUGGGUGAACCUCUCUUUCCCCAGAGAGUGAAGCAGGAACAGGAACAAGCUCUUACAAGAGCUUAGUGAUUAUUCAAGGGAGUAUGAAGAGCAUAGCAAUCCCUUGUUGCAGAUUCCCCCAAAAAGAGACAGGGACUCUAGAUUGAGGGUGAAGUAGAACUAGUUUAAUGAGCACAAAGGCAUUUUCUUAUAUACACAUUUUCAUGCCAGAGGCACACCCCCUGGACCUGAUGGUAAACUGGGACAAAAAGGACACAGACCAAUAGGAACAAUAAUUAGUACAGCAACACUCCCACAUACAGUCAGCAAUCCCUCCCCUCUGCCUGUGAUAUAAUUAAGCUAGCUAAUGGAGUAACCGAAUUAUCCACAGGCAGAAAAUAUAAAUUUUUACCCAAAGUCCAAAAACACCCCAAAACACAAACAUAUCCCCAUAAAUCCUACAUCCCUUGAUAACCCUAAUCUGGGUGAACAACAUAUCCAAAAAUCACCCAGAUCAGAGCAGGGGUUCAAAAGUUUUAUGGAAGUCACAUUUGACCGACCGCAAGCAUGGCUUUCAUGCCCAAAAUAGUUCCACAGAUUUAGGCUGUGCGGCCGGUCUAUCUUCUCCUCUCUCCUGGAGAUAAUUGGCUUAAGUGGCUGUGGUAACUUAAUUAUCUCCAGGUACAGGAAAUAUCUCUAAGUCCAAAAACUGUUACAAAAACCACAUGUGUCCAACAUGUCCCCAGAUAGCUUGGAUCUGAGCGCUCAAUAUGUCCGAACAGCGCUCAGAUCUAAUGAAUACAGUUGGAUCGCCAUGUGGUUAAAGUUGUCUCUUCUGACCAACUGCAAGCAUGGCUUUCAUGCCCAAAAUAGAUCCACAGAUUUAGGCUGUGCAGCCGGUCUAUGUCCAAUGUUUAAAGUUCCCUAUAUUACAAGGAAGGGUGGGGUCAGACAUUAGCAAGGGCUGAUGAGAGAUUGAUAAAGGACAAAGCAGCCAGUUUCAACUUUUCUGGCAGUGUCCCUGGGACAACGCCCUGCUGGAGAACAAUAGGACAGGAAAAAGGGGGAGGAGAAGAGUCACAUUUUCCCAUGGAAGUCACUUUUUAGCAUGUCUUUUUGCAGGGCUCAUAGUCACAGGGCAGGAGGCUGGCAAGCAGGCCCCUCCAAAAACUCAUGGCAAACUCCCUAAAAAAGGGGAGUUUGUCACUGAAACCAUGACAGGGCACUGAUGAAAAGCUAUUCAGAGUUCAAACGUGCCUCUCUAAGCAUUGAUUAGCUAGAUUGUGACCUCUGACCCCAAAAUAUGCGUGCUCGUUGAUAACGUGACAUUGCACGCACGUUGGCGCCAUCAUGGUUGUGGAUGGAGGUAAGUAAUUAUUUAAACAGAACCGCAGUGGUUGGCGUCUCUUAGAACACUGGGUACUGCUACAAAAGAGGAUCGAGCACUGUACUGCCACAAUCCAGGUAAGUAUUUUUUUUAUACUUUCGGCGUGACCACACUGAUCAGGUGUGAGAGUUGGCCAGUGUGAGAGUUGGAAGCCGUGACAGUAAUGCUGGGAUCUCAAACUCUGGCUUCCGAUAUGUUGAUGGCCAACUUCCAAAAUUCUUUCAAUGCAAUAAAAGAUCAGAGAAUCAUAGGAGAUGUAGUUUAGCAACAUCAGAAGGGCUACAUGUAAAUAUCUACUUUAAUGGAAUCACUCAAUCAAAUCAUCUGAGUAUGUUAUACAGGGUUUUUUUUUUUUACUUAAGUGUGCAUUCGAAGUGAAUUCAAAUAGAAUUUUUAAAUAUAAGGUCACAGUAGCUCAACUGAAACUGUAGCUGAAUUAGAUAAUUGCUCCAAUUUGGUUAUUUUUAUCUUAAAUUUUAAAUUCACUUUGAAUUCUCACUUUAUUAUUAGCAGUAGUGAUAAGCUAAUAUUAGAAUUGCUUUACUGGAGCUAAGACAUUAUGUAAAAGUGAUUGUACAGGUAUCUCAGCUUUAUUUAUGUGGUAUCCUCAAAUAAUACUUUUCGUCACUCAAUUCAGAAUUCACUGUCAUUGAUUUUGUGUCACUAUGAGGUGUACUAACUAAAGCUCAAUGGGCUAACACAAGGAACUAGCCUGUAGAAUCAAAUCCCUGCAUCUGCUUUUUGCUAUUUCUUGAAUCAAGCCAUUGGAAACACGGAAAGGUUAUUAGGUCAUAUUCUAUAUUGAUCAGGGAGGCUGAGACACUCAUCUUGUGCUGCCCUGAUCAAUUCGAUAUAAUGUGCAGUGUAUAAAUUCAGACUCAACCAAACCGAUUUUAUUUUUUUUCCCUUUUCUUUUCAUUUGUCUUACUGUAAAAGGCUAGUACUCUUCCACAGCUUAAAUACUUAGCCUUUAGUAGGCUCUGUAUAGAAUUUGGGAUGUGUAAGAAAGAUUUACAAGAAAAGAAGGUGAUCCCUGGGACUGUUCUUCCAUACAUUUUUUUCAGUAACUGGUCUUUACGCUUACCCUAGCAGAUUUGAAGUUAAUGCUGGAGUUCUCUAUUCUUUGUGUAUCGAUAUGUAUAUAUGUCUGUAUCCUAACACAUAUGCAGCAUAUGCUGAAUAUGUUGAUACUUGAUAAAUUAUAUUAAAAAUAACUUUGUUAAAAUGUUGCAAAGCACUCUAUUCCAUAUAAUGUAUAUUCUCAAUAUACAUAGGAACCAGUGGUAGCUGGUGAUGCACCCACCACCUCCACAUAUUGCUGGGAUCAACCCCCACAACCACAUGUGCUCAACCCCUGAUAUAACGAGAUAUAAUUUCCUACUCAAUACCAUAAACAAAACAUAAACAUGGGAUCUGUAGCCAUCAAUAAAAGAAGGGAAGUGGGUGGGAAAUUGCAAUAUUGUUUAAAGGACCACUCUAGGCACCCACACCACUUCAGCUUAAUGAAGUGGUCUGGGUGCCAGGUCCAGCUAGGGUUAACCCAUUUUUUCAUAAUUAUAGCAGUUUCAGAGAAACUGCUAUAAUUAUGAAUGGGUUAAGCCUUCCCCCUAAUCCUCUAGUGGCUGUCUCAUUGACAGCCACUAGAGGCGCUUGCGUGCUUCUCACUGUGAUUUUCACAGUGAGAGCACGCCAGCGUCCAUAGGAAAGCAUUGUAAAUGCUUUCCUAUGCGACGGGCUGAAUGCGCGCGCAGCUCUUGCCGCGCGUGCGCAUUCAGCCAGGAGGAGGAUCGGAGGAGGAGAGGAGGAGGAGAGCUCUCCGCCCAGCACUGGAAAAAGGUAAGUUUUUACCCCUUUCCCCCUUCCAGAGCCGGGCGGGAGGGGGUCCCUGAGGGUGGGGGCACCCUCAGGGCACUAUAGUGCCAGGAAAACGAGUAUGUUUUCCUGGCACUAUAGUGGUCCUUUAACGCACACUUAGUCUUUACAACAACAAUACAUUGUGGUUUAUUUAUCUAUCUUUUGCAGCACAAACUAGUGGGUUUCCCAUCUGUCCCUAUGGACCAGCCUCCAGUCAUAACUGUGUAUGUGUGUAGAUAUAAUAUUUAUGUCUUUAUAUUUAUAGGGUUACCGUAUGGUUACCAUAUUCAACAUGUUGUCAAGGACACAUAUAAUUGUGUCACAUUUAUGAAAACGCAGUGAUUCUUAAUUGACCAAUUAUUUAAUGUUAUAUACCUUCCUCUGAAUUCUACAUACUACAGGGAAACCCUUUGCAUGCGCUGCCCAUCAAUAUGCACAUGUGAUAUGUGUCCCUGAAAACAUGGUGGAUUUGGUAACUAGAUACUGUAUAUAUACACACACAAUGUGAUUUUACUUUAUGAAAAUACUCUCUAGAGUUAAAUACAUUGUGGGAUUGAGAUAAGUUCAUGUUUGCAUUUAAAGUCUCUCAGAAUCAAAAUAGAAUGGUUUAGUGCAGGAGCACAGGGAAUCUUAAUUUAUGGAAAACAGGGAACGAUAUUACAAGCACCCGAUGACUUAAAUGUUCCAUAUUUAUGUGUAAUUACACUCUUGGAAACAUCAAAAGAUACAGCUUGUCAUUGUUAUGUAUUCAGUGUAUGAUGCAGAUCAGCUCAGUAUUUUUUUAUAUUUCCCAUUACAAGAAAACACAUUGAGGCAGAAAAUGACUGCAGUCUCCCAGCAGAUGGCAGUAGAAUACCUUGUUUUACUAGUAUUACUGUUUGGGUUUAAUAAAUAAGCAUGAAAUAUUCAGACAUGGCAGCUCAUUUAAGCGCGGGGGUAGGAGGGGAGGGCGGUGAAGCAAAUGUAAAAAGAAAAAGAAAAAAAGUUGCAUACAACACUGUAGUUAUCUACAGAGUAUUUAGUAUUCCUAUCAUUCAGUAUUUUUCUUGGGCCAUUUACAAGUUCUCUGAAAAACACUGGCUUCCUCCACAAGUGAGCAGUGAGAUUUUCCCCAUAAACAGACCUUGCUGUGGCUGGUACUGCUGAUUAGCCUGACGUAGAUGCUGAUGCUAUCAGAUGGGGUUCUCAAUGUAAAGCCACAUGGAUCUUAAGAUUUGUGUCAUUUUUACCACCUUUGGGUUGACUUCGAAUGCAUGUGUCUUGCCUAGCACAAAGGCUAAAACCAUAGUAAAUCAUAUCACAAAUAUUUACCCUUUAUUAGGUCUGAUUGUAAAUUUGCAAGUUAUUUUAGAGUUUUCCGAUUUUCCUGUUGUGCACAGGACAAGACACUACGCACUGUACUUAGGAUCGUGAGCAAUUCCAACAGUCAAGAUCCAUACUAUUCAGGUUAUGUUUCCCCUAUUGUUUUGCACAGUAUAAAGAAUGCAUGUCCUUCCCUAAUCUCUGUCCCUCCUUUGCUCAUACAUUUAUCGCAGGGGUGCGGAACCUUCGGCCCUCCACAUGUUUUGGACUACAUUUCGCAUUAUGCUCUUACAGCCAUAAUGCUGGCAAAGCAUCAAUGGAGAUGUAGUCCAAAACACCUGGAGGGCCGAAGGUUCCCCACCCCUGAUGAUCGCUUAUUAAGUGUCCUCUCAAUUCGCCACGCUAUACUGAACUCAGUCUCAGAUCCGGAUGUUCUCUCUGCCUUGUACCAAUUACACGUCCCCUCAGCCAUCCGAGACUGGACAGACAGAUUUAGAAAUUACACCUUGGUUUUCUUCAUUCUUCUGUGGUAUCUGUGAAACAUAAUGACGGUCAAGAAUUCAUCCCUCAUGGGCGUACAGUAUGUCCCAGUUCUUAGCAUUAUGGCCUGUCUUCACAGCAUUGCAAUAGUUACAAACUGGGGCAGUUUUCAACAGUUAUUUAUAUUAAAAAAAAAAUAUUACCUGAGGAGAAUGCUCUGCUAUUGUAAAAGCUGAGUGGGAUGUUAUUCGUAAAGAAAGAAAAUCUGUCCAAUAGAUCACAACUAAACUUUUAUUGGGAUUCCUUCUCUAAAAUGCAUCUAAGUGAUUUUUUAAAAACUAUUUUUUUAAUUUUUUUGUUUAUAAAACAUAUCUGACUAAAUAUAAAUGUACAAAUAAGCUGAGCUUAAAAUAUUUCACUACUUAAAAUUGGAGAUAAAAAGUAGUAGUACCAGUAUUUACUGUCAGUGCUAAUCAUGACCGAUGUCAAUUAGAUAAGGUGAAAGCACUCAGUUUAAGGAUAGAGCGGUUUUGAAUUCUACAUUUCAUUUUGUUUUUUAGACCUGGCAAACACAUAUAUGUAAAAUAUAAUUGUUAAAUAAACACAAUAUUAACAAUCAUGCAAAGUGAUGGUUCCCUUUUAAAAUUGUCUUCAGGACAAACAGGGGAAAAUUUGAGACUAUCCAAUCUGGCACCUCAAUAAAAAUAAGAAACCAAUUAUUUAACAUUUUACUUGUAAAAUGUAAUAUGUGCUGAAUUCAUUUCUUACUGAAAAAAUAUAGCUACUUUUAAUCUGUUAGUUUGUCUAUUCAAUUUUUUUUCUAAGAUACUAUAAAAUAUAUAAUGGACUUGUGUCAUAUUAUUCACACUUAUAGGACAAUGCAUGCAUUUGUGAUUUUAUACAUUGAGCACAUUGGUUAAAGAGACACUAUAGUCACCAAAACAACUUUAGCUUAAUGAAGUAGUUUUUGUGUAUAAAUCGUGCCUCUGAAGUUUCACUGCUCAAUUCUGUGCUAUUUAGGAGUUAAAUUACGUUUAUUUCUGUUUAUGCAGCCAUAGUCACACCUCCCCUGGCUGUGACUGACACAGCCUGCAUGAAAACAAAAUGGAUUAAUUUUAAAUCAGAUGAAACUUUAAAAGUUCAUAUCUCCUGCUCUUGAAAUUGAGCUUUAAAGGAAAACUAUAGGGCCAUCAACAGAAAAGUUGUUUUCCUGGUACUUUAGCUCCCUAUAGUGCCCUUCCUCCACCCGUGGAGCAGAAGGGGUUAAAACCAAUGUCAGCUGGCGAAGGAGAGUAAUGCCCAUGAGCGGCAAUGGCUGCGCUCUCAUUAGUAUAUCCCCCAUAGUAAAGCAUGUUGUGACAAAAUGCCUUUUGUCACUGGAUUUUUAUAUGACCAACUGCCCUUUGCCCCUGGCUGUUGGAGGAGCCUGAUUGCCAGCCUCCUCCCUCAUGACUAUGGCCCUGGGGUGUAUUGCCAUUUAAAAAGACUAUUUGGGGCGUAUUGGCUUCUAAAAGACGGUUUCUGCCCAUUUGAAUCCAUGGAAAGAUGUUUCUCUUCUCCUCCCCCGUUUCCUGUCUAUUGUUCCAGCAGGGUGUUGUCCCAGGCACACUGCCAGACCAGUUGGAACUUGCUGUUUUGCCCCUCCUCGGUCUCUCAUCAGCUCUUGCUGUGUUUUAACCCCAUGGCGAUUUGACUGUGGUUGUGGGAUCUGAGCGCUGUUCGGAUAUAGUGAGCGCUCAGAUCCAAACUAUCUGGGGAUAGGUUGAAUGUGGGGGUUCUGUUAACUAUAAUAGGAAUUAUGUAUUUUUAUGUGUUUUUACUGUUGUCGUGAAUAGAGCCAUUUUCUGUAUGCUGGAGGUAAUUGGCUUACCACACCCAAGCCAUGCUUGCAGAUGGUCACAAAGGGAUUUUCAACUAACUUUUGACCCACUAGACCAAUCUGUAUGAUUUUGACGUAUGUUUGUAUUUGGAGUAUGCUGAUUCUGAAAAUGUGAAUAUGUGAAUGUGAUGUAUACUUUUAGAGUUAUGAAUAUUGUGUAAAACUGUGUAUUUUCCUGCCUGUGAUAAUUAACUUAGACCAUUGUGUUCAGUAAUUAUAUCACAGGCAGAGGGGAGGAUUUUGUGUGGGAGUGUCUGAGUGUAUUGUACGUAUUGAUUGGUUGUUCUGCAAAACCCUGUGGGCAGUACUAUGUUUGUGGAAUGUGAAUAAAAUAGGCUGUAUGUGUGAGUACAAUCAGUUCUACUUCACCCUCAAUCUGAGUCCUGUCUCUUAUUGGGGGAAUCUGCUACAAGGGAUUGCUAUGCUCUGCAUAUUCCCUUGCUAUAAUCACUGAGCUCUUGUAAGAGCUUGUUCCUGUCUUGCUCUCUGAAGGAGUCUACGGUGGUUAUGGUGUCGGCUGGAGUGCUUGGAGCCCUCAGGAAGUGCUAGGAGCAUCCUUCAACGGAGGUACCCAGUCGGGGUGCCAGGUGGUCCGUUACACAUGUAUAAUGCUUUCCUAUGGGGUUUUACAUACACUGUAUGUGCUCAUGUGACCAAAAGUUGCCUAACAACCAGGAAGUCCCUCUAGUGGCUAUAUGGUAGACAGCCACUAGAGGUAGAGUUAACCAUCAAAGGUAAUUAUUGCUGUUUUUAAAAACUGCAAUAAUUACCUUUGCAGGGUUAAGGGACCUUGGACUAAGCACACAGACAACUUCAAUGAGCUGAAGUGGUCUGGGUGCCUAUAGUGUCCCUUUAAUUUCAUACAGGAGGCUCAUGCAGAAUUUAGCAAGCUAAUAAAAGAGCAGGAUAUAAGCAAUUCUAAAUUAAACAGACUAUGCAAUAAAGGAAAUAUAAACAUUAGAUCUCUCGUUACAGGAAGUGUUUAGGAAGGCAGUGCAAGUUACAUGCACAAGGUAUGCCCAGGGCUGCAUAAACAAAGUGAUUUAAAUCCUAAAUGGUAGAGAAUUGAGCAGUGAGACUACAAUAGCAUGAGCUAUACACCAAAACCACUUCUUAAGAUAACGCUGUUUUGGUGACUAUAGUGUCCCUUUAAGGGUAAAAAUAAAUAAAAACUAAACAUAUGUUUAGUUGUAAUAAAUAUGCAUUUUAAAAUUUACAAUACCUCUACUGUAGUAGAGAAGUUUUACUUCUGCAGUACUGAGAAAGUGAUCAACCUUUUUUUCAUGUUGGUAAUAUGGUUACCUAACACAAAAAUAUCUUGACAAGUUUCCUGUGAAAGCAACCUGAGUGCUUGCUCAAUAUAUGUUUCCCUUUAAAGUUUCAAACAUUUUGUUUGUGUAAGGAAAUAAGGCAGAAAUUCUAAAAGGACUGCACCACAUAUUCAGGUUCACCCUAGAACAUUAACUUUAUAGUGAAGUUACUCAGGGCCGCCAUCAGGGGGUGACAACCAUGAUGGUUGUCACGGGCCCGGCGGUCCUCGGGGGCCCUGACUGCUCUGGCAGUUCUGGGCCCCACUCUCUAUUGGAAGAGAGGAGAAGAGAAGAGUAGAGGCAGUGUGCUGAGCCCCCUCUGCGGUAACAGGGAGCCGGGAGCCCCACAAUGCCACCGGACCACCAGAGAUGGAAUCUUUCCCCUCCCUGGACACAGGCAGGGAGGGGGGAAUAACAUUUAAUUAAAUUUAAUGUACAAUUUAUGUGAAAUUAAUUGGCCAUCUUCCCCUCCCCCCCCCCCAGAUUGUACAUUUACACACACUGCAUACACUAACACAACACAUACACUGCAUACACUAAUAUAACACACACACUGCAUACACUAAUACAACACACACUGCAUACACUAAUACAACACACACACGGCAUUCACUAAUAUAAGACACACUCUGCAUACACUAAUACAACACACAUUGCAUAAACUUUUUUCCCACUGAAAUCUAUCUUCCUAUGUUAAGCUGAUCGGGUCAUCCGUGAAGUUCUAACACCUAUUGGCUACAAGGUCAUUUUUCCUCCAGAUUUUCUAGUAGACCCUUUGCACAUGUCAGAAUUAUAAAUGUGGCUUGCCUUGGUAAGAACUAAUGUGGUAAUUAAUACUAACACAAACGGGUGAGAAAUAUAAUAUACUUAAUUUAUAUUUUUUAUAUUUUUUAUAUUUGUUUUAAAUUUUUAUAUUUAUAUUUCAUCCUAAAAGGAGAACGGUCGCCUCAACACUAUCGUUUAAUAUGAUGAUUCUUUCAACAAGUUAUGAAAGGAUAUGGAUGUAAAUAAAUUAGAAAAACUCAUCACUUUAGUAUAUGACAGGACUCUUUAGCCAUAUACAUGCACCUUGGGUCUGACAGUGUUUGAAAGCCAACACCUAGUCUGAUGAAGUCACUGUAAUGUGCAGGAAGUGAAGCAGCAAAGACCAUAGAGACUAUAUAGAGGUUUUCAAACACUGUCUCCCUCCCCCCCCCCUGGCCCGGCAACGCCCUACCUAGUCCACUGACAAUGAUGUAGGACUGAAUGUGGUGUGUAUAGUGGAAGUGAAUUAGAAUGUGUGUAAUGGAUGUAGUGUGUGUGUGUGUGUGUGUAUUAGAUACUGUUUGUGCAGUGAAUGCAGAGUGUGUGUUUGUGUAGCGGAUGCAGUGUGUAUAGUGAACGCAGAGUGUGUUUGAGUAGUGGAUGUAGUGUGUGUACAGUGAUGUAGUGUGUGUUUGUGUAGUGGAUGUAGUGUUUGUGUGUACUGGAUGAAAUGUGUUUAGUGGAUGCAGUGUCUGUAGUGGGUGUAAUGUGUGUAUUAGAUGCAGUGUCGGUGUAUAGUGAAUGCAGAGUGUUUCAAUUUGUGGUGGAUGUAGUUUGUGUACUGUGAAUACAGGAUGUUUGUGUAGUGGAUGCUGUGUGUACCGUUAAUGCAGAGUGUAUGUUAGUGUAGUGAAUGCAGAGUGUGUGUCAGUAUAGUGAAUGCAGAUUGUGUGCAUAGUUUAGUGAUUGCAGAGUGUGUGUUAGUGUGUAAUGAAUGCAGAGUGUGUGUUAGUGUGUAGUGAAUGCAGUGUGUCAGUGCAAUGAAUGUAGUGUGUGUGUUAGUGCAGUGAAUGCAGAGUGUGUUAGUGUGUAGUGAAUGCAGAGUGUGUGUACAUGUGUAGUAAAUGCAGAGUGUGUUAAUGUGUAGCGAAUGCAGAGUGUGUGUCAGUGUAGUGGAUGCAGUGAGUGUGUUAGUGUGUAGUGAAUGCAGAGUGUGUAUUAAUGUGUAGUGAAUGCAGUGUGUGUCAGUGUAGUGAAUGCAGAGUGUGUGUUAGUGUAGAGAAUGCAGAGAGUGUGUUAAUGUGUAGUGAAUGCAGAGUGUGUGUUAGUGUAGUGAAUGCAGAGUAUGUGUUGUACUAGUGUAUGCAGAGUGUGUGUUGUAUUAUUUAUUUACAUCCAUAUCCUUUCAUAACUUGUUGAAAGAAUCAUCAUAUUAAACGAUAGUGUUGAGGCGACCGUUUCUCCUUUUAGGAUGAAAUAUAAAUAUAAAAAUUUAAAACAAAUAUAAAAAAUAUAAAAAAUAUAAAUUAAGUAUAUUCUAUUUCUCACCCGUUUGUGUUAGUAUUAAUUACCACAUUAGUUCUUACCAAGGCAAGCCACAUUUAUAAUUCUGACAUGUACAAAGGGUCUACUAGAAAAUCUGGAGGAAAAAUGACCUUGUAGCCAAUAGGUGUUAGAACUUCACGGAUGACCCGAUCAGCUUAACAUAGGAAGAUAGAUUUUAGUGGGAAAAAAGUUUACAUUGCCAUGGCCCAAAUAGGCAAAUCAGUCUGAGGUCACCAUAAUAGCCUAGUUCAAGGAUAGGCGACCUUUGGCAUUCAAGAUGUUGCACACAUUUUCCAUGAUGCUUUGCCAGCAUUACGACUGUAGAACAUUAGUAGAAAUGUAGUCCACAACAUCUAGAGUGCCAAAGCUUGCCUACUCUUGGCUUAGUUGAAUGAGCAAAACCAAACGCCACUGGAGAUCUCGAUAUUAAUUUAAAGCUACAGAAGCCAGUCUUGUACAUAUGUAUUACUUUUGUAUUAAAAUCAGAUAUAGAAUCAGCUCCAGGUGGAAGUGAGAUUAAGUUAUAGACAGUGGGACCAACAGGGUCUCAGGGUAGCUCUUAUUGUACCUGUUUAACAUUUGUUGUUUAAAAACAAGAGCCUUUGCAGUCCUCACAACCACCAGCCAAAACGGCCCGACUGAGGUUUUUUAUCAAAAUAAUGCUAAAUUAACAGUCCAAACAUUGGAUAUGUACUACAGAACGCAAUGUUCCUUCAGUAAUCAUGGAAAACACUGAUAUUACAUUUUUGCACGACGGACUAGAAGUGCAGUGUUUUUGACCACUGUUCUUUUCUAAUUUUUAUCUAUGAGGCCACAACCAUGUUCUGGUUGGAAAAUGAGACUCAUACUUAAUUGAACGCUAUGUUUUCCUUGUGUUCAUACUUGUUGCCGCACAUAAUUAGUCUGAUGGUCUCACUUGAGGACUAUGCUUGAGGGCUUCAGGGAAACAAGGUUUUCAGUAUUAUAAUGAAUAAUAUAAUAAAUACGUAGCAAUGUGCUAACUGUUUAAUCGCAGUUUAAAUUAAUAAAAUCCUCUUGCCGCUUCUGGAUAAUUUUUACAUCUUUGGCCAUUCAAUAGUUAAAUAACAGAGUGUGUUUAAAAAACACAAAUGGAAAAGAUGACAUUCUCAAACAUAAAUAUACUUUCAAUGCUAAUUAUAUAUAUAAUUGUAGAUAAAAUUAUAAAUGCAUUUGUGAUAAUUCUCCUCACUUAUGUUUUUUUAUUUUCGAUUCCUUAGUGAUUUUUAUUUGUGCACUUAAAAAAUAAAGUAGACAUUAAUCAUUUGUAAAUCUCUAUAUUCAUUUAACAGCAUCAAUAGAAAAGAUUCUAUUACUCAGCUACUAAUUAUCCCCCACCACCACACAAGUCAUAUUUUGAGACACGCAGCUGAUAAUUGCAGGUAGGUAAUUCCUACAGUAUGUUAAAAUUUAACAUUGAAAUCCGUUCAAAAGCAGACAUGUAAUACUUUCUGCACAUCACGUUUUCUUUGAGUUUUUUUCUGUGUAUAUAUUAUUUUAAUAUACUAUUUUAACCUAUCUAUGUUAUUGUAAAUGUUAGCAUUUUUCCAGGGAAUUGAUGGUAAUUUUCACUAACAAAAAGUUGAGUAGAAAUGUACAAUUUAGUAAAAGGUUUAACAAAGACUAACUAUAAAAAAAAGGUUUUAGUAAUCCUUACUAAAUAUUCUAUUCAAAUGCUAGCCCAUACAUAAUAUGUCAGGUGUAAAAAAACAUAUUUGAUAAACCAUUGACUUAUAUUCACAAAUAAUAUCCAAUUUGUUAUAAAUGUAUUUUUGAAAAACUAUAUAUUUUUAGUUAAAUAAUAUUGUGAAGUUCUGCAAUUUAAUCUCAUUUCACAUGUUAUGCAGAUUUUAGGCUAUUGGUAACAAUUAAGAAUAUCUCCUUUAAGAAUGGGGGUCAUAGAGUGACCUUUUUGUGUUUUUCUAAACCAUUAUUUCAUUGAAACUCGCAAAGCAUGACUAAUCCAUAGAGACUAAAGAUUCCAAAAGAGCAGACUGUUUUAACUAUCUGAGGUUUGGGAACCAAAUGCUUCAGUUUAGAAUUAAAAAACAAGAAAAAAAAGAAAUAGAAUUUUUAUAUUUCUUUUUCAGGAAGGGCAAACAUACAUUCAGUGUUUUUACAUAUGUAGACAACAAUUAACAAGGCCCUGCUGUUUCUAGAAUCCAAUGUCCAAUUUGUCUUAGGUCUGGGCAUCACAUAAAACAUGCCUAAGAUAAAUCAAGUUAAUGAAAAGUUUCCUUGUCUACUAAAUUGUUUAUUUCGAUGACUUAACUGUGGGUUGAUUCUGCAAACCUAUUCGAAAAGACUGAAAGAAAAAUAUUUUCUUUAGAAAUUAAUUAUUUUUACGAUUCUCCCUUUUGGGCCCCUGGUGGUGACUUUUUCAUCAAAUCUCAACAUGACUUUAUCUUGGUCUAGCUCUUCGAGUUUCAACAGUACAUGCAGUGUAAGGCAUGUUGCACACUUUGUUACUAUUGCAAGCAGUUGUUUACUAAGAAUUUUACAGUGGACACUCCAUCCACCAUUACAAAAAGGAUCUUUAAUAAACUGUGCUCACUCAAUAAGGCUCUAACAAAAAGUACAGGGCAGUCAUAUAUAUAAAAAAAAAUCAAACAAGACGCCAAGUAGUGAUAAUUGAGGCAAGAUUGCAAUCCAAAAUGUUCCUUUUAAUCAGUUCCUUAUGCACCCCAAAACACGUAAACAUAUAUUGUUUGGAUAACCUUGUUUUGUUACAUAAUUCACUGAUCUGUUUUUCCUGCAUAAAGGUACUAGACUGAUCGAAACAUGCAUUCUCACCGGCUUUUUGAAUAUUUUAAAAUGCCACGGAGAAAUAACUUAGCAUUCAUAAUCCACAUAAAACUUAUGAGUAUUAAAGGUUUCACCUUUUUUUAUCUGAAGUAUGUUUAGCUGUCUGUCACUGUGCAUUAACAUCUAUAUAAAACAAACUAUAAAAGACAUCUGUAGAAUUUCUAAGAGAAUCCAUGAAGUAUUUUUAAAUGUGGAGAAGAAGAUAAUCUUUCGGAUCAGUACAAACAAUUUGAAAAUACAAACAAAAUGGUUUUAUUUAAAAUGUAUAUGUUUAUAUAUAUAUAUAUAUAUGAAUAUGUAAAAAACAAUACUCACAUUUUUUACAGGUAGAAAUAUAUACACUAGAACAGACAGCGGCCAAUAACGGUCUAAUAACAGUAUUUAAUUUUUGUGUUUCCAACCUUGGCUAUAUAUAAUGCUACUAAGAUUGGCAUUGUUUUCAUUUGAAGUACUAAAAUAAGUGCAUUUAUUUUGUGAAAUAUAGUGUCUUUUUUUUUUGCUUAAUUAUGUAUGGGUGGGGGUUAGGCUUUAUCACCGCCUUUUAAAUAAGCACAGAGCUUAGAACAUAAUUUACAAUGCUAAGAUUAGGAGGUGCUUUAGAAAAUAAAUAAGUAUACUAAAAAAAGAAAUAAAUAGACGUGAUUCAUGUUUAUACACCCAAUAUACCAUUUCUUUUAGCCAGUAGGAGGCGCUAUGGCAGUUUUAAAGAAAUCAACUCAGUACAUUUUUGAACAUCUAGGUUAUAUCAGAUGCCACCCCAACAUCAUAUGUUUUUGUUAAAAAGGAUCAAUUAUUAAGUAUCAUACAGAGAUUUAUGUUGUUGUCAAAUGUAAAUUGCUAUGAUAGCUGUAAUAAACUCAACAUUUUCUAAUAGCUAAUUCUCAAGACUAAAUUAUUUGUAAACUAGUUAAAACUUUUUUUAUGUAAAAAUUUUUAAAUAAUGCAUUGGGUUGGCUGAAUGAGACCUCAUUACGCUAUGUCAGUUUUCUAAUCCUUUACACAGAUUUUAUUCACGGAUAUUUACCUGCAUUCAGGUUGUUCUAUUUGUUUAUAUAUAUUUUAACGUAUUUUGGGUGUUUUCCACUUUCUAUUUUGGUUGUACAUGUUUUAGGUGUUCGUGAGGUACACCUGGGAUCACUUCCAGUUAUACGUUUUUCACUAUAUACAUUUUUCGUGUGUAUACUUUUUCUUUAUUUAUUCUCAUACACAUAGCAGCAAAAAUAUAGUAAAUCAUUCAUCAGUUUUAUUACGUGUAAUAAUGGUUAGUUCUUUAUUACUGUACAUUAAAUUAUGUUAAAGUCUAUAGUAAAUAAAAUAACCUUUUCUCUAACAUACUUCAGAUGUAGCUUAAAUUGUCCACCAUAAUUAAUUAUUUUUACAUAAUCAUGUUUUAUACCAUAUUUAAAAUCAAAAAUGAAAUGGACAAAAAAGUAAACUAUGACAUUAAAUAUGUAGAAUUUCUUUCUGUCUGGUUUUUACAUCUGCAAAUUAGCUGUAAUACUGAAAUUAAUUCCUAGUUACAAAGUCACGUGAUAUGUUCAACUCCUAGAAUAUGAAAUAGGGAUCCCCCAAUCCUGGUUCAAAAAUGAGAAAGAAUAACUCAUGUACAGUUUUCUGUUUUCAAACCUACACAUCUGACUUAAAAGUAUUUGAAUUUGUUAGACUUAAAAAAAAUAUAUGUAUAUAAAAUAGCUUUGGUACAUAUAUAUAUAUAUAUGGAUAUAAAAGUGAAUAAAUAAAUACUUCAAAAGAAUAAAUAAAUUGCUCUUUUUUUCUUGUGUUAAACUGACUUCAUGGCCACUAGGGGGCACUGUGGCAGUUUGAAAGAAUUUCCCUCUAGCUCUGUUGCGCAUUCACACAAAAAGUACUCCUCUUGAACUGACUUUGAACUAAAAAAAAAAUUGCAAAAUAAAAAAAAACAAUGAUAAUGAAAUUGUUACAUAUAAUGAGAUACAACCCCUUUGGACUUGGGCUACUGAUAAUUAGUGUUAGAUCGUCUUUUUUAUGUAGAAGAAAAACAAGCAAGGAAGGCACAAUUUAUUUAAUUUAUUUAAAAACACUAGAAAUAAAUAUCGUUAACAAAAAUUAAAGAAUAAAAAGCUUUAUGAAUCAAAUUCUUCAGGUUUUCAGAUAGCGUCAUCUUAGAACUUUUGUCUAAUAAAUAAAAGGUCUGUGAAUUAUAACAGAUAUGCCCCUUGAGAUCUGCUUUGUGUCUCUUAAAGGGCGAAAUGGAUUUAACUUGGAAAUGCAUAAAUUAUUACAAAUUAUGUCAAAAUUCCAAUUUCUAUACUAAACACCACAAUUCUCCUUUCUCCCCACCCCAUAUAAACGGUGCCAAUCUGCACAUUGUAGGUCCCCGUUCCUGACACUUUGCAAACUAAUAAUUUCCAUGACCAAAUCUAUUUCUUUUUUUACUUGUGAAAUCUCUAAGCCAUCAGCGAGGAGGAUAGUUCACAUGAAAACUAAUUACACAAAAUCAAUAUUUAAUCACAGCUCAGCAUCCAGAUCCUGCAGGAAAAUCCUUUAAAAAAUCUACUGCAAUAUACAAAUGGCCUCCCUCCUCCUUCAAUCUACACAUGCCUGGACUUAAUACAACCUUAUUUAUCAUUAUUAGUAUUAUUUUCAUUCUCAUUUUUAUUGUCUUUAUUUUUACCUAUUAGUUUUGUUUUGGAAGAUAAAACACAUUUCUUUAGAUGAUCUUAUACUGAUGACUUAGAAACCAAAGAGGUAUAAAUAUACAUUCAGCUCUGGCACACAAAGUGUCAACAUCACAAAUUAAAUUAUUUUACACUGAAACAAAUAACUUGUGGGGCACUGGAUAUCUAUAUAAAAGGUUCUAGAAGUAGCUAAAUGUCCUUUUACAAAAAAAAAAACACUUUGAAAUAACAAUGCUACAGCAAAAUAUUUCUAUAAGGGUAUUUUAUUCUAAAGAGUGCAUCGAUAGAACCAUAUUUGUUCUGGAGCAUUAAAGAAAUGUUAGAUUUUUAUAGGAGCUAUUUGCAUUUGAUUAACAUGCUCAGAAUCUGUGUCACUUAUUUUUCUGUGUCUCUAUUACGUUUUUUUGCUUUUUUUUUGCAAUGUCUUAAUUCCUUGAAUAAUUGAUAGGUACAUUUCACAGAGUGUAGAGAAAAAUCUGAAUAGUUUAACUAAAAUUAGUGAGAUGAAUUUUUCAUAAAGAUCAGUGCAGAUAUUAAAUUACACUUAUUGAUUUUAUAUUUCAAUCCUGCCUCGUAGUCUUUCCAGACUAAUUGAUCUUUAAGAAGCCUGAACUCACUGUGAGCCAAUUUAGCUGCUUAAAACAAGCAUAUCUUUGUGUUAUUUAAUAACACAAUAUUGUAUGUACCAGGUAAAUGUCAGAAUCGAACAGGAAACUAACAACAAGCAUCCCAGGACCAGUGGAGAGGUUUGAAGCAAUAGCACCACACUCACAAUAUCAGCAAUAGUUAGGUACUUUAAGCACAAUUGUAUGUUGUCCUGUAUUGUAUGUCUCUGUCUUCUGCUAACAUAUCAGUUCUCUUGGUAAAAGGCACAUUCCAUUACAUAUUCCUGUACGCCGGGUAAAGGAAACCUUACACUGCAUGCAUGUUUGUGUUAGAUCAAGUAGGCAGAUGAUUUACGCAAUAAGGCAAACAUUCAAAUAAAUGUAUUACUAUAGUGUGCACGUAUGUAUGCAUGUUACGUGCACUUUAUAUAUAUCAAGUGAUUAAAAUAUGAAACUAAAUAAAAGCAUUUUAAUUUAAUAAGAGUUGCUCAAUGUGUAUAUCUAUCUCUAUAACUAUAUCUAUAUAUAUAUAUAUAUAUAUACACACACAUAUACAUACACUCACAAUUAUUUUAUGUGUGUAUACAUACAUGUAUAUACACACAAACAUGCAUACAGAAAUGUGUAGUGUAUAUAAUAUAUUGUUUAUACACAGACAUAUGUGUAAUGUAAUUUUAUAUAUGUAUGUAUGUAUGUGUAUAUAUAUAUAUAUUUAUUUAUGUGUGUGUGUGUGUAUGUAUGUGUAUAUACACAAGUAACAUUUAACUUUGUGUAGUUUACAAGUUUGCAUACACAUUUAUAACACAUUUCCAAAAUGCAUGCUGCCUAUUUUGCAUAAUUAAUCAGCUUAACAUUAUUUUAUUUUUUUGUAACAUCCUGACUUCACACGUGCUGUAUGUUCUUACAUAUACAUACAAUGAGAAAAUCAUGUAUGUAGAGACUGAAAGACACGUUAACAUUAAUACAUCCACACAUAUUGUCAGGCAGAUACGGGAAUGAGAAAGGUACACAUCCGAGAUAUAAUCAAAUGCACUUAGCAGUACCAAAAACUUCAGCAAGUGCAAUGUGCCCAGCCUGGGUAAAUCCUAACAUAAGCAAGAUCUGGGCAUAUUUAACACAAACAAUCCAUUCUGUUCUCCUUCACUCUCUCCCCCCCACCUCCCCUGCUUCCCCCCAAAAAAAGCACAUUGUUUUCUCUCUUUGUGCCAGUUCUUGGUCUGAUUCUCAAAGAAGGGGGAGCCCGUAACAAAAGGAUACUGCUUGCUGUUAGACAGAGCUGAUCUCUCCCAGUAACCAGCUGCACUUCUGGGAAUACAACAUGGUCAUGUACGUAAAGACAGACGGACAGGCUUGAUUUCACCCAGCUAUAUUGUUAUAUGAUGGAAAUAAAUGGCAGAUCUUUAUAGGUGUUUUACUGUAGUAAUGUGGCAAGACCACCUUAAGUGAUAGCCGCACCCCCUCCCUGCUCUGACAUUGGCUGGGGGCGUGUGAGAGAAAUUGAUUGCUGUAUGCAAAACUUGUUGCUGCUCUGUGGGGCUGGAUGAUCUGAGAAGGGAGACUCGCAGAGUGAGGGAUCUCACAUUAAAAUCCUCCUGCCUGUAACACACGGACUCCUCAUAGCCCCCCCCCCCUCCUCACUUUAGCUUCCAAGCCUGGAGCCACAAGGGUUGCUUGUUCAUUGUGCACAGCAUACAACAAAAGGGAUACACUGCUGUGUGCAUGGAGAGUGCAAUGAGGAUCUAGCACUGGCUGGGGACAGCACCAACAGUACUCCGGGGGCAGCAGACAGUGCUUCAGGGUCAGAGACCAGUGCCUCAGGUACUGUGCUCGCUGCUAAGGAUACGGCAGCAACGUGUGACUUGGAACAGCAGUCUCUGCACUGGGGACAUCAGCCAGAUCAAUGCUCCUUGUAUAGACUGAAUAAAAGCUUUGCUUACAGCUUGACCUGCAUAUCCAAAAAUCCCCUCUCCAACCCAGAUGGCAGCCAGAGCUAUUGUGAGGCUUAGACAUUUUCUACAAUGCAAGUGGAAAAGCUGAAAGUUGCAAUCAGUUGGACAUAUCCAGCUCCGGAGAGAUAUACAAGUGACUGAAAGCUAGUGCUACUUCCCUGCAGAAAAGCAGCAUUGGCUACACACGCUGUCAAGGGACUGGACUGCACUGCACAGAUUCAUUAUUUUAAUCUCGUGUGUAUUUUGCACAGAUUCAUUUGGACUACCGAUACCAGAACUUCUGUGUUGCUGAACAAUCACUUUUCAGACUAGCCCGGUGUACGUUGGAUGUUUUUAUUGUUGAGUAGAAGUGAAAGCGGCUGUUUAAACCCGUCCAGCUCUGCAUGAAAUCCCAAGAAGAAGAAAGUGUUUACUUGUGAUCUCACAGCACAAGCCCUAUCAGAUUACAACAUGUGAGCUCAUCUGUGAAUACUGCACACAACAUUGCCUCUACGUCUCACAGUCGGAUUUAGCCUCCAACGACUGUGCAGAGAUCUGUAUGCAUUUGGUGAGUCUUUGCCCUUUUUAUUUUAAACAGACCUGUUUUGAUUUUCUGGCAUUGGGAGAACUGAGUGUAAUAGCAUUAUUGGUGGAAAGAACUGUCAUGCCUUAUUGAUCAGUUUGGAAUUAUGUUUGGGCUGGAGCAAUUUGAGCCACAGAUCAAUAGCAGAAGCGCUGGCCAAGGAGAGAGAAACUUCACCCAGCCUGGGAUGAAUAUGAGCUCUCAUUUCAAAAACCCUGCAUUCCAUUCUGGAGGGACUUCAGGGACUGUGGAUCCUGCAAUUGGAGCUUUAAACGAACCUGCCAUGUUAGGCAUGAAUCUCAACUUAAACGGUGAACCCUAUGGGUACCAUGCCAGGGGGCACUCAGAAAUCCACGCUGGGGGAAUGCAACCACAGCCUGUUCAUGGUUUCUUCAAUAAUCAGCAGCAUCACCAUGGUCACCCUAAUACUCAUUCUCACCAGCACCACCCUCACUUCAGUGGCAGUUUUGGUGGGCCUGAUGCCACUGCAUCUUGUUUGCAUGGUGGUCGGCUUAUGGGUUACAACAAUAAUCUUGGAAACCAGCAAGCCUUUGGUGAGGGCUAUGAACAAAUGGCAGAGAAUCAAUCUUCCGGAGAAGGAUUCGGACAGCAGAGAUCAGGUAAUAUUCCUGAUUUUCAACACCCUAACUCUAGUGCUUCUAAUCAUGCUGUCCCUGCACCCUGUCUUCCUUUAGACCAGUCCCCAAAUCGUGCUGCAUCCUUUCAUGGGCUUCCUUCAUCCACCUCCUCUGAUUCUCACAAUUUGGAACAAAGGAGAAUCCAUAGCCAAGGAAGUGUUGAUCCCUUGGAAUACAAUUAUCCUAGUGAUGGCCCUUCUGGACACUUUGAGGUACCUGUGUACUCUCCUUCAGAAUCUGAGGGCCAUUAUGCGGCCGGAAGGCAGGUCCCCAGUGGUAGCUUUCCUAGCACUUCUGUUUUACCCAGGCCUCCUGGCAUAGUAGGAAUGUCCAAAGUGCAUCCACAGCCGCAGCACGGGGUUUUCUUUGAAAGGUUUGGGGGGUCACGAAAAAUACCCGCAGGCAUUGAGCCUGCAGUCAAUGCCAGACAUCCCCUCCUGCAGCAGCAGCAGCAGCAGCAACAACAGCAGUCUGCUUUACUUGCCAGACAAAACUCAUGCCCCCCAGCAAUCACCAGGCAACAGCAAACAGAAGCCAAUAACUCUAACCCAAACUUACAGGACAAUGGACCAGUAAUGCAGAACCAACAUUCACAGUUUGAAUACCCCAUUCAUAGACUGGAGAAUAGAAAUAUGCAUCCGUAUUCAGAAUCAAUGUUCAAUAUGCAACAAGGACCUCCACAGCAACCUUCAAAUCAAAGAUUGCAGCAUUUUGAUGCUCCUUAUAUGAAUGUCACUAAAAGGCCCAGGUUUGACUUUCCAAAUAAUCAUGGUGUAGAUAACUGUGCUGCUUGGAAUAACAGUAGCAUUCACAAUGCUGGCAUUGACAGUCAUUUAUCUCCCUCUGCGUAUACUGGCCUUCCAGGUGACUAUACUCCUCAAGUGCCAGAAACUUUUCCCCCUGGCCCAACUCUGCAACACCCCAGCUCAGAUCAUCAGUCCCUUCAACAGAGACAGAAUGCAGCAAUGAUAAUUAAACAAAUGGCUUCCAGAAACCAGCAGCAACGAAUGAGACAAGCUAAUUUACAGCAAUUGGGCCAUCAUGGGGAUGUUAAUCAAAACAGCAUUGUUCAUGGAGCUCAGGUGGGGAAUCUGCCGCAGCCUAAUUUUGAUCGAGAAGGGGGCAGGAUUGGUAAUUUUGACCCCCAAAACCCACAUGUGGCUCAAGAGAAUGCCUGGUUUCCCGGCCCUCAUCCACCUGGAGAUAUUCUUCAAAGGAGGAUGGGUGGGUCAAGUCUUCCUCCUGAUCCUGCAUCUCAUGACAUUAGUUUACAACAAAAUGGGUCAAAUUUGCUGUUCAGGCCAGGGGUUAAUAGGAUAGGUAUGCAGGAGCCUUUAGGGAUACCGGGAGAAGGACACGUUCAGUCUCUGCAUUCUCCCGGAAUGCACUCUCAAUUUGGAAAUAAUAUGGCUAACCUUUCCCAAAUGCAGUCACCAGGUGGAGGGGUGGGUAUUAACAGUACCCCAACAGACAGGAGGGGGGCUCCAGAUUUCACAGGUCCAUCUAUAGGGGGGCAGCCAGGAUUUCCAUUUGUUGGGUCAAAUAGACAGUCAACCCCACACAAUCCACAAGGUGUAAAUUCAUCCCCAGGUUCUUAUCCACCACAAUCAGAUUUUCAAGCCAGCCAGCGGUCCACAGCCAGUAAAUUGGGGGCACUUUCCCUUGGUUCAUUUAGUAAGUCUAAUACUAAAGAAAAUAUGUUUGGACAAAGCUGCUUAGCUGCCCUCUCUACAGCUUGCCAGAAUAUGAUUGCUAGCUUAGGUGCUCCAAAUCUUAAUGUAACAUUUAAUAAAAAAAGUCAAGCAGAAGGAAAGAGAAAAUUAAGCCAAACAGAGAGUGACAUAAAUAGCAACAGUGGGAAUAACACUAGUUCAGAUUAUUUUCCAGGGGGCUCAUCCCAGAGCAACCAGGUGCCGGGUGCUUCCAAUGCCAACAGUAAGUCUGUAGGGCAAAGUGCGGCAGCUCAGCCCACACAGGGUGAAACUAGUUUAUCCCCAAACUACAGUAUUGAAGCCACUCCUGGGAAUGAUGGCAAACCAGUGACUGGUGGUGGACGAGGGAGGGGCAGGAGAAAAAGAGACAGUGGACAUGUAAGUCCAGGUAACUACUUUGAUAAGUAUUCUGCAGAUAGUGGUGGUACUGUGGUGAGUCCAGGGCAGCAGGGUCAGUCAGCCAACCCAGGAGAAGCUGGAGGGACUCCAAAUGACAAGCCCUUGACCUCUCCGUCUUGGGGAAAAGGGGGUGAGUUACUUCUUAGUGACCAACCUGACCUCAUGUCAUCUUUGGAUAGUGGAAUUCAAAGUGUGACUAAAUCUGACAGCAGCUCACCUCAUGUUGACUUUCCAGAAGAUGUCAACACCACUUAUGGCAAUGAAGAUGAAGUUUCAUCUAGUUCAGAUAACAACAUAUCAAAACCCAAUAGCUGUCCUAUGGUAACAGGGUCUCCAAAACUUCAACGGGGUGAACAUGGACUUCUUAAUGGACAAAAAACAAUCGGUCUAAACUUGCUAAAUAACACUACCUCUCUCCCGGACAGUUAUGGUUUGAGUAGCACUGGUGGGGGUCACCCUGGAACCCCAGGGAUGGAACAGGUGCGUACUCCAACCAGCACAUCUACCCAGGAUGAGAUUCACCCUCUAGAGAUUCUCCAAGCACAGAUACAGCUUCAGAGACAGCAGUUCAGCAUUUCUGAGGACCAGCCCUUGGGGAUGAAGAAUAAAAAAAAUGACUGUACUUCUCAAAAUGUGGACAGUGAUUUGAACAGUUGUUGCUCAGACAAUGUCAAAAAUUCUAUGAGUACUAUAGACCUUGACUCUCUUAUGGCAGAACAUAAUUCAACCUGGUACAUGCCUAAUGAGAAAUCAUUGAUGGAGGGAGAAGAAGAAGACAAAUCUAUUACACCUUGGGAAAAAUCAAAGAGCCAACAAACCAACAAAGAAGGUAUAUAUUUAAUUACAUAAAUUGAAUAUAUGCAUUUUUCUUUAUUUUUUUACAGUUGUUAACAUGAUUUUAUAGCAUUUCGAUGUUCGUGGUAUAUCCUUUCAAUAUAUUAUUUAGGUUCCCAGUGACCAGAAAUGAAAACAUCCAUAUAGAAAAUGCAGUGACUUAGUUUUACUAAUUCCACCUUCUAAAUUAAUUACAGGUUUAACUAAGCAAGCAUUUAAAAUACUGUGCAAACUGUUCUUUAUGCAUCUACAUACAGCUAAAAGCUAAAAUCUAAAUUCCCAGUUGCAAAACUGUGAGUCAGUACAAUAAAUAUUACGUGGAUGAUUUAGUAAUAAAAUUGAAGCUAAACUGCAAACAUCUAGUCCAUUUCACCCCCUAACAAAGAGCCACUAUGCCUACCUAUUAUUGUCAUGAUAAAAUGCUAUCAGUUAAUUAAUGGGAGCUACCUGCAGGGCAAGGACAGAGGGUAAUCAAUGUUUACAGUUCAAUUUAAAAUCCUGGGAAGAGAAACAUAGAUUCUUAUCAUUGAGGGAAUCUACUUUGUUUUUACCUAUGUGUGAGAUUGUUUUAAAUGUGCAUGUAUCUGUGUGAGUAAUAUAUAUAUAUAUAUAUAUAUAUAUAUAUAUAUAUAUAUAUAUUAAGCACACACACAUAUACAUUUUGUAUUCUUAUAUUAAUAUGCCUAGAUAUGUGUGUGCCUAUGCCUAUGUAUACAUACACACAUAAAAUACCAAUCUAUGCAUACAAAAUAUUAUUUAAUGUUGUUUUUUGGGAUAACAAAUAUUUGUUGAUGGCGAAGAGAAAAGAUGCUGUCGUUCAGGCUUCCCUAUAUGUUAAGAAAGUUGUACAACAGUGUAUGUAAUCUGUACCAUUUCUAAUAUAUAUUUAUACAGAGAAAUACAUUGAUAUUAUUGAUAGAUGAUAUUAAACAAUAUUAUUGUUGCUGGAUUCUAUGGGAUGUUUUGUUGAAUGUUUUAUUCAUGUUGAAUAGUUUGAUUAUUUUGAAAAUAUUUAAAGUUUCAGAAGUAUGUUGCUGUAAUUUAUUUUCGAUUUUAUUUUGCAUCAAUAUAUUCUGUAUGUUCUUUACAUUCAGUUGAAUAUAACUUUAUUUUCACAAGUUUCCUAGUUCAUUGUGUUUGUUUUAUUCAGUUUUAAGUUACAGGGAUUUAACAAAUGAUAUGUAAGCGUGUGUAGAGAGGACUGGUGCCUAAAUAUCUUGUACUUUAAAUGCAACGAUUUAAAAAAAAAAAAAAAAAAAUCUGCCUUAAACCAAUUUUUGGUAAUAAGGUGAAAUUCAAUAUAGCAAUAACAAAGGUUUCCAACCUUUAAUCAGUGAUAAUCUAUGGCCUUUAUUGAAGAAGAUAUUAUAGAAUCAAAAGAUAUUCAAAAAGAUAUUAAAAAUUAAAGAAAAUAUUAUAGGAGGAAAUAGUUUAGACGGUUUAAAGUGCAAUAUUUAAUGGCCAUGGUUUUGGUUGGCUUUUUAGCUUUGGGUUUUGAAGCGUGAAUAGUAGCCCCCACUGUUCGCUGUUUGCCUCUUUGUCCCUGUUUAAUGCUCAGCUCAGGAGGGCUACUAUUUGAAGAAUGAGUCUUUAGCAUGCAGAGCAGAUUCUAUAGCACAUCAGUAUUCCCAUGCUUUGCCCAAGCCAGAGCAUAAAUUGGUCUGUUUGGAUGCUUUUCUUUCUCAGGUUUAAACGGGGUUACUUAAAGAAGUGUCUUUUUAAGAUUGUUUUUUUAAUUUUGCUGUUACAGUAUUUGACUAAUUGAUAAGAGACAACAGCAUUUCAGUCUCCUGAAAUAUCAUAUAAUCCAUUGAAACUUACUUGAAAAUAACACUUAAAAAUGAUGAUAUUUACUGCAGCUACUCAAAUUUACAUGAAAACAAAUGAUUUUUGUUCAAUUUUUGUUAUUAUUAUUAUUUUAAGAUCAAUUCCCCUGUAUUGUUUUUUAAAAUAAAAUAAUAAGUAUGUUCAAACCAGGAAGACAUUUAAUUUUUUUUAGAGCAAAUGCCUUUAAUAAAAAUAUUUAUUUAAUAAAAUCUGCAUUUAAGUGCAUUGUUGAUUUAUUAGGGUAUAAAAUAUCAAAUGUACCAUACAGUAUGACUAUUCAGACUACUGAAUUAUGCUCACAUACCUUUGUACAGAAUAUAUGCCAGAGACGUGGAAUUAAAUUUUGAAUAAAUUUGAAUAGUUUAAUGAGAAUUAAGUAUUACCAUGUCAUGUAAAAUAUAUAUUUUUUUAAUUUUAGUAACUUAAGCCAAAUACACACACACACACAUAUAUAUAUAUAUGUAUAUAUAUAUAUAUAUAUAUAUUUACACACGUAUGCGCAGUUGCACUUUUUCUAUCAACUGUUUAAGGGAUUUUGAGAUAUAUGAUUAAAUUAAUCAAUGAUUAAAUUAAAGUACUUUAAAUUCUUAGUUACAAAUCUGUGUGAUUUAUAUUUUUUUUCUCUGAACCAUUUAGCUCAAAACUAGAUUUAAGAUUUUUGUUUCUUGCCCUGGUUUUAGGUGUAAGUGAGCAAAUAUAAAGCUGUGAGCACCAGAAAUAAUACCAAGUGUUUUUCACGCCCCUGUGGCAUUUAGAGUGUUAAUAACCAAUAGUAAAAACCUAAUUAAAUGAGAAAAAAAAACUAUUUAAGAGUACAUUUUUUUGUGUACUUUUUUCAAGGAGGCUAUUUUUGUUGUAGAAAAAUAAAAAAUAAACACAGUUACGCUAUAUUCAAGAUACCAUUUUUGGAUGCCGGAUUGCUGUUUAUAUGAUACAAUCUGUUAAAUCACAAAAAAAUACAAUUGCUCUUUAUUCAAGCUAGAGGACCUCUCCUAUUUAUUGUAACUGGCCACAAGCAUUUAACCUUACAGCACAACCUUUGCACUUUAGUGACAUGCUUUAAUUUAAAGAAAAAUAAUUCCAUUAUUCAAUAAAAAGGAGCCUUACCUAUAUGCUUUGUAGAAAACAUAUAGCUACAAUUUCUUUUACUAUGUCAAUAAAUAAAAAUAAAAGACAAUGUGAAAAAUGUUUGAUUUUAUCAUUAUCUAUCUAUUGUCAUUUCCUUCUCCAACUCUAUAGCUCUUAGCUAUAGUUAUUCCUUCAAGGUUCUAUGAUAUGAAACUUACAUUAAUUUUCACAUGCCAGGCAUAAACAUUUGUUCUUCCAAACCAAUAUUGCCUUUUUUGAUUUGAGAAAAAAAAAAAGUUCCAGUAGUUUAAUAGUUAAGUCCAUUAUGUUUUCUUUCCCCAGAAAAUUCCUAAGGUCUCUGCAAAUUCCUUUAUUUGACAUUUGCUCUACAGGAACAUGUAACUUAAAACCACACAGGUGUUAACCGAGCUAGAUGUAAAUGGAUACAAGUUGCCCUGAAUGUGUAUGAUUGGGUUUUUUUUUUUAAAGAAAAAAAAAUACCUUUUUUGUGCAUGCCCCCAAUGUCCACAAAUCAGUGACAAAAUUCUAAAUAUUAAUAUACAAUAUUUAAUUGUCUGUGUGAAUUGUAUUUGGAAAACUAUAUCUAGUCAUCUUGUACAGAACUAGAUAAUAUGUUGAAGCUUGGAAUAAAUGAUUCAUAAUAAUUAGGAAUCUAGCAGAAUUGUGCUUUCUUCCAAAAUAAUUUUCACUAGGAUGAGCUAUUCAGCUUCAAUAAAACUUUUCAAUUCAAGUAAACAGUAUUAAAGUAAACAAAUAACAACAUUGUCGCUUUGUGUAAAAAACAAGUGCAUUUACAAACAAACACACACACACACACACACACACACACACUCACUCACUUCCUGAUUAUAAAUGCAAUAUAAAUUUUAUUUAACACUGAAAAAUAGCAAAUAAUUAUCUAUAUGGUAUUCUUUGUUUUAAUUUUUGGAAUGUAUUCUGCCUAUGUAGAGUGAUGAUUUGACUGCAAAAUACUCUAUAUGCUUAACCCUGCAGUCACCAGGGUUUUUAAGGCAUUUCUACUUAAUUUAUUACAGACACUCCAGUCUGUCAUAUGGUUAAUAAAUUAUGUAAAUGAGCUGAUUGCAUAAUAAAGAACAGAUAUAGAUAAUUCUCUCCAUGUAGAUUUGAGAGUUGAGAUUUUUGUUCUUCUUAUUUAAUGUCAUACUAUAUGAUGACUACAGAAAAAAAACUACUUUUUUUGCAAUUAGCCAUCUAACCCAUGGGCAAUUAAAGUGUGUCUAAAUUUCAAUAGCGGCAGGGCACACUCUGUGACAAAUUAUAGUCAUUAGUAAAAAUGCAGUUAAAUGUAAUUUCAAUUGCUUUUUAUUUAUUGACUUUCAAGGCGAGAAUAACUGAACAUUUUAAGGUAAUCUCUCCCAGAAAAAAAAGGGAGACGAGAAAAAUCACCUAUUCCGAGUUACCUAUUGUCAGGCUGUCUGUUAUGACAUGCCAUUUUAGACAUUAUCACACAUUUACAUUCAUCACGACCAUCGCUUGAUGAUAAGAACCUAGAUGUCUAUAGACAAUGCUAAAAUUUCAAGUAUUGCCACAAAAAAAAAAAACCCCAGCUAAGAUAUGGGUUUAGUUAAUUCUUUGUUAACUUUACACAUCUGCAUGUGAUGAAAGGUUUGUAUUGUACAAAACACAUGAUAAAUGUAUAGAUACCUUGUUCAGUAUUGCAGUAAUAAGGGAUGCACUUGAAGAACACCAUUUCGUUGCUAUAGAAUGUUGCAGGUGGGUCCUUUGUGUUAUGGUAUGCUAUAAUGCACUUAACCCUGUCAGUGCUGGAGACGUGAGCAAUUCCAAAGGUUAAAUUCCAGUAUAGUGUUUUAAUACGUUAGUGACAACCAUCUUUCAAUGUUUGGCCUUGCACUGCUAAAUUCCUCAAUAAAUUGGAACCUCUAUAAAGUAUCCCAUCAGGCCAUACCUGUUUAUGUAACAUUUAGGCUGCUUACAAGAUUGUAAAAACUUCAAGCUACCAGUGUUGUGUAGCCAGUAAAUGUUCCAUUACUUAUGGUCUCAUUCAGUGUUUGCAAUUUAAAUGACAUUUUACCGCUAACUACAUGGGGUGCUACAGACUGCAACAGAAAAAUGCAGAUUUAGGUGAGUUAAGAUUUUUUUUUUUAAAUGUAGGCAUUACCCCUUGACUGAAAAAAAAAUAUAUUUUUAUGCUAAUAUUUGAAUAACGAGCGCGUUCAGAUGAAUGGCAAACUAUCAGUUUAAUCGUAAAAAUUUAAAUGUGGUGUAUAACAGUUUCAGUAAGUGGUAUUGCCUUUUUAGACAGCUAUUUAGAUGUAUUAUCUUAAUUACGGAUAGCUUUAAAGAUCAUUUUCUCGUAAUAUUAAUAAUGCCUGCAAAUAAUGCUAAUGGAAAACGAAGCAAUGUAUACUUUAAUUAUAUAUUCAUUUUAUUUUAUUUUCAACAUGUAGUCAUGUUUUAUAUAAUUUAUUGACCCUUGCAGUAAAACCAUGAAAGUACAUUAACAUUAAUGGGACAGGGUUGACAUUGAACUUAUUGCCGUAACUUACAGGCACACAUUCUUGUGUUGAUUAGCCUAGAUAUUGUUUUGCUUAAGAAAUAUCCGUUGGAUUAACAAACAGCUAAUAUAUAGAACAAACAGAUAUUUGUUCAGGUCAGAGAAUAAUUUGUCAACUUCUGAAAUGUGUUUUUAAAAUAUGUAACUCACAUUGUCUGUGAGUGUGUGUAUGUAUACUAUAUUUCACAGUGUACGUGGAUAAAUAGUGUCUAUCUAUCUAUCUAUCUAUCUAUCUAUCUAUCUAUCUAUCUAUCUAUCUAUCCACAAACAAACACACAUAUACACAUACACACACAUUUUGUUUCACAGACAUAUAAACAGUACUCUUGGGAAUUUAGUGACUCCAAUACCUUGUACACAUUUCUCCUCCCAUUUAUGCAUCACUGGCGAGGAAAAAAAAAAAAAGGUCAAAGAUCAAUAUUUGCAAUCUUUUGCUUACUUUACAGCGAGCAGACUGGGUGGAAUAGAGAACAGUCUCUCACUAUUCGCACCGGAGUCGAGCUGUUCUAUUUUUACAAUAAUUAUAGUAGCACUUUAAAUAAGAUAUAUAGACAGAUGUCUAUAUGGAUACACAUAUAUUAUAUAUAAACUAUUUAUAUAUAUAUAUAGUGUGUGUGUGUAUACAUAUAUAUAUUGAAAAAAAUCUGGCAGGACUGAAACAUCGAUGUUCAAUUGUGCUGAAUAAAAGCAUCUAUUUACAUUUACGUCAGACCCCUGAGUGCACUCGUCUCUUUAUACAUAUAUAUAUAUAUGUCUAUUUUCAUAUGCACAUCAGAUAUGACAAGAAUAGCCAGAGUUGCUUUCUAUUUUUUUGUAUUUAUAUUAUUUCCACUUUAUAAUUUAUUGGAAGGCACACAUAGAGUGUUAACAGAAUUGACAUCACAAACUUUAGCAAACAAAUACAAUAAGUAAACAUUAUUAUGUAAUUAUCAUACAUUAUUUAGAGAGGCUUAGUUACAGCUUAUUCUAACCAGUUUGCGUGGGUUAUGAAAUAUAUCCUUGUCAAAUCCAAAAUAUUUCAUGCUUUGAAUUCAUUUUACAUCAAGAAAUAAAGGUCAGUAUACAAUACGCUGAAUACCUUAAUUCUGGAAACCUGAGUUUUUCUUUAAUGACAAGAAAGCUAACUUUCCCUUCUAUGAGAAAUAUAGUUAACAUUAUUAACCCCUUUUAUUCCAGAAGUUUGGUCCUUAAGGGGUUAAAUAAAGGAAAAUCACUUGGUUUGAAAAUUGUUUGUAUAUGUAAGUGACUUUGGUCUCUAUAAACAAUGCAGACUGGAGCUGAAAUAAGAGAUUGAAUGAAGCUAAUUACAGUCACAUGUAUAGUGGCUAAAUGGUGUAACUGAUAUGUGAAAAGAAAGGACUAAAAUAAGUAUAAUUGUAUUCAUUACAUAUAUCGAAACAAAGAGCAUUAUGGCAAAUAAGCCUAUAUAACCCCCCAAAGCACAGUGUUUUUUUCUUGAUUUUGUUUCUUGCCCUGGGUGCAGAGAACUCUUGCCAAACUUUCUUGAUCCCUCCCAAUAUGUUAGUUUGUACCACCUCUACUGAAAGCCAGCCCAUGCAUCUACAACUAUUUAUAUGAUAGAAAUGAAAAAUGUUUCUGUACCAAUCAAAUGGGUUUGCCCUAUUGUUAAAUUUAUGAAAUUAAACGUACAGUUACAUGCACCGACAAUAAUUUCCGUAUUCUGCUAUGCAUUUUGUAUCACAUUGUACAUGGUUCACAGUAAAAAUGUCCAAAUUCUCCAUUCCUCCAAACCAAUAAAAUAAGAUUAUCUGACACAUUGUGAUACUAACUUUGCAUUCAUUACGUUAUCCCAAACACUGAUUUUAAUUAAAAGCAAUAUAUAUAUAUAAUACGUAUUUAAUAUUUCAGAAAUAUUAUCUGUUGUCAUUCCUUUUGUAUCUAUUCAAACAAAUAUUUGACAUUUCAUUAGGGAAUCUCUAAACAAACUUAAUGCUGUGAAAUAUGAAAGCGAAAAAUAUAAAUUGUAUUUGAGUAUGUGCGUUAUUUCCAAAUUGUCUGUUUUUUUCAAAACACCACAAUUUGCAGUUUAGUGAAUAAAUCCAUAUGCCUCUACAUUACCUCAUCUAAGUAAAGUGUAUUUUCCUCUUCCUCUUCAUUUGACUUUAGAGUCGAUUUAACCAUUUAGUAGACAUAAUAAGAAAUAUUCAUUUUGCUAGGACCCUCCCCCACCCCAAUUCAAUUGUGAAAAAUAAUUUGCCCUUGGAUAAAAAUGAUGAAAUCUCGCCUAUCCAUAAAAAUCUAUUUAGCAUUUUCCUUUUGUACAAUAAGUGGAUUAAAAAAAAAAAAAAAAAAACAGACACGUGUUGGCAAUAUGGAAGCAUAUACCAGCUUCAUUUUAUCUUUGAUAAAACCGUAUUUUAAAUCACAAAGAAUAACGUUUAUAUUUUUUACUAUCACUUGCAAGCAGACCUUUUUAAUAAAGAAGAAAUUACUAUUGCACUUACAUAUGGAUCUCAGUUCUUUAAUCUUCAGUUAUGUUUAUUAUAUUCUUUCUAUAAAUUCCAGGAAGGGGUGAGGUAUGGCAGAGAAGGGAUUACAAGAAAGAAUGUGACCUUUAUUUUUUCAAGUAUCAUCUCUCUUUGUAUGAUCAGUUUCUUUUUCCAUUGCCUAUACUGGUCUGCUAUAGGGAUUGUAGUAUUGCAAAAUAAGGGAAACAUUACGCACUCAGCUCCAAUCAAUAGUGUAAAUAGCUUUAGAGUGUGUUUGUAUGAAGAGGUGAUUACACUACUAUGUUACAUGACAUUCUGACAAAACGCAACAAUGUUCAGUACUUAGAUAUCCAUUUUUCAGUUCAUACCAAAUAAUUUAUCAGUAUGGUUUUUUUUUUUAUUCUUUUAAACCACUUAAUUCUAAGGAGACUUCUAGCUAGUUCUAGGAUGUUAUGAUCUGUUCUAAAGAAUAAGAAUAAGAAUUCUAAAAUAACAUAGUAAAGCGCUGCGGAAUACGCUGGCACUAUAUAAAUGACAAUAAUAAUAACAAUUAUGGCCACAAAAAUGAAUCCAUCAAUUCGGAUUUUUAUUCCAAUAUCUUGAAUAGUCAAUGUGUAGCUAUGUUGUGUUAGUAUUAGAAUAAUAUAGAUGGUGUAACACUGUACGACAUGCCUGAAUGCUCUCAAUGUAUAACUAAUUCAGUACUUGCUGCUAAGUGAGACCAAUGCAGAAAAGUCAAUUGGAUUAACCCUUAAGAGCAACAUUGUGCCAGAACGUUGAUUGUGUCCUCUAACAAGCAAGAAUUUCAAAGGCGUUGUGUUAGUCUAAGAAAUAAAACAAACAUAGUUUGUAGUAGCAUUCUUAAACAGCACAUCCAUUUUAAAGUAUUGCAAAGAAAAUAUAUUAUACAGGCAUCUAUACUAGAGAAAUGUAUGUAUCCAUCUCAUGGUUUUCUCAUAAGUGCUAAAACACAUAAGAUCAAUACUAUAGUCCAGUAACUCCUUAUAGGUAGUAUGAAUAAUUAAUGUUUUCUUACUCAAAUUAGUACUAGUACACAACUAUCCUUUAGUCUUUAGAUGAGCAGAGUACUUAAAAAUUAAUUUAAAAAUUCUAGCUUAGAAAUAUUAACCCUUGACCCAAUGGCUAUGCAGGGCUACAUUUAACCACAAUUAUGUUGAUUGCCAUAGAAUUAAAACUUUAAUUCAAGAAUAGCUUGAGGUGUAAGACUAUGAAGUCUUUUCCGAGAUUUUAUUUACAUAAUAUAUAAACAAGUGCCGCUUUUAAAUUAUAAUCUUGUCCUGUAAUACUGUUUUUUUUUUAAUUUUGAUUAAAAGACCUUCUAGCCUUCAAAUGUCCAUCUUUCUAAAACUUUUUGAAGGAAAAGCAUUUAAUAUAUGGAAAAAAUAUUUGAUUAAUAUAUACAUUUUGCAGGUUAAUAUUAAUAUUCUUUUGUAAGUUCUCCUCCUUUGUUAAGUGUACCCUAGUAUUUUAAGCUAAUCAGUGCUUUCCCUACGCAAGUAUGAGAGCAGCAUUAAGCAUGAAGCCUUGUGACAUCACUUGUAUACAUAUAGGGUACCAUGACAUCAUGCAAAUGCAUAAAAUGUUACACAGACAUGCGUUGCAUGUCAAUGGCACUGGGGUGGUAAAACAGUAUUCUUGACUACCCACAAAUACAAAUGUGAAAUAUUUUUUAUUUUAAAUGGCUUAUGAUUAGUGAUGUCCCGAAUGGUUCACGAACAGUUCGCCACGGACUCAUCAUUGAGUAAACUUUGACCCUGUACCUCACAGUCAGCAGACAAAUUACAGCCAAUCAGCAGCAGACCCUCCCUCCCAGACCCUCCCACCUCCUGGACAGCAUCCAUUUUGAAGCUGCAUUCUUAGUGAGUUGUCCAGGAGGUGGGAGGGUCUGGGAGGGAGGGUCUGCUGCUGAUUGGCUGGAAUGUGUCUGCUGACUGUGAGGUACAGGGUCAAAGUUUACUCAAUGAUGAGUCCGUGGCGAACCGUUUGCGAACCGUUCGGCGAACCGUUCGGGACAUCACUACUUAUGAUUGAUCAUAUUUUUAAGUGAUACACAUUUUUUUAAAUUAAAGUACAUGAUGCUUAAUGUUAGGUCUAUAAAAGAACAAGUAUACACAUUAAAAUCUACAUUGAGAAUGAACAAAAGCUUAACAGAUUUAGUUCUGGAUGCCCUCUUCCUCCUAAUUCAUUUUUAGCUUACUUGUGCCAUUAAUGGGGGAUCUAACAUGGUUUGCACACCAGAGUAUUCUCACACUGAGUGGCGGUCCAGAACUAAAGUGCAAGACAGGUGCCCCCUGCAAGAGAGAUGUUAGAGAUACGACUGCCGGAUUGUCUGAUUUUUAUGUAUCUCACGCAGAUAACAGCUAAACAGUUUGAUUCAUUCUCAUUCUUGGUUCCGUAGUUUAUAUUUUGUUUUUGGCUUAUCAAAGUGUAACCCAGGUUAUUCUGAAUUAAUACUCAUGACAUAAAAAUUUUUUUGUAUUAAUUACAUAGAUACAUUGAUAAAGAGACUACUGUACUACAUGAUAUUAUUACUUUGGUUUUACACUAUCAGAAAAUGUGUUUCAAAAUGAAAUAGAAAAUGCAAUGCCAAAGAGGUUCAUUGAAAUUAAUAAUAGUAUAUAACCACCCAACAGCAAGACUUAGGAAACUUCCCUCUGUGCUAAUUGUACACUUUAAUGAAAUAAACCGCAGCAGUUCUUCUAUGAGGGUUACAAAUUAUGCCUAGUGAUGCACUGUGAAGUAACAACCCAGUGUCAAAGAAUACCUGAAAUUUUCUUUUUUUCUGUAAGAAUGCUGACUUCUAAAGUAAUUAUUUUGUUAUUUCUUACACUCUGCGAUGUGUCUAUUUCUAAUGCCAACAUUAGGUUUAAGAAAUAGCUCUUAAAUUCCCAAAAACUUAAAGGGACAAUAUAGGCAUCAAAACAACUUGAGCCUAAUGAUGCAGUUGUAGUGUAUAGAUCAUGCCCCAGCAGUCUCACUGUGCAAUUCUCUUCCAUUAGGGAGUUAAAUAAUUUUGUUUCUGCCCAUGCAGCACUAGCCUCACCUCCCCACCUGUGUCUUACACAGCCCUGCAUGAAUAAAAGGGUUUCAUUCAAUCAGAUGUUAAAUUGCUUUAGAAGUUUUAUCUCCUGCACUGUAAAUGAAACUUUAAUCACACGUACACAGAGGAGCCUAUUAGAAGGCUAUUAACAGAGAAAAAAUUUAACAGAACUUUAAACAUUAGCUCUGUCGUUUCAGGAAAUGUUUAUGAAGGCUGUGCAAGUCAUACGUACGGAGGUGUGGCUAGGGCUGCAUAAAGAAAGUAAUUUAAGUGCGUCUGUAGGGGCAUGAUCUAUACACAAAAACUGCUCUAUUAAGCUAAAGUUGUUUUGGUGCCUGUUGUGUCUUUUUAAAGAGAAACCUAAGAUUGGAGUUGACUCCUUUCCUUUUUCAACACAUUAAACGUUAACAAUGGAAUUAAAAUGCUGCAAAAAAAAAAAGUUACAGAAUUUUCUGCAUUUGUAACUUCUGCAAUAAGCUCCAGCAAAGCCAAAAUGUGACAGAUAAUCAUUCAACUGUUCUCAUAACAUUCCAUAGGAGCAUUGUACACAUCCUGUAUACGGAGGCUUAUGACAAUGGUAGCUCAGGUGAUAGUUCAGAUUGAAAGAUGUACAGUCGAUGGGAGAACCACUUUGCAAUUAGAUUUCUAAUGCUUACCCCACAUUAAGCUAUUUUAAAGCAAAGCUAUAAAAGCUGUAGAACACUUUGUAUAAUUUUGUGCUACUUCAGUCACAUUUUUUGAUGAAAGAAGUAAUCACCAUUUUGUACAUGUUCUGCAGCUGUAUGAGCUAUCUCGUAGAAAUCUAUGAAGGUGUCCCAUGUAUCUUUUCAUGAUAGUGCAGUUGUACGUUAAACAGUAACAUACAGCUGUUCUACUGCAGCAGGUGAAGAAACACUACCAAUAGAGGAGGAUGGUCAGAGGGGGCAUGCAGACGGAGGAAGAAUGCACCCAAGCAGAGAUGGGCAGCAGUGACUAGCUGAGAAUGUCAGCUGAUCACUGUUGGCCUAUCACAGCUUUCCAUUGUUGGUACAAAUUUGUAUGGCUAAGGUGUAGCAGGAUCUCCACAUUAGUCAUAUCUCCAGUAGGUCCCUCAUUCAAAAAUGGGUGUUAACUCAAUAAAGAGAUGGAAACGGGUGACUCCAGGCACUAUAACCAAUUCAUUCAGACAAAGUACAGUACUAGAGUGUCUCCUUAACAAAAGGUUUACAUACUCUGUAUAAGGAGUAUUUGAUGUGAGACGGAAUGGCAUGUAGUUGAAAUGAGAGAAAUUUAGUGGUAUUGUCAUGAAACACAUCUUCUAGAGAAAGAGUUGAAGAUACAUGAAAUGGCCUUCCAGAAAGGAUGGUAGAGACUAGUAGAGAGGAACAGUUACUAGCUAACUCAGUCUUUCAGCCUAACUGGUGUGAGUAUCAUUGUUUUGAUAUUGGAGAGGCUGCUUUAGAGUUUGUAUGGCUGUGUUGAAACCACCAGAAGUAGCUGACCUCGGUGUGUUAAUUGCGCUAUCUUUUGCAUGAUUAAUACAUCCAUUUAAGCAGAUGCUGCUGUGUUGUAAAAGAGAUGACUCGAAGCUUGGCAAGAUAAAGCAUUUAUUGGCCUACAUAGUACAAUGUUUAUCUCAGAAUAUUUAGCAUGAUUGUGUGUGGGAGAACUUGUAGGAGCAUGUUUUACACUAAUUAUGGAAUAUACUAUUAUAAAGUAAUUUUAAAAGACAUAAGUAGACUGUAGCGUAUAAUAAAUGAAAUUGUAAAUUUAGGCAACAAUAGCUGAUUUAGAAAAAAUCACCAGCUCAGUUAUGGGCACAGUUUGGCUAUUUUAGUCUACAUUUUGCAGUUCUGUGUUCGAUUCACUACAAUUCUGUGAUCUGUGAAUAAACCCCCAUUGUUACAAGGCUGUGGUAUAUCCAUGUUUUGCAGAAGUGGAUGUGAGGUUACAAGCAGCACAGUCAUGGUUCAAAUGAGGCACAUCUGGCAUUCCCUUGUCCAUUUCAUGCUGAACAGGUCAAUCUUCCCCUAUAUUAUUGCUGUAAUCAGUUGUCUCAAAAUGGAAUGUUUGUAUAUCCUAUAUCCCAUCGUGAAGAUUUUGUACAAUAAGGCUUAGCAUGACCAUGUACUCUUUUAUUGUGCAUGUGUAAUAUGUGUCAACCACACAGAUCGAUUUCGUAUUUUUGGUAGAUAGACAUCUUCAUUCUAAUUUCUUUUAAAAGUAAUGUUUUUUUUCUGAGAUGCAUUUUGGAAUAUUUCUGACAGCCUAUGCAAUAUGUAACAUAAUUUGUGUAUACAAAAAAUGCCUUUCUCAGUUCUUCGGAAAAACCUACAUGCACUGUGCACUCCAUGAAGAAAUAUUUCCUUAUUAAAUCCUUUUCUCCAUAUUAGGGUGAUUUUCAUGUAGACGUGCAAUGUGGAGUAUAAAGCCAUUUUUGGUUGUUACUGGAAGUGCUCACAGAAGCAAUCAAUCUUAUAUAGCAUGCCAUUUUAAUAUCCACUCUCUUGCAACCCAACUCUUUUGACUAAAUGACCACAAACAUCCCGCUUCUUGUCUCUGAUCUAAUCACUCUACUUCACCUUUUCCCUUUUUCCUGCCUGGUUUGCUAUUCUCCAUCUUAUCUACUCUGACUAGUCUGCUCAUUUUUUUUUUGUCUGACUUGCCCCCUCUCUCCAUGUUUAACCCACUAGUAUCCCUAGAAAGAAAUAUUUCCAGUUAAAUGAAAAUAGACUUUUUACGGCCAGGAUAUCAGCAGGCUUUCUUCUUGUCUAGUCACAGAUGGCCAGCUUUGCUGAAGAGAUAUGAGGCUAUCUAGUGUUUUUUUAUGAGUUAGAACGUGAUAUAUUCUCACAGAUUGAUAUGAGGUUGCAUAGACAUUUGCCCCAGAGGUAAAAUUUUAGGACACUUGGCCACCUCACUCCUGGGAAUCCUUCCAUUGAUCUAUUCUGCCAUCCAUCGUAAGUCAUUGCAUACUUCAAUCUUUAACACGUCCCUCCCUGAUUAUGUAAAUUUAGCAUCUUUGGUUUGAAAAAGUUACCUUUAUAACGAAGCGUUUACUGGGCUGAGGUGUAAAGAGGAGGCAAGUACACACAUGGUAACUUGGAAUCCUGGGACAUUUUAAAUGUGCAAUUAAAAUGGCAGGCUGCGUCACAGCAUCCGUGCAUAUUACCCAAGCUGAAAUAAAAAAACUAAUAGUUAACCUUGGGUUAGCCAUUAGGACAUGCCUCUCCCUCAAAACUGACAGUUCCUCUUUAAAGAUAUAUGACUGUUACUAAAAAUAUGUAAUGAAAAUAUAGAAGUAAGACUAACAGUUAUCUUGAUACAGUACACAGUGCAAGCAGAAAAUAAGAAUUCCUAAGGUCGAUAUCUAAAAAUACCUUUGCAUAUAAUUUUCAUGUCAGAUAUUCAGCUAUAGAGAAGGGGAUUCCUUGUAUUUCUGUUAAAUUCCAUUUUAACUAGUUAUAGAGAGUUACCUGUUUAUCUUAUGGUAAUUUGUAUUCAAACUAGAAUUAUAUAUGCAAAAUUAUGCAUCUAAUCUGUGCAAAUAAACACUGUUAAUAUAUGCAGCAAUAUACAAUUAUUAGUUAAUUACAUCUCACCACAACUUGAAAUGGUUCACACUUCCUCCGUGCACACCUUAUUGAAUAUAGUGUGAAUACAUAAGUAGGUGAGAUUUUAUCAUCACUUUGCAGGUGUUGUAUUAAAAUAUCAUUACACACAUUGCAUUUUCGAGUGAGAUCUGUGUAAAAACCACUGUAGGGAAGGUCCCUAAUUGCCCUCAGCUCAAACUAGGGUACUUGUUAAAUUGCUGGCUGAAGGUCACGGGAGUUAUGAUUUUAAAAAUGUACCUGUAAUUCUAGAGAAUGCAAUCAGUGGUAUUGUAGUCUAGUAGAAAUUCGAGGAGGACAUUGAAGAAGGCAUAAACGGGGUUUAUCAGUGAAAAUUCACAGUGAAUUUUACAGUUAAGGUCUAAAUAGCUAAACGAGAACAUUUCUUUAUGCCAGUCUUGCUGUCAGCUCGUCUACUUUGGCCUUAAAAUUGAAAUUCAUUUUAAAUUCACUUUGAAUGAUUGCUUUAAUGAAUAACCAUGUAUAUGUCUUCCUUAAUGUCUUUCUAGAAUUUCUACAUCAAUUAUGUCCUUCUAGAAUUUCUGCAUAAAUUCAACCACUUGCUAAGUCUGCCACCCAUACAGGGGGAAGGAGGCAUUUAAUUGAUUUGUCAGGCAGAAAUCGUCAGUAUUAUGGCAGAAGCUGCGCGCCUAAAAAAUGAAUUGCAAUAUAUAAGUUAAAAUAGAUAAUUCGGAAACUUUUUUUCCCAACUCAGCUAUAAUCGCAACUAGCCUAUUGUUGACUUAAAUUGUGCAAUUGAAUUUUCAGACCACUAGAAUUUGGGAGGUUGUUAAAUAAAUACCUACGUUUUAGUAUUAUUAUUAAAAUUACACCUACCGGUUCAUAUCACUUUACGUUAAUUACAGAUUGAGUCUAAAAAUACAUAGUGACUCACUCACAAACUUAGUAUCAAGCAGCAGACUGCUGUGAAUGUCCUAGGGACUAAUGUUGGCGUUAAAUCUGCACGAGAAACAAUUAAGGGAAGUGAGAUGGUCAUGGAUUAUGUAAACUGGAAUUUUAAUAGCAGGAAAUGAUUGAUUUAGGUAUUAUGGUUUUCUGAAAAGGUAGUCCAACAGAUGCUGAGUUGUAAUACUCUGCCCAAUAUGCAUACUGCCUCCAGCUUAUGGUAUUUAUUCAUUGUGACUGAUUACUGUGUACAAUGAAAAUCUUCAGCUGUGAUUGAGACUUUUUUUAUUCUUAUCUCAAUGACCACAUACUGACUACUAACACAAAAACAUAAUUAAAAAAAAAAUCUAAAUUCUGAACUUUUAAAGGGCCAUUUCCUGUAGAAUCAUCUUAUUGUACAAAAACAUUAGGAUAGAAAAAUCCUUCCAUGCAUAUUGAGCAUACCUGAGAAUUAACGAGGGUUAACCAGCAGGCAGUGGUUGGGGACCUUAUUUCAGGGCCUUGAAGGCAAUGCUCAUUUCUUUUGUUAAGAGGAAAGGUCUUUUACCUCUGAUUUACAGCUAUUAUUACUUUAAGGCAGGGGUGGCCAAAGGUAUAUCCCUAGAUGUUAUGGAAAAGCACCUUCCAUGAUGCACUUCUAGAUAUAAGGUUGCAAUGCAUCAUGGAAGUCGCCACUGCCUCAAGCUAACAAUGGCUCGCUAUCUAAAAAGAUGUGUAACCACUUCUACACAUCUACACACGAUAAAGCAGUAAAGCAAUGUCUAAUAUAAAACCACUCUUUAGGGCUUGUGUAAUUAGUUAUACUUGUGAUGGAUGAGAGGGAAGAAUAUUUAACCUUUUUUAACUAAUAUGUUCUGGAUAUUUCCAGAAGGCAUGUAAAAACAGGGUACAUUUUGCUCUUUAAUUACAUUUUAAUUCCUGUGGGAAAUGUAUUACUAUCCAAUCAAUGUUGUUUGUAGCACAAAUUGACCAUAGGCCCCAGUUAAUACAUAUGAUAUAUAUAUAUUAAUAUUUCUUAUAUUGCCACUAGCUUUUUCUGUACAUCGUCAACCAAAAAUGCCUUUAGAUAGGGCUGUCAUAUCCACCAUGUUUUCUGGGGCACACAUAAUUUCACCAUUUGAGCAUGCUGCCCUGUGUUAUGGAUAAUGUAUAUGCUUCAGGAUUCCUGACUGAUUCAUCACCUGAUUUACUACCUGCAGCAUUUGACUUCUACAUACGGCAGGGCAGCACUUUUUGUAUAAAUGACAUGUGUCCCGGAAAACAUGGUGUAUAUGGCAACCCUACCUACAGAACCGUUCCAAUAUAUUUUAAAAUAAUUACGAUUCAUAAAGUGAUUUAGAAUUUUGUUUGCCUCCCAAGUCCUUUUAUUAUAAGCCAAAUGGGAGGAUGAGCACAAGAGAGUAUACUAAAAAAAAAACCACCAACAAUGAUUACAUUUUUUUCAAUAUAUCUUAUUUAUUAAGAAUUUUCAGUAGUACAUAAGUACAAACUUUUACAUUGUUUUAUGGAAUAGUAAUGAAUACAUAUUAUAUAUAAUGGUCAGAGGCUGCUUACUCAUAAUGAUAUGUGAGAUAUUGAGUUGUUCAUAUUUAUUAUAAUAAUAAUAAUAAUAAUAAUAAUAAUAGCUUUUUAAAAUAUAUUAUUUGAAUGCAUUUCCUGAGAUUUAGAUUGCCAGCCUUGAGCAGACAUUCCAGAUGUCCCUAUGUAGGAGAGACAGUCCCCAUUCUGAGCCCUCUGUCCCUAUUUUCUGUCCUAAUGUCCUUUUUUUCUAGGAUCUCCAGAUUGGUGUGUAUAAUUGUACAACAGAGCUUCACAGCAAUAAAGCUCACAGUUAUGUGUCUUUAAACUACAAAUGUGUUUAGAACUCAGUCUGUGGAAAUAAGAUACAUUGUUGCUGCUUUAACCCCUUAGUGACCGCAGACGUACAGGGUAUGUCAGACAAAAAAAGGUUGUUAACGACCGCUGACGCACCAUGUAUAUCCGCGGCAAAUAUAAGCGUUGGAAGAGAUUGUGAUCCCUUCAGCCGCUCUAAGGGUAUUGCAGCAAUGCCUCGAUGUCGAGGCAGCUGUGGCGCCCGCCAGUGUGUCAGAGCAUCGGAAGCCAUCAGGCCAUUCUGGUGCUCUGCCUGUCUGCUGAGUGCCUCGAGGGGUCUCUUACUGUUUUGAAACACUAAUAUUUGUGUUCAGCAAAGUCUCCCAAGUAGAACAGUACCCACCAUGUACAGGUUUGAUAGUGUUUUUGAAAGUUACAGGGUCAAAUAUAAGGCCUGGAUUCCUGUUUUUUCACAUUGAAAUUUGCCAGAUCAGUUAUGUUGCCUUUGAGAGGGUAUGGUAGCCCAGGAAUGAGAACUACUCAAGUGGCUACUAAAAAGACUGGACAUACCCCAUAUUAAAUACGAUGGGUUGUCUACUUUAAAAAAAUAUGUACAUGUGAGGUGUGAUUCAGAGAUUUAUGACAGAUAACAGUGUUACAAUGUCACUAUUGACUAUUGAAAAAUAUAUAUUUUGAAACAGCAAUGUCCUACUUGUAUUUAUAGCCAUAUAAGUUUCCAAAAAAGCUAAGAACAUGUUAACAUUGGGUAUUUCUAAAACUCAGGACAAAAUUUAAAAACUAUUUAGGAUGGGGUUUUUUUGGUAGCUGUAGAUGCAUAACAGAUUUUGGGGGUCAAAGUUAGAAAAAAAGUGUGUUUUUUAAAAUUGUUUAAUCAUAUUUUACAUUUAAAAAAAAAAAAAUUAUAUGAUAUGAUGAAAAUAAUGGUAUAUUAGAAAGAUAAUUUAAUGGCGAGAAAAGCGGUAUAUAAUAUGUGUGGGUACAGUAAAUGAGUAAGAGGAAAAUAACAGUUAAACACAAACAGCGUAGAAAUGUAAAAACAGCCCUGGUCCCAAACUGUAAAAAAAGUCACUAAGGGGUUAAAUUAAAUUUUAGUUGCAUAAAUUACCCUGGCCACACACCCACUGACACCCUUACAUUAUUGUGUUCCUCUUUGUCCAUUUGAAAUAUUUGAAGGCAUGAUUAAGAAAUAUCUAGGGAUCACACAUGUAACCACAUGUAAGUGAAUUUAUGGCAUCCAUUAACCAAUACCAGAUAACAUGGUACUCGGUCACAGUGCAUUUUUGUAAACAUUGUUAAUGUUUUCUAAACAGUGUAAGCUAUUACUGUUGCCUAUUUAUUUAAAAACAAUGAAUGUGGCGCAGAAAAACCCUUGUAUCCAGAAUAUCCAGAAUCCGCACAAAUUACAAGUGUGAAUAAAACAAAUCAAUGGCAUUUAGUAUAACAGUAUAUAGUUAGAUAUAUGAUGCAGGUACGAUGUAUAAUUAAUGCACAUUUACAAAAUAAUAAAGGAACCCAAAAUGCUGUGCUUGAAAUAUCCAUUCAACACUCAAGUGAACAAAGAUAAAGUAGAGGAAAUGACCUUGCUCUAACAUGCAGCAGUGCAUUAACCCCUUCACUACUAAUGCUCACAAUUUUUGGAUACGUUCUUAAUAUACCAACAUUGUGUAUCUGAUUCAGAAAAAAACAGGGGAUUGUGGGCAACCCCAGAACAUGAAUUUCUCAGCAGUAGUGUUACCAUAGAGACCAGCAUUUAUACAAAAUACAAAUUAAGAAACAUCGCACACAGGGCUACUUAAAAUUACCUAUUUCAGCAAACAAAUACGAGGAUUCAUCUCCACCAGAUGGCCAUAUCGUGUUACAGUAUCCCAAAAUCGAUGAGUUCUGCACUCAUUUUAACCUGGGGGACAAAUUAAAUAGUGCUAGUGCUAAAAUAGCUAAAGUGUAUUUAAUUAGUCUGUUGUAAGAGCAUUGUGAAUAUAUUUCAUGAAAGCCCAAAGUAAAUAUGUUACAAGUUGGUAAGUUCUGUUUUAGGAGCUUGUAUACAGCCUGGUUAACAGCAGUUAUUGCCAGCAGUGAGGCUGUUUUCAGGUGGUAGUGAAAGAGAAAUUGCUUUGUUUGCCCUGUCUCACUUUAAAAUUGCUGACAUAACUGUUGUGUUUUACUUCAUAGUAAAAUGGCCCCAUUGGUACACAAAAAGGAAUCCUAAGAUUUGCAUUUACCAUUCUCCGUAGUUUUCAUUGUAAUUGCAAUUUGAUUUUUAGGACAAUGCUUAGCUGUGUUUUUAUUAUGUAAUAUAUAGCAAGAGAUUCCAAAGGUAAAAAAUUGAUUUGAGAUAAAUAUUUUAAUACAAUCGAAAGCAAGACCAUCCCCCAAAAGAUUUUUAAAAGUAUGUUAUUGCCAAAAAGGUUGAAAGUGAAAGUGUUGGUUGAUGAUGAAUGAAUUAAUCAAGGAGGAUCAGGACAAGGCAGACAUUCUAAAUAAUUAUUCUCUUCAGUAUAUAGGAAAGAAUAAACUAUGGCUGUAGAUUUGCAAAUCCCUGUUACAAAAUCUUUAUAGCAAACAGGUGACUGGUUAACACAGGAUAAAGUGCUUCAGAAAUUAAACAAGGUUACUGUAAAAGCCCCAGGGUCAGAUGGUAUUCACCCACAUGUGCUUAGGGAGCUUAGUGGAGAAAUCUCCAUACUACUGUUUUUAAAAUUUCAGGAUUCUUUUAUCUCAGGAAUUGUAUCAAAGAUUGGAUAAAAGCAGAUGUGAUUCCUAUAUUUUAAAAGGGUUCAAAAGCUCAACCUGGAAACUACAGACCUGUGGGCCUAAUAUCUGUGGUUGGGAAAGUAUUUGAAGGACUGUUAAGGGAUAAUGUUCAAGAAUUAAUUCUGAACAAAAAUAUAAUUAGCAGGAAUCAACAUGGUUUUAUGAAAGAAGGGUCAUGCCAAACUAACUUAAUUGCAUUAUAUGAAGAAGUUAGUAGAAAUUCAGAUCAGGAUGUUUGUCCGUGUUUGCAGAUGACACAAAACUAGGUAAGAAAAUACAGUCAGAACAUGAUACAGUGGGAUUUGGAUAAAUUGGGUGACUGAGCAGGCAAGUGGCAGAUAAGAUUCAAUAGAUCAAUAUAUUCAAUAGAUCACAAACUAGGCAACAGUAUGCAAUGCUGGUCUGCCUUUGCAAAAGCUAGUAAGGUGCUUUCGUGUAUAAAAAGGGGUAUUGAUUCAUAAGAUCCAAAUAUAAUUUUGCCUGUUUACAAAUCCAUGGCAAGGCCUCACUUUUAAGGAACGAUAUUUCAAAACUAGAAAAACUGCAGAAGCGAGCUACAAAACUAAUAAAGGAGAUGGAAAACAUUACCGUAGUUAUGAGAAAAGGCUAGAAAAACUGGAAUUGUUUUCUUACGAAGAAAGUCGCCUCAGACAAGAUAUAAUAGCACUAUACAAAUAUAUACAGGGUCAGUACUACCCGCUAUGUACUAACCUGUUCAUUAGCAGGAAUAUACAAAAGAUAAGAGGGCACCCAUUGAGGCUGGAAGAAAGGUAUUUUUUCUUACAGCAACAGAAACGUUUCUUUACAGUAAAAACUAUAAAGAUGUGGACUGCUCUGCCUAAAGAGGUUGUCUUACUAGAUUCUAUCUAUCAAUUUAAAAAAUGGCUUGGAUUUUUUUUGCAUAAACAGAAUAUUCAAUUAUAUAAUUGAUAUAUAUGGAUUAUUGUUGAUCCAAGGAGAAAUCUGAUUGCCAUUACGGAGUCAAGAAGGAACUCUCCCCCCCAUUUUGUGGCAUAAUUAGAAAUGGCUACAUUUGGGUUUGUUGCAUUCUUUUGGACCAACAGCAUAAAAGAAUGUUCAUAGUUGAACUUGAUAGCCUUUUUAAACAUAGAAAACUAUGUAACUACAUAUUUGCUUAUUAAUAGGUUAUUUACCUUUUCCUACUAUUCCAAUACAUUCAUUGCAAUAUGUUUACAAAAACUGCUCCCUGAUCUAAGUUAUGUAUAUAUUUUUUAAAACCAUUAUUUAUUUUAUCAUCAAAAUGCAAUAAAAUUGUAUUAAUAAAAUAUCCUGACAACACAAUAUCCUGACAAUAAAACAUUAUUCAAAAAAUAUAUUUGCACUGUAAAAUAUUAUUAAAAAUGGUCUGGUUGCUUUUCCAUGUUGUACGACAGACUAUUAAAACAUAAAAAAAAAAAAAAAAUGACGUGUAUGCGUGUGUACAGUAUAUCCGUUCUCUGGUAAAAAAAUAAAAAAUAAAAUAACGAUUCUAUUAUGAUUUUUGGCAAACAGUACUCCAAUUUCAAAAAUAAAUUACUAUACUUUUUUCCUACUACACUUCUACAUCAUUAAGUUGGAAAUUAAAACUCAUUUGAGAUUCUCUGAGUGAGAACCAUAGACAAACUUAUGGUUUCCCUAAUUCUAAAAGGUAGACCCUUGUGUAUUGUGCCUAGACGGGCAUAUGCCAUACCACACUGAUAAAACUUAUCAGGUUGCUGUAUCUCUUGUGCAUGUUAUUAUCUUGUGCAGGGAGGAUCUGCUGGCAUUCUGAAUUUAAUAAGAUAAAGAUAGGGAAGGCAUACAUUAAAUAAUACAAACUGUGUCCAGAGAUGACCAAACUCCUCAGGCAUUCUUUGCUUUCUUUGUGUGUGGUAUUCCAAAUUGUGACUACUGCCCACAUGGAUGGUACAAGUCUGAUGUGCAUCAUUUUGUAAUAUAAUAAACAGAGCUGCCAUGUUUCUUGGACAGUCGGCCAUGCUCAAACAAGCUUUCACAUGCAAAUGGACAGCACAUGUCAAGUGCUCCAUUAUAACAUACUGCAGUAUAUUGCAUUCAUAUGCUACUGGAAGAAAGUCAGUUAAUUAUACAAAAGCAGUCAAUUGAGGGUUCACGUUCCUCCUUGAUUAAUGAGUUGAUUUCCUUCCAUCAGCUUGAACACUCUAGAUUUCACAGGGCAUCUCUAUUCCUGUACUACCCAACAUCAGUAAGUAAUGACAUGUUCAGAAAAAACGACAACUGAGUCCAAUUGUAUUUGAUACUUUCUGAGUCAGAAAAACACAUUUUCUUAUAUUAGUAAAUGUUCACUUUAAAUAUUGAUUAGAAGCACUCCUACGUAAUUCCACAUAUAUAAUAUUAUAAAACCCUUUAUAGAGAGAGAGAUUGAACCCCUCUAAGCUAAAGCUGUGACUUCUUUCACUUCUUCGGUUUCAUUUGGUGCACCAGUUGAAAGGCUUCUAAUUUUUAAAGCUUUUAUUCCUAUUGUAUAUGAGUGUUGGGUUCUAUUCAUCCAUCCAUCCCUCCCUACAUAUCAUCAUUCCAGGAAAUAUGUAUAUUAGCAUUCAUUCAUAACUCUUUAACCAGCAUGUUUUCACUAUAAUGUAAGCUUUAAAUAACUAUGCAUCUUAUAAAGGAUUACUGUUUUCAGACCACUGGCGGAUCCAGGGGGGGGCAACAGGGCAAUUCCCCCCCCCCCCCGAGAUUCUCCCCUGCCAGCUAAUGCAGGGCUGGCAUUGUCCAAGUGCCAGCCCUGCAAUGUGCCUGCGGACCGGAGGGGAGAUCACAGGCACCGUGCUGGCAGCCAGCAGGGGAAGGAGAGAGCCUGCAGCUCCUCCGGGUCCUCCUCUCGCGAGCAUGGAGCAUUGCCGCGGUUGCCACGGCAACGCUCCAAAUCUCGCGAGAAUGAACUCUAGCCCAGGAGCGCGGGCUAGAGUUCACUCUGACCACUGGACCACCAGGGAUCGAAAUAUGUCCCCCCUCCUCCCAGUAAAGGUAAGAAGGGAGGGGGACAUACAUUUAUUUAAUUUUAUACAUUAUUUAUUUUUAUCAAAAAGCUCCCUUACCCUCCUAUCCACACAUUCACACAUUGCCCCCCAUAAACAGCCCCCCCCACACACACUGCCCCAUACACACACUGCCCCCCAUACACACAUACACUGCCCCAUACACACACUGCCCCACACAUAUACACUGCCCCCCCAUGCACACUGCCCCUAUACACACUGCCCCAUACACAUACACUGCCCCAUACUCACUGCCCCCAUGCACACACACUGCCCCCCAUACACACAAUGCCCCCACAUACACACACACUGCCCCCAUACACUGCCCCCCACACUGCCCCCCAUACACACUGCCCCCAUACACACACUGCCCCACACACACCCCCCCAUACACACACUGCCCCCACACACACAUACACUGUAAGUUGUCAAACUGUUCUUAAACGGUUUGACUACUUACUCUGAGAGGGUGUCCCGCACCAUAACCACUACACAGAGCUGUAGUGGUUAUUGUGCAUGGAUUAUUUCUUUCAAUAAUAUAAAAGUGCCCCUCCCGAGAUCAGUCUCUGGAUCCGCCACUGUUUCAGACCGUUAGUUUUCAUUUUCUGUAUAAUAUAAAGUGUUUAUCAUCUAUUUAUUUAGCUAGCUUUAUUUAAAAAAACAAAAGCCUAUUGCAGUGAUACGGAAUCUACAAAGCUCACAAUCUCCUGUUUAUAAAGCAAUGUUAUUUAUCUGUAGUAGAAGGAGGCAUCACUAAAUGAUAAAGCUCACCUCACCCUGCUGUCAGUGAAAAGCUUACCCCCUUAAUAAAUAGGUGGCUGAAUUUGGCAAGUGGAUUUUCCUGGCGUACUGAACAGACAUUUUUAAAAGUCUAAGCUGUGCAUUAAAUUGUCAGCAAGCAAGGCGUAUGCUGACUGCAUGCUAGUAGCUCUGGUUUCAUAUUCAGAACUGAACAUAUUGCUGAGACAUUUCUCUGUGUGUGUUCAUUUUUCACUUUUAUGCAGGAAUAUAUACAAGACUAAUCUUUUUUGCGCGAGACUUAGAAAGCAUAGAUGCAAAUGAGGGCAUACAUAAAUAUAUAUCUGUGAUGUUCAAGCAAUAAAUAUACUCUGUCCCGUGUGUUAAGUAGUCAUGGUCUUUCAUAAAGAAAUUCAUUGCUGAUUUUAAAAAAGAUACCAGUUACCUGUUUGUAUGUCUACCAAUGUAUAGUUCACUAGCGACUGGUGAAAACUAAAGUUGGUGGGGUGCUGCCCCCUGACUUUUUGGGUUCUGCCCACAUAACCCCAUGAGUUGCCAUGCCCUAUUCAAACCCAGCUGCAUCUCCAGUCAUUAAAAAGGAGAAUUGAAACUGCAGACAUAACGCUGACAGAUAUGUUUUUUCCAACACACACUUAUCAAUAUUCCUAACAACACUGAUAGAUAAUUGUUUUUGCAACAAAAAACUGGGAAGUACAGGGGGGCACCCAAUUUGCCUCUCUGAACCAGCCUCCACUUAUAUACCUGUAGCCCAUGGCACCACCCUGUCCAAAACGUAUACUAUGCAUGUUCUUUAUUUUAGAGGGUGGCUGUGUCCUGUAAUUGCUAACAGUGGGUAUUUAUAAUGCAGAAAGCACGUAACCCUGGUAAAGAUGUAUAACUUUAGCCAGGGUAGGGUUAUGGUAAUACAUAUGUAAUAUUUUUUCGGGUAAUAUAUUGUAUUAUUAUUAUUAUUAUUACUGGUAUUUAUAAAGCACCAACAUAUUCCGCAGCGCUGUACAAUUGGGAAAAAAACGAAAUACAAUAGGAACGGACCGAUACAACAGGUAGAGGGGCCCUGCCCGUGAGCUUACAAUCUAAAUUAUACAGAGCAAUAACAAUAAUAUGGUAUAACAGAAAAACUUGAUUAUAUAAAAAUAUGGUUUUACUGUUCCUUACUGUUAAUGCAUAGUAUUUGGAUACAGGCAUAUUUGAAAUGUAACAUGUUUGUCUUACAUGUUUCAAACUAAUACUAAUAGUACAGAUAUAACUGUUAUGUUACUCAUCCUUGAAUCCACAUUACCUAUAAGAAGCAUGAUGUUGCUUUGCACGUUCUGCUGUUGAAAUGUAUACCACAAUUUGGUGUGAAUCCCGUAGCCUUCUAUCUCCACAGAACUGGUAUUUCCUGUCCUAAGUUUAUAUAAGAGAAUAAACAUUGUGGUGAAUCUACAAAUUGAUUAGCAUAACAAUGUAAGGAUGUUUUUAUAAGAAUUAGUCAAAGUUUCCUAAAGCAUAAAAAAGGGAAAUAUAGCAAAAAUAAUAUUAAAGAUUGUUCAGUAGAGAAUAACAUUAUGUAUAAACAAAAGAAAUAUAUAGCAAAAAAAAAAGAAAAAAAUGAAAUUCAGUAAAUUUAGUUAAUAAAACAAGAUUUCAGUAUAAAACAAAACAAAAGAUCUUUAUAUGCACACACACAUGCACACACACAUGCACACAAACAAAAACUUUGGCAGAACUGAAAGAUGUUGGAUAUGACAUUACUGAUUUAACAAAGUAGUUUUAUUUGCAUUUGCUCUAUAAAGUCUUACUAAUUUAUUCCUGGAUAGUGCACAUUUAUGCAAUUUUGCAGGAAGUUAAGCGUGUGAAUUAAAUCUUCUUCCCCUACUCACCAAAACACCACACAUAAUUACAAGUAUCUCAAGGUACCUCUGUUUGUGAGAACUUGGGUGUGUGUCUAAGAGUUUAAAAUAGACAAUUUAGAAAGAAUCUUCAAUUCUAUAUAUUUUAUUGUUCAGUUGUCACCUUAUUCCCUCAACAACAGGUUUUGAUUUGCAUGUGUGUUUAUCUUUGUGACACCCAUGCAGUACUCAUGACUCACAUUCCCAUAUCAUUACAUUUUCUGUUAAUGAAUGGGCUGCUUUUCCAACAGUGAAUUAUGAGCAAAGAUUUAUUUUCUCUUCUCUUUGAUUAGAUAACCAUAAUGCAUUAAAGAGCUUGGUAUAGAUGGCUGUACAUCACACCACAGCUAAGAGCAUAGUGGAAAAUAUAUGGGUUGUAUUAAAAUCACUGCUUCCCUUUCUAAGCGUCUUCAGUUAACAGAAAUACCUGUGCACUGACCUCAUAUAGUGUCUUCAAUAAAACAUUGGAGGAACAUGCUAAUUUCAUAUAUAAAUAUAGACCCCAGCAAAAAUUUAUGAUGCCAUUGAUGACUGUGAAUAAGUGGUGCCUAUAGCCUGAAACAUUUUUUUUUGCUUCUGACUUUACCCUGUAUAUAUUAACAAUGCUUUUUUUUAAAUUCAUUUUGAUGUCUUAGAAUAUUUUUUUCCUACAUUUCUGACACUCUUUUGUUCCUUCAAUACACAAAUGGGGAACAUUUUUAUUUUCUAUCAUUCUUUGUAUAUAUAGACAACAUAAAAUAAUUCAAGGUAUUUCUGAAACACAAAUUAAUUCACAUUGCAAAAACUAUAAUCACUUUUGUAUAAGGCGAGGACCCACAGACAAACAAAAAUCUCCCUACAUUACGUUAGCCCAGUACAAAAUUGUUAUAAUAUCUCUUUUUAAAACUUAAGUAUUUCCUUGUGUUAAGCCAUAGCUGAUGAUCACACACCAAGGUUAAUAGAUAAACCGCCAAUUGUUGAGAAUUCAAAGUGGAAUUGAAUUUUUAAGCCAAAUAUAGUCAACACGAGAACAGUUUUUUACCCCCCAAUUCUUCCAUUCUAUUGAACGACGCUGAUGUGUGAAUUUCGUGUUUAUAUUAAUUUUAAAUUAAUACAUGGUCUCAGUGAUAAAUACAAAAAUGCAUGGUGUAAUCACCAUGGAAACCAGCUGAAUAAAUAAAGACAAUUUCAAUGGUUUCUGUAGUGACAUAUCCACGUUUCCAACAUUACUUUGCUUUCACUUUUUUUUUACAUAAUGCCAAAAGAAGUGUAACUCACAAGCAAAGAAGCCAAAACAUAAACUGAAAAACAAAACACACCAUACGAUAGACAUGAGAAAAUCUUCUUAAAGCAUCGUUAGUGAGCACAUACUCUGUUAACACUUAUGAUCCUUCCGGCAAUAUUAUCCAAGAGGAAAGAAACUGAACUUCCUGAUGUUUGGUUAACUGCUAGGCAUAUAAAUACUAUAAUAAGAAGAUUACUAACAAAUUGUCACAGUAUCCAGAAUUAUUUAUUGAUUUUUCUCCUAGAGAGGAUUGCAAAGUGAAUAUGAUUCAAAUCCUACUAGCAGCAUUUUUAUACUUACUCCUAAUGAAGAGGCCACACUUUGGUAAUCAAACUAAAUUUACAAUAAAAUAAUUUAGUUAGUAACAAAAAAAUAAAGAAAUACAUGCACUUUUUGCAGUGUGCAAUGCAGCACCCUAUACUUAUUUUAGGUGUAACAUUUUGAAAACAAUUACAAAUAUAUGCAAUCAGAAUACCUAUAUUCUGUUUCUUUAAGGUGUCUUCAUUGAGGAAGCGUUUGCCUCCCAGAUGAGAUCAAAUCUGUUCCAUGACCACAUUUUACAAAAAUAGCCAAGGAAUCUUUAUCCGUGACCUUUUCAGAGGUUUUUACCCAUGGAUUUUAGCCAAAGAGCUAAUGAGUCUGAGACACUUGUUAGGCAAUUGCAGCUAAUCAGUGAACCACAGGUACAAGUCUUAAGCUUACCCAAAGGCUGCAAGUGGCAUAUGCUUUUUCUUCUUAGCUACAGACUGUGUUACUGUAUUUGCAUUUUAAAUAAGAUACAAGAAAUUGAGCAUCUGUGUCACAGUCAUGCAUAAAAGAAUCUGACAAUCUGAAAUGAGUUGAAUGGAGUGCUAGAGAACUGUGCUAAAUUGGUAGGUUUGCAUCAAAAAGUUCAUUAUUAGAAUUUAAAAAAAUAGAUAAACAUAUCUGGGACCUAAUCUUAAAAAGGCAUGCUGUAGUACUUAAAUAGAUCUUUAAAAAAUAGUUUCAGCACCCCAAUAAAAGUGCUUACAGUGGCAAUAUAUGAAAUAUAGUUAAAUAUGAUUCAUUUACCUAUUCUGACUGUAACUGGCAGGGAUCACAAUUUUACAAAUUUGUAUAUCUUAAUACAACUAUGAUUGUGCUCUGUAUUGAAGGCAAAGAUGACACAAUAUGCAAAUGUAAUUUCUUCACAUAGUCGGCAAUGCAAAAUCAUGUUAAUUCAACCUUUGUUGUGUUUUUAUUUUUAAAAUAUGAAACUUUUUUAAUGGUAUUGCUUAAUAUGUCUGUUGUCGGGCAUAAAUAAAAACUAGAGUCAGGUUUUACCUAUGGAGAUGACAAUGUUUUGCUAUAGAAUUGGCAAUUACAGCAGAUAUUUUAACCCCCCAUUUGACUUAUUGCUAAUAAUAUUUAGACUGAUAAUAUUACACACAAGGGUGUGACAAUGGUGGUGAGUUGAAAGCCAACUUACACUUUAGGAAAAUAUAGUAAAUUGUAGAAAAUCUCCAACUAAUCAGAUUCUAUGGCCUAAAGUUUGCAAUUUGUUUAUGAAGUCACUAUUUUCUGAAAGAAUCGUUAAAUUUGUAUCUGCUGGUUCAGACCUAUUAAUUGUUGUAAGGGGACUUUACCAUUGUUUUAACAAGUCCUCUUCAAAAGGACAUGACUUCUAACCCUAUGAAGGAAUCUUUGUUUCAGACAGAGAAUCUUUGAGUUUUUUAGUGAUUAUUCUUUUUUUUUUCUUUGAAUUUACUAGAACUACUAGAUUUGUACAUGGUGAAAUUUGUACAUACUUUUUUCAUUUUUUUUUCAUUUUUCAAAGGCUGUUUUUACCUGUUUUUUUUUUAAAUAAAACAUUGAAAGUCACCUAUAAUAUGUGUUAAAGGACCACUAUAGGCACCCAGACCACUUCAGCUCAAUGAAGUGGUCUGGGUGCCAGGUCCCUCGAGUUUUAACCCUGCAGCUGAAAACAUAGCAGUUUCAGAGAAACUGCUAUGUUUCACUGAGGGUUAAUCCAGCCUCUAGUGGCUGUCUCACUGUAAAUCACAGUGAGAAGACGCUCGACAGAAAUAAAUAAAGAAAAGAAAAAAAAAAAGCUAAAACUCACCUCUGUUCCAAAGCCAAGGCCAAGUUCUCCCUUGUUCUCACUAGAGAUGAUUGAUGGCAAGGAUGGCAGGCUGAGGGAAGGACAUGGUUGCCUGUUGCCAGUGGCUGAUGAUGACCAAUGCUAAACAUACAAAGAUGUGACAUUAGCCAGCCACAAAUGUUUAUUCUGGGCUAGCUAAUGUCCCAAUGACACUGCCACAGGUGGAGUUACAUACCACCCAAUUUUGGCUGUCCAGGAGUUGGGAUGCCUAUGGGAGGGAGUAGAGGGGACGGGGCCAGUGACACAGUCACAUCACUGGAUCUGCCCUAAAGGGGUCUACCCAGACUGAAUGGGGGCAGAUCUGCCUAUUUUAAAGGCAGGUCAGCCUAGUGUGAGCACACAGUGUUUUGGUGCUCUCUGCAAAGUCCUAGUGCCCUGAUCAUAGAGUGAGCAUGCCUAAUGAUGCCCUUGUGCUAUGAUUGAUGGGAAACAAAAAUGGGGUUAUCCUGACGAAUUUGGGACUAUUGGGGGGCAUUGAGUAACACAUCUGUCAGCAGAGGGGUUAAACUCACUAUGAGCUGUGUUUCAUAGUGAAAUGCUAAACACACAGACUCCAAGCAACAUGAUCACUUCAAAUCAAAGUGGUCAUGGAGCUUGGAGUAACCCUUUAAACAUAAUUUGCCCCCAGUCAGAAAAUACUUCCUCUUUGUAUAGGCAUGUGAGUAGCCAUUAAAUUGUCUUGUGGGUCAGGAUAUGUCAGGCAAGAUUGCUAGUAAACUGAUAAAACAGUAAGCAGAUAAUUAUUCUGAGAUUAGCCUCUCCCUUGUCUAGUCACAGGCAUUCCUGUUUCUUCUUGUUUUGUCAGAUGACCUCAUACAUAAUCUUUUUAUUUUUUACUUAAAUCUUCAUCCACAGAAAUGCUAUUCCAAUUGUACACUUGAGGAGAGAUAUAAUGACAGGUUUCUGUAGCCUUCUAGUAAAAAAAAUUAUAAUCCUGAUCCCCUCCCGCCGCCCCCCAAUUUACAGCUAUAAGUAAAUGGUAUUUUAUUGCGGGGAUGCUGAAAAAACAUCGCAGAGCAUAGCAACUUCAGCCAGCAGCUACCACCCUGCAGUCAGACUGCAGACCAGGUAAGAGGGGAGAGAGGUGGAAAAAUAGGGUGUGAGACUGGGAGACAUGGAGAGACACAUAUCAUGGGGGUUAACAUGAGGAGAGAGACAGAUCAUGAGGGUUAACAUGAGGAGAGAGACACAGAUCAUGGUGGUUAACAGGUGAACAGAGACACCGAUCAUGGGGGAAAAUAAGUGGAGAUAAACAAAGACCAUGGGGGUUAACAGAUGGACAGAGACACAGAUCAUGGGCGUUAACAGAAGAAGAGACAAAGGUAGAGGUUAACAGGAGGAGAACACAGAUGGGGAUUUGGACAGGUGGAAAGACACAGAUGGGAGUUUGGACAGUAUGAGAGAGCCACCCCCUCUUUUCCAAUCACAUAUUCUUAGUUUGUAUUGGGGAAUACUCCAGGCAGAGUAUUUUCACUGGAGCCAUCCAUGCAGUCGCACAUGAGCAAGGUUUUCCAAUGCUUCUCAAUGAUCUGCAGUACUGCUCAUUGAGAAGGGUGGAAGGCAGGCAUGCUCUAUCGAGCUAAUGGAAGCGGAAGAAAAAUGAAUGACAGCCAGGAGGCGUUUGAUGUCCACUUGUAAAGUUGACAAUUUUCUUGUGCAAUCUGUACUUAUAUGAACUUUGUUUUUUAAAAAUUAAAAACAAGAGACACAUAAAGCACUUUGGAAAUCUGAAUUGCUUUAUGUAUCUGGAGUGAGCCUAUAUAAUGCCUUAUAAAAUUCACCCCUACAUGCUAAAAAUACACGAAUGCAUUCACACAAAGCAACAUCAAAAACAAAUUGCAAAAUUCAAGCCAUAAAUAGUCAUAAUGAGACUCUAGCGAACUAGAGAAUGUUUUAAAAUCCACUUCUUUGGCCUUAACUUUGUAGUUUGGUUUUCAAUUCUCUACACUAAAUUCUUUAGUUUAGGGAAUAAACUACAGAGGUUUAUUCAUUAAACUGUGAAAUGCAGUGAAGUGAAAUAUUAAUUGCAAAAACAAUUAAUUUGAUAAAAUUCUGCAAUUCAGCCUUGGCACAGCUUGGCUAUUUGAAGCUACAAUUUGCAAUUCAGGUUGUAAUUCAUUACAGUUUGGCGUUUGGUGAAUAAACCUUGUGUCUACGAUGCAGACAGCCUAGUGCAGGGUCCAUUGAGUGGCCACUCAGAAGAGCUGUCCAAUCUUCCCAAACUGCAGAGCAAUCCCUCUAUACAUUAGAAUCAAACUGUAAGCACUUUUUGUGUGUGUGUGUGUGUGUGUGUGUGUGUGAGCAUUUUCCCUUUUCCAGUUGUAUGUUUUUAUGUCACUGCUUGUGAUUUACAUACUGUGAUGUCGUAUCCGAUGAUGCAACACAUAUAUAAUUAAUUAUACAAACUAGCAUGGCUGGUAUUUUUUUCCAAUUUCUAAAAUGACUGCCAUGUGACACUGGUUUCUCACGUAUCAAUGCACUUUAGCAACUAUUUGAGUCUUUUGUUUUGUCUUUGCAAGUCCUUGAUUAGUUGAUAUUUACACUGUUAUAUCAAGUUAUAUUACGUUAAAAGAUUUGUUUUUGACUGUGCUCUUCAUUAUUCUCCGAAUUGUAGUGAUCUGAAAUCCAAAUAGCAAAAUGUGUGCUAAAAUAGAUGAUCUGGGAUAUUGCUCCAACUCUAGUCAGGCAAUUCUAGUCUGAAUUUUGCAUUUUAAAUUGCUACAAUAAUGAGUCUAGUGAAUAAUCAUAAGUGUUUCUGGGGUAAGCCAUUUCCGAUGUUAUUUUAGUCAACCAGUCAGCAGUGCUAAUAUUGUAGGGGUUUGUAUUUAUCUUCUGAUGAUCAGUGAUGUCACAAACAAAGUUUAAAGGGACGUUUAAAAGGACACAAUAAGCACCAAAACCACUGUAUCAAUUUGACAUUAUGGGGAGUUUGCUGCACAUGCAGUAAAUCCUCACUGCCUUUUUAUGAGAAGUGUAAAAUUAAACCAAGGUCACCCAUCAAGAGGAUGUGUCCAUCCCAGGCUUUUUUGUCAUUUUUUUAAUUCAAAAAAGGGGCAGUAAGUCCAUGCAAUGUAAAAUAACACACUAAGGUUAGAAAUAAAUAUGUUUAAUUGCAGCCUUAGAGUUAUUUAAAAAAAAGAAAAUUCAAGCAAUCAAGAUACAAGUUAUAUAUUUUCCUGUCUUGUUUGGCUGCAGAAAUUUACUCUGUCUAUGGAGGAUCCCGCGGUAUCUUCCAUAGACAUUAAUGCUGUACAAUAGGGUAUGCAGAAGAGGACCAGCUGGAAAAGGAUAGCGGCACCCACGAUAAACAUGUUCAGGUAAGUUAAACUCGCCUCUCCCUGCCUCCCCUGGCCACCGGAACCAAAGCGGCAGUAUCACCUCAGGGGUCUUUGCAAAUUAAGUUCAUCAUUAAAUGCGUCAUAUCCCAUAAACCUCUGCUAUGUUAGAGUUGCUGAACAUACCAGGAGUGCCCGGAUUGGCUGAAAUCUUUGUAAUUGCUUCUUGGUUUUGGCAAAGCUCACUGCAGCAGCUGCAAAUCUUGGCAUAUGUUGGCAUUUUAUGGUAUUCUCCCAAUUCCUCUAUUUUAGCAUAAAUGUUGCUAAAUUCAGAUUUCAAUUCACUGCAAUUCAGAGAAUAGAGAAUAAAAAAAAUGAAUCCUUUAAGUCUAGCAUUUUAGUGUACUUUUAAAUAUUUUUUAUUAUUUAUUAUAUCUUCAUAUUUUAUUUAAUAAUGGCUUGACUGGUGUGCAGAUUUUUGUUUAACAUUGUAUUAAUUAUCCACAGACUUCAGGUGGAAGGGGUUUUCAAUCACAAUUUUUCCCCACCAUAACCUAUUUGUAUUUUAUUUAACACAUUUAAAGAAGGGUCAGCUCCAGACCACAGUGUCCCUUUAAGGAAAUGGAUUACUAAAAUGCUCUUUUUUUAGCCUAUAAUACAAUCUCAACAAAUCCAUUAAUUGCGUUUUAUAUAUUAAUAGGCAAAUCUGUGCUGAGAUACAGCUUAGUAAUGGGAAUAUAGACAUUUCUGUUUCACAAAAAGUAAAAGGUACAAUAUUGCUUUACUAAUACAUAACAUCUGUGAUUAAUUAUAAGAAACAUUUCAGACUUUGGUAUCUAAGGAAUGCCAGAAAAAUAAAGAACUAGAUCUCUCCGGACCUCUAGUUAAAAAAUAUGCAUGAAAAAAAAACCAAGCAAUAAAAAUCUGAAACUAUCACUUUGGAAAGGUUCACUAAACUACACACACUGAGCCUCCAAGGUACAUUGAUGUCCUGACCACAACCUAUUCUAAAAUGAUCAGUAAGCCUUUGUGUAAGAAAAAAUGCUGUUAUACUGGGCAGGCUUUUUUUCCUUUUUCUGAUGAACACUGCUGUGUAUGUCUGCUAGCAAGAAGCUGAGUGGAAAUGUCAAAGGUCAGGCAGAAGGCGGAGUAGCAGGUCAUAGGCAGCUUCAACCCCUAGCUUGAGAAACCUGAAACCUGUUCGGGAGCUUAACUGUUUACACGCCAGCCUAGCUCCCCGGCUGAGAAAAGCUAUAGAUCAGUAGCACAAGCUGGAUAAUAUGCAAAGUUAAAUGUGCUCACGGAUUUCCUCUUUUGCAUAAUAUUACCAGUUGGUUUUACAAGCUGAAGCCAUUUUCCUUUUAGCAACAAAUAUAAUACCACAUUACGGGUCUUUCAAGCUGUUAUUAAUAUUCAAAAGUAAUAAAAUCAAUGUGAUAAAACUAAAUGUGUGUGACCUCCUUGCAGUCCUGAUAUGAAUAACUAAACAGAUCAUCUCCCAAGAAUAGAUACUAAAUUAUACUAGAAGCAUCCCUCACUGCAUAAGGCUUGGUAGGAAACUGAUCACUUAGGAAAUAAAUAAAACACUAUAUCAUUGGCACGAAAGGGAGCUAGAUUUAAAAAAAAAAAAAAAAGAGUAAUUAGAACUUUUCUUCUUUUUUAAUAUGUAUUUUUUUCUUUUGAUUUUUUUUUCUUUCGAUCUUUCCCUCUGCCACGUCAUUUAAUCUAUUGGAGAGGGUAGAGUUUUAUUUUAGAUCAACAUGCUGGUGGUCCAGGCCAAAAAAAAAAAACAUGAUGUAAUCCACUGGAAAGGAUAGAGUUCUGUUUUGGAAUCACAUGCCCGGUGGGCUGAACCUAUUAAAACCAUGAUGUAAUCUCAAGGAAUGGGGUGCUAUAUUUAGACCCACAUGCUAGUGGAUAGAACCUUUUAAAAAAAAUUCUCAGAAUAUAUGGAGCUCUUUUUUAGGAUCACAUGGUAACGAGUUUCUAAAAAACAUCUGACAUGAGAGGCAAGCAUUAUAAAGUACUGAGUUAUUUUUAUAGACACAUGCUAGUGGGUUGGAAAAAAAAAUAAAAUGAUGGAGCUAUGUUAUUAGGCAAAUUAGAGGAUGUCAUAUCUUUCUCCAUAUUCUCCAUAUCUUGAUGGGGUUAAUAAUAACACAUGUUAUAGUAAUUAACUGUAGCUGACCAUUUCUCAUUAUUUAAAUGAGUGCUAGGCUUCGUAAGGUAACUACGUGCUUUUGUCUUGUUACAAAAAUAAUACAUUUCAGUUAUUAAUGAUUAGACAUUAACACAUAGAUGAUAAUUUUGUUUAUGAUUAUUUUAGUUUCAAAUACUGCGGAAACACAAGAAACAACAUUAACUGUAAAAAAACACAGGACAAAAUAAAUGCAUGAUUCAGUUUGCAAGAUUUUCCAGUCUAGACGUAACUGUAGUGAUAUUACAAUAUUAGACUUUAAAAUAUGUUUACAUCACGCAUAGUUACAGCUUGAAAUACUUUUUGUCAUUGUCAAAAUGAAGAUUUCAUUUUAUGGCUUUAAUAUUUUAUUUUUCCAUCUCAGUAUGUUCCUUCAGUGCCUAUUUACCUUCAGUAUAUUUCUAGAUUUAUUUACCCCAAGAUCAGUGAAAAGAUAUUCAGGAUAACGAUAAUGAAUUUUACAAGGAAACAUAUGUAUUUUAAAGGAAUUAUUUAACCAUUUCAGUUCAAGGGUGAUAAACGGCCAUGGCUGCAUUUAUCCAUUUGCAUGCCAGGAAUAAUUGUAUUGCACCUUUCCCUUUGCGCACAAGGGGUUAAUUGCUGAGUUGAGCAGCAGACCUCAUGGAUAUUUACAACAGUGCAGUGUCUCGCUUUGACACUAGUAGAAAGUUUAUAACUGUAGAAAAAGUCAUCAUUUUAAUUGUAUGAUCAUGCUGUGUCUAUUGUUAUUACCGCUGCAUAUGCUGUUCUGCAGCCACUGAGUUGUAUAGCUGUGUGAGACAUAUCAGAUUAUAGGGUCUUUGUAGCGAGGCACAGAAAUCUGUUUUUGCAGCUGUAUCAGAUAUAAAAAAAAAUCUCCUACAUUUAACACACAUCAUUACCCUAGGGAGUUUGGGCCCAUUAGGAGUACAAUGUAAUGUGUGUUAACUCAACUCCUCCUGUUGACACUGUGUGGAUUAGAGCCACGAUGUUCUUGAGGUGACGUAACCACCUGGGCAGAUUAAUGUUAAGAAAUACUAUACAAAUAUUUCCAUCUGACUGAGGAUUUUUUUUUUUUUUUAGAAAUCCCCAAUGGUGUAUAAUUGUUUAAUGUUUUUACUUGCAGCAUACUCAUUUGGCAAAUAAGAGGUUAAAUGUAUCAUAUAGAAUUACUUAGUAUUCUGUCUGUUUCAACCUGGUUUGGCGAUUUUAUUAUUUAGACAAAUAUGCACACAGAAAAAAAAUAAAAUGAAUCCUGCAGAGCUGCAUUGCAUUUGUCUGUUUGAACUUGGUGUAGCGAUUUUAUUAUUUUUAUUUAAAAAAAAUAAAAUUAAAGUAUGUGUUCUACACAAAGGGAACACUCAUUAAACUGCCAAACUGCGUGAAGUUUUUUUUUUUUUUUUUAAUAUUAACCAUACAGAAAGGCAUAUGUUUACUUUUAUAAAUGUGUAUAGAGAUUCUAUACAUAUACACACAGAUGUGCCCACAAGGCAACCAAAGAUAUAAAAUUUAAUGAUGAGCCAAUGUUUUGAGACAUGUGGAAAUCUGUAUGCCACAUUUGUACCUUAUUAUCGACUACACCUGCAUGUAUUCUGUGAUUACCGCAUGUGCCCAUCUGUAGUAAGAACAACCUGGCUAUCUAACUGCAAUAGUGUCAGAGCUCUUCUCAAUUUCUGAUGGCUGAAUUGUAUCAAAAUAAAUAGACAAAUAAAUUGGCAAUUUGAUACAAUGCUCUAUCAUUUCUCAAUUUUAUCAAAAUAUCCUGCCAUAUUAUUUGACAAAAUGUCUCUUGAUGGCAAUUCAACCUACCAGGAUUUUUGACGAGUUUGGCACAUAUCUCCAACUCAUAAGGUAAUUUGAUAUUCCUCUGAGAUAUACUUUUUUCCAGUUACAGGUUGAGGAUACUCGAAUCUCUUAUUUUCUUACUUAAUUCCUGAAGCUGAGUUAUUUUCUGACUAAAGUCUAUACUUGAAAACCUUUAUCAAGAGAUGGACUGAUAGCAGCCUGGGACCACUAGCAAAAUUAGGAUUUGGGGUCCUCACCAGGCUGGUGCUUAUGAGGGGCACACUAGGCUGGUGUUUUUCCCCCACUUAAUGCUUUAUAUAUUGCAUUAUAUUUAUUUCUGGUGCAACUAAAUGUUAAUUUGUGUAUGAAGGUGUUUGCAUGUAGCACAAUGGCUGUUUGCUUUUGUGUGUGAACAUGACAGGUAUUGUCCAUUGACCCGUUUUCCGUGAUAGAUAUCCCCCCAAAGAGCCCAUUCACCACACCUUAUUUUAAAUAUCCACAUAUCUCCUAGAGCUCAAUUUUGUGUGUGAACAUGACAGGUAUUGUCCAUUGACCCGUUUUCCGUGACAGAUAUCCCCCCAAAGAGCCCAUUCACCACACCUUAUUUUAAAUAUCCACAUAUCUCCUAGAGCUCAAUUUGUCACACUUGAGCCCCUUAUUUUUAAGUGUCAGUUGGAAAAUUAAACUAAACUCCCUAUGGGCUUUUUAUAACUCAUUCACAAAUCCUUGCACCCCUGGUCCAUGACUGCUAGUCUGGCUGUGCAGUCCGCAUCUGCAUGUGUCUUGACUAGAUCCGCAAAUGUCCAUUAUAUAAAGACAAUAAAUGGUUCACCAUCUUCUUAGUAUGUAUUAUUAGAUAGUUGUGAGUCUUAAUAAGUUCUAUGAACAGUUGCAGUUUGUGAAAUAUACAAUACAGACAAUAAUAAUAAUAAACAUAUUUAAUUGGGUGGGAAGAUACUUCUUUUUCAACAGGUUGGUCACAAAUUUCUGUAAGAAUGCAGCCUUAAAAGGAAACUACAAGCGCCAAAACAACUUUAGGUUAGUGGAGUGGUUUUGGUAUAUACAUCAUGCCCCUGCUGUCUCACUGCUCAAUGCUCUGUCGUUUAUGAAUUAAAUCAUUUGUGUAGGCUGUGAUCUUCCUGCAAAGAGAAAUGUAACGUUUAAACUACCUUUAUUGCACAGUAUGUUUAAUUUAGAAUUUCCUACUCUGUUAAUAGCAGCUAGAGCAUGCAGAAACCACCUAUGUGUGAUUAAAGUUAAAGUAACAGAACAGGAAAUAAAACGUCUAGAUUUAAAACGCUGCAGAUUAAAAAUGAAACUUUUUUUUCUUGAUGACUGUGUGAGACACAGCCAGUGGAGGUGUGGCUAGGGCUACAUGGACAGAAACAAAAAUUAUUUAGUGAUGGAAGAGAAUUAAGCAGUGAGCCUGCAGGGGCAUGAUCUACACAGCCAAACCACUUUAUUUAGCUAAAGUUGUUUUGGUGCUUAUAGUAUCCCUUUAAUUUUAAUGAUACAAUUUUUACUAUCAAUUUGAUUUGUAAAAAUGCUAAUAGCGGGGUCUUGGUAGUCAAACAAAAUGUGACCCCUACUAUAAGGAUACCAUUGUGUUGCAGUUCCAUAGCUUUAUGAAUACAUUUAUUUGGAUUUUUAUAUUUGAAAGUCACAGAAGAGGCACAGAGUAUCUGGAGGUUCAGGCCUCCACUUAUUAGUAGCCUGAAUAAGGAUAAUCUAAAAGGUUAGUGUGUGUUGUGUUUAUUAAAUUAUAUAUAUCAUCAAGUGGCGAGACAUUAUUAAACGAGAAGAUGUAACACUUAAUCCUUCAGUGUGGGGUUCUAGGCUGUUCUGUAUAAAGCACUGGCCCUUUGGCCAUGUUGUAAAUAUAUAUAUAUCUGCCCAAUACAGCAAUAUUAGAAAUAACUUUCUUUUCGUUGAAGGUCAUCUUUAAACAUUGACCUUCAGAUUACCUUCCAUAAAGUAUUCACUAAACUUAAAUUACUUUAACUGGGAAAAAAAACAACUUUAUCAUAAUGUUCACACGGUUGCUUUGAAACAGAUUAAAUGUACCAUCUGUAUCUGCAUCUCUAUUAUACAUCAGAAAAAAAAAAUGAAUUUGUGAUACAGAUCUCUGCUUCUAGUGUUAGUACGAUGAUAUAUUUUAUCCUGCUGUGCUGACUGGUAAAAUUGAUUGAACUCCUUUUAAUUUUAGGUAAGAACGUUUGCUAGGUUCUGUAUAGCUGCUAGCUGAAGUUGCUACUUCUGGGAAUACAAAUUACAAGCAUGCCCUAAAGAGGAUUGAGAGAUAUUUCAAGGUAAAAUAAAUAGGACUAAAUAGCUUUGGAUACUAUUGUUUCAAGUCAUUAACUGUAUUUAUUUCACUUGGGUUAUCACCUUUGUAAAAAUAAAAAGAAAAGAGGAAACUUUACUAUUUUACGGUAGGUAUUUUACUUUUAGAGUGCCAAUGUAUUUUGUUGCACUAUUAUUAGAAUUAAUGAUAAAAUAUUGGUAAGUAGUCAACCCAAUUUUCCCCUGGUCGUAUAUAUUAUUUCUUAAUAUAAUAUCAUGACAUUUCAAUAUAAAAUGGAAUAUCAUGUAAUGACUGAUAUAGACACCUUAAUUACAUUUUGUUAAAUGUGUACUAUUAUUAAGCAGUUGCUUUAUUUGCCCAUCCAAUUUCAAUCUUUUUUUUGUGUUUUUUUUUGUUUAAGAAGAACUAGUUAUAUGUACUUUUAUAUAGUAUGGCUGUAAACUAAACUAAAUUAAAUAAUUUUCCCACUCUGAUUGUAUUGAUUGCAGAAACCUAAUCUUAUAAGUGUAGGUCCUUAAAUACAGUAAUGUGUGAAAUCAUUACAGUAUUUAUUUUGAAUCAAAGUGCUUUAUUGGGGAGAAUAAUAUAACACUCAGCUAUCAGGGUUACAAAUUUCCACUUGCCACUUGCAACUGGCGAGUUAAACUUUUUGCCCUGGUAAGUGGAAAUUCAUCUCCGGUAAGAAAACCCUCCAAGCUUAUAGUGGCAAGUCAUUUAUUAGGCCUGGCUAGUAAUGCAGGGCUUGAAAUUUUAAGUCCUAUCACUUGUAUUGUCUUUUGUUAUAAUAAAAAAUAGUAUACAAAUAUGUUUUUUUUUUCCAAUCUUGCCAUAGAAACGGAAAAAAUGGCAUUAGAUAGUAAUAUUUUGGUUUAGGCAUGAAGAGCAAUUGUAAAGCAAAGAUCAGUUGUGCAGUUACCGUGGAGACUAAUGGAAUGUUGUGUCUAAUUACUUUUCGAAUUUUGCACCACAGUUGCUUUUAAAUAAAUAACCCCCUGUGUUUUCCUCUCUAAAUCUUUGAUGCACUUUUAACAGUUUUGCAGUUGGAAUAGUUAAAUAUACGAACCACUUUGGUUAUCCAUGAAUAUCUUUCUUGAUUGUGUGAAUUCAUUAUCUCCAACUAUAAAACUGCAGUAUUUAAAAUUUGCCAAAAGUGUAACAUUAACCAAGCGAUAUUAUGCUAUAAAACAGCUUCCUGGUUUGAAAACAUCUUACUAUUUAAUUACUCAUAUGGGACAUUAAGAGCAUAUCUGCUAAUCCUUUCAGGAAGGUGUCUCGAUGAGUGAAGCUGCUCAGUAAAUAACAGGUCUGCGUUGUCUUCUAGAAAAUACACAGUCCUGUUUCUGUCUGUUGAACCAUACAAACUUUGAAAAAUCAAUAUUAUGUGCUGUUUCUGGCACAUUGUGGAACAUUAUACUAUUAGUGACAUAGAAAAUCCGAGGCAGAUAUUGUCAAGACACUUUGAACACCACAUCCGGUGGGAACUUGUUACUAUAAGUUUCAAUAAAUCAUUUAAGCUAAGUUUUUUUCUAACAUGUUAUUGAAAGUGAAAAUGCUGCUGUAUUAUUUUCGGAGUACUAGAUAAGAGUUUGAUAAAAGCAUAUGUUUUGUUGCUGUAGUUAUAUUAUUACACCAACGUAUUUUAUUUUGCGUUUUGGGAAAGUAAUCAAAAUGAUUACACUAAUACAUGCUUUAAAAAUAUUAAUAUUCCUAUUCCUAAAUAUAUCUUAAAGUGCACUUUUAAAAAUAAUAAUUUUAGUUUGCCUCAGACUGGCUAUUGGGCAAAAGGGUCAAAUGCCUUGUGGGCUGCCAUGGUUAUGGGCUGAAGCUGACUGGGAAGACAAAGGAUCUCCCCAGCUUGCCCAUGGCAGAACACAUGCUUAAAGAGGUGCUCUAACACACCAUGGUGAAGAAGAGACCAGAGACCUCCAUGGGGCUCUAGUAUUGAUCCAAAAUCUAGCAUCUGUAAAUGUUUUAGAGCAUUGCUAUGGCUUACAAUUGGCAUUAGAAACAUCCACAGAUGCUGGAAAUUACAGAAGUAUUAUAAAUUCACCCACCGGAGCAAGAUCCACCCAUCCAACCUAAGGGAUUAUCAUGCCUCCCAUCUCUAGCCAAAAGUAAGUAAAAGGGGGCAUAAAUGUUCCUUUCUUUUUCUUUUAAUAAUUAAUAAUCCAUAUGUUUUCAGUUCCUCACUCCUUCACACUACAACCUGUAUUGCCACCAAACACUACCGUUGCUAUCUCUCCCUCAGACAAACUACAUUGCCUACACACAUUACAAACCUUAUCUCCUUUACAUGCACUGCAGCCCAUAUUCUCCUACACACUACAGCCACUAUUCCACCACACACACACUAUAGCCCCUAUCUACCACAAACUCUACAGCCCCUAUUUCUCCCUCACCUCACACACAACAGCUUCUAACCCUCAUGAACACUACAGCCCCUAUCCCAAACACAUUGCACCCCAAUCCACCUUACACACACGCUAGUCCCUAUCUUCAUACACACACUACACUCCCUAUGUCUCCAUGCACAUUACACCACCCUAUCACCCCUCACAAUAUAUCCCAUACCCUUACACGCAAAUAAAAGUUCAUAUAUUUGUUGUUCUAUCUCAUUACCAAGAUAUUUGUUAAAGUAAAUUGUGCAGCAGAAUAUCUCACAGAAUUUAAAACACCCAUAUAUCUGUUGCAUAAUGACAUUAUGGGGUAUUGUGCUGCCAUUUUAGCUUCUUAUUACUAUGCAACUGUGAGACUUCUGUGACUCUUUACAUAUGCAUGCCUUGUCAUUAGCUGUAUGCACAAAAUCAUGGGAUUUUAGAAAGCAUCCAAAGCAAAUGUACCGUUGUCUAUAUGAAAAAAAAAAAAACAUUUCACAGAAACCUAUUUUUUAAUGUUUUUUUUUAAACCAAUAAAAUCAUUUUUUUUGUAGCUAACUGUGACAUUACAUUAAUCCAUCUCACCUGGUGGUGUAUAUUUAAACUGAAUAUUUAAUGUUUAUUGUCACGGCAAGGGUGCAUAAUUUAUGAUUACACAAUGGAAUAUUGCUAUUUAAUAUAACUUGUGUAGUGCAUCAAUAAUUUGACCCCUGGGUAGAGGACAAAUGGCUGAGAGAAAUUGCUCUUUUGAUCUAUAGGGGCGUCGGCAAUGUGUGAAAAGGAUUGUCCUUUUGAUCUAUCAAAGCCCCUGCAAGGUGAGACAUUUUACACUUGAGUCGCCUGUAUGUCUAGCAGCAUCAUCUGGUCCCUGUCUCCAGACUGGCAGUGUGUGUGAUGCUGCACGCUCCAGGGCAGCUUCUUUAUAUGUGUGCUGCACCCAGUCAUGUGACCCGGGACACAACUAUGACCUCAGAGACCACAAAGGAGGGAAGAGACUCCUCCCACGUGUUGUGGUUAACACUAAUUGGAGAUUAGCCAAUCAGACUCACCCUGUGUAUAUAAAAGCUAACCUCUCCCUUGCCUCUUUGCCCUGUUGUGGUCUUUGGUUUACCAUUGAGCGUUGCAUUUGUUAUUUGGAUUUCCUGGUUAGUGAUAUUUUGCUUUGUCUCUUGUUAUUUCAUCUCUCUGUUUUCCUUGACCUCGGCUCGUGUAAACGAACAUUAAUACUUACCCAUAGCUUAAUAAUUAAGCCUCAUUUUUAUUAUAUUUGGAAUGGGACAAGCCCAGUCUUUUAAUAAAGCCUAAACAUGAGUUGCACGAAUUAAACCAUGUGGCAGGAAUUGUGAUGUCCGUCCUAUUGGAUUGCUGGUGGGGCGUGCGACGUGUUUAUGGGAUGGGAAAAAAAUAAAUUCAUAGAUGCAAUUAUUAUUUCUGGGGCAGGUACAUAAGAGAAGAUAGAGCCAAAUGUUUCCAUUUGGAUUGACGUUGGUCUGGAAAAAUGUAGAUGGUCACUUAUUAUUUCGAUAGGUACGCCUUAACUCCACCGCUGGGCAAGACUUGAUAAUCUACAGGGUAUAUAUCCAAUGAUUUGGAGGGGUGUGGGUGUACUUGCUUGUGGCCAAGAUCUAAUUUUGAGUGAGUCACCAUCAUCCUUCCUUGCCAGAGACCCCCUGGGCACAAGUUUUACUUUGAAAACCUAAGUGAAUAGUUAGGACUUCUGAUAUUUUAUCCUUUUUGGUUUUAUCUGUUGUUGGUGUAAAUCAUUUGUUUAUCAUAUAUUUUUGUAUGCACUGUCUAUUUUUUGCUCAUAAUAAACAUUCAUUUAUUAAGUUCUGCCUUUGUCUGGUUAAGAAGCACGUUACCUGAGGAGACUAAUUAGUAUUUUUGCAAUUCCUUAACUAUUUGGCUAAGUUGUAUUUGGUGGGUUUUUAUUAUUGAUUGACUUGGGGGACCAAGGCACCCCAUUUAUAAAUUGUCUUGAUGGUGGCAGCGUUAAAAUAGUAAUAGUUAUAUUAUUAUUAUGUUUAAGUGUAGGUGGUGUUAAGGGGGAUUUCGUCAUUACUUCCGGUCUAAUGCAAACUAAUAGUGAACAUUAACCCUUUUACCACCACAACUACGUCACACACACUCUUGUAGCAGGGUGCGUUCGUUUUAUUUAUAAUAAGCAUUUCUUCUAUGUGAUAAAGAUUUUUUUCUUUAAAAAAUCUAUUCUAGAAAAUCACAGAAAGUUAUCUGCCUAGACCAAUAUGUCAUUCUGUCAAGUUGUAGAUUUGUCAAAAUAAAAAAAAAAUCCUGUCCUCAGGCAAUAGAGAUGGGUAAAAAUCUCCUGGACGGACUCGUUUAUUUAACCCAUAUUAUAAAUUUAGUAACUUUUCCAGCAAAAAACAAAGUUAAAGAGAUGAGGAGUAUAACUAUACUAAUUGCUAUCCGAGACCUUUCUAGAUAUUUGAUCAGAAUGAACUGAUGUUGCCUUAACAAGAUCACUAGCAGAAAGAUUCACGGUUGACUGCUUAUUGGUGGAAUGGCUGCUAUAGACUGGACCCACGCUGCGUGAGGGGCCUGGGCAGACAAGGAGCAGUAGCUGAUGGUUUGUCAGGGCCUUUGAAGAAGUGUAAGGAAUGAGCCCAGAGGCAAGCAGCCUUUCUAGGGAUCCUCACCUCCUGUUUGUCACUUUAAUCUUGCAAGCUAGCUGAAAGAAUAGAGCCCAUUCUUCACCAGACCUUUAGGAAGCUGCACUCUUUUCAGAGCAUUCUCUUUUGAUUCUGAUGGGUUUUGACAAAAACAGUGCACAUCGACUAAUAAAAAUGUGAUGUUUACCAUCCCUAUACCCUACACAAAAAUUAUUUUUGUUAUAGUUUUACUACAAUAUAAGCAAAUCCAACAUCAGUACUUUGACUGUAUAUAUUUCUGCCUUGUUGAGGGAUGCUCAGCAUUGGAAAAUGCGCAAACAUAUCUGUUUAUCUUAGAUGUUUUUAGUAAUCUAAUUUAAUAGAAAUAUAAUUUUAAGAAACCGUACCACUGUAUAUAUGCUGUUUAGAAUGUGUGUGUCACGUUUGUAAGCAUCGCAAUCAGGCUUUCCUUUAGUUUUACGAUGAAAAUAUUUUUUUUAAUAAUUAUUACUAAUGUUAUUUGGUGGAAAUGAUAAGGAUGCACUUACAUUUAACAAAAUAGUUCAAUUUUCUCUUGUGCUUUUGUCAAUUUUUUUGUUGUUGUCCAUAUGUCGAAUUCAAUAAACAAAUUACAUUUUUUACUAGUAAUAGAUGUUUACGUUUGCCCUGCUGAUAUAUGCUAUUCAAUAUCACACUACACCGGGUGAGCUUGUGAAAUCUAACAUUAGUAUUUAAUGACAUAUCUCCAUAGUCAUACCGCUUUCUAAGUAUUGGUUAGCUGCUUAUGUAGACCUGAUUAAAUAUAUAAUUCAUUCGGCAGCCAUGGAGAGCAGAUUUAUGACAUCAAGAAGCCUGAUGGGAAAGUGUGGUGACUAUGUCUCUGCACUAGAUAUGUUGAGCUGCAUCCCAGAAUGAUCCUUUGGGAUGGCUCACGUAUUAAACAAAACAUCAAUCUCUGCACUGAUCACUCUGUGGAUUUUUCCUGCAGCUUUCACAACAUUCAUGGACAGCAGUAGUUAUUGCUGUAGUGAGUCUCACGGUGCAUAAUAUAUUCUAUUAACCCCAUAAGAACAAAGAUAGUUUUUGUUUUUACAAGAAUGUGGUUUGUAUACACUGACAAGGAAUUUACUAUCAUUUAGUGACACCAGGGCUCUAUAUAUGCUGGCACAUGGUCUCUGAAGUUUGGGUUUGUAUAUCUCUUUAUCUCUUUUGACUGCUCUCUUGCAGGAUGUCUUUUGAUCCCAAUCCAUUAACCAAUUAGCACUUUUGGUUACUUUACAUAGUUACAUAGCUGAAAAGAGACUUGCGUCCAUCACGUUCAGCCUUCCUCACAAAUGUUGUUGCUGUUGAUCCAAAAGAAAGCAAAAAACCUGGUUACUUUGCAAUAAUUUAUUUUCCAUUGAGAUUGCUGCAUUCCCUGAUUUACUCAACCUUCUGUGUUUAUAAAAGUGUGUGAUAAGACAGACAUCUCCGAACAAAAUAGGUGUUUAUUUAAUUCAUCUAAUUUGCCCUUAUUAUUAAAAAAAUAAUAAUUUCAAAGAACAUUCACUACGCAAUUUUGUCCAACUCAUCUUUUCUGCCCUUAAAUCAAUUGUCUUUUUCCUGAAUACAUUCCCAAGUGGCCAUUUAACCCCUUAAGGACAGAGCUUCAGAAGCUUGUCUUUCACUUAAUGACAACAGCAUUUUUUUCAUUUUUUGCUGUUUGCGUUCAACUGCAAUUAGCAUUUUACUAAUUUAUUGCACCAACACAUAUUAUAUAUCGUUUUUUAAAGGACAGAAAUGGCUUUAAUUUGAAGUAACACACACAUAUAUAAAUGCUAAUUUAUUAUAAAAAAAAUACAGAAAAAUGCAAAAAAAUGAAAAUUUUUGUGCUUUUUUUUUUUUUUUUUUUACAGUUUUUGCAAUAAUGUGUGCAUAAUUAGUGCAGGUUAAGGAAAGUAAUAAAUUCACUUAGUUGUUCUGAUUUACAGAAUAUAUAAUGUGUCUGGGAUUUUAAGUUUUGUUUGGUAGUUACAGGUCACAAAGCACAAGGAGUAAAAUAAACUUUUAAUGUGGAGCGAUUUUAGAAUUUGGGAUGUUUGUCUUGUAAGCUUAAUAGCCAUAAAAGAAAACAAAAUUGCCAUACAAAAGUAUAUAUUUAUAUAAAGUAGACCUCACAGGCUAUUUACCUAAGGUUGUUUUGACACUUUCUACAUAGCCAUUUCACCGCCAACCUCUGCUAAAUAUUGGAGUAAAAUUUUGUUUUUUUUGGUUUUUGGCACACAAACUUAUAACAAAGAAAUUCUCAUGUGUAUUUUGUAAAGUUGGUGUGAGUAAAAUGACACCCCCAUUGUAUGUCUUUGGCACUAUUUCGUGAAGUUACAGUGCCAUAUAGGAGGCCUGUUCUUUUCAGUAUUCACAGUAGAAUUUUGAGAGAUGGAUUUAAUGAGCCUAUGCUUCCAUUUGGGGUAUUAUAACAGUUUGACUGUUCAAAAAAUACCACAAAGGCCUACCAUUUGUAAAUGUAGACACUCCAGGGUAUCUCAUAAGGUGCAUAUUGUGCCUUAACAUGCCCCCAUUUUUUCACCAAUAUAUGCCAAAGUAUGUGGUAAAAAAUAAUUUUGUGCGGUUUUUACACAUGGAUUGCAUUUUUGCUGGGCAUGUUGUAUAUUUCACACGUGCCACUAAGUUCAAACCCCCCAAAUUAUGUUCAGCAAAGUCUUCUGAGUAAAAUGACACCCCCAUUGUAAGUCUUUGGCACUGUUUCGUGAAGCUACAGUGCCAUAUAGGAGACCAAGCCAUAUAAGUUUUUACCGAACUUUGAAUUUUGACGCUGGGCCUAUGUGCAAUUGACAAGCAUCUUAGCAGGGUUUAAAUUCAAACUACCCCACAAAGGCCUACCAUUUCUUAAAGUAGACACCCCAGGUUAUUUCAAAAGGUAUAUUUUGAACCUUAGCGUGGGAUAAUUUUUCCACUAGCUUGUUCCAAGUGUAGUGGUAAUAAGUGUUUUUAAGUGCCUUUUUGACACACAAUGUGAGUUUGCACAGUAUAUUUUGCAAACCUUAUGUGUGCUAUGACUGUAUAAUACUUCAUAUGUUGCUCAGCUAUGUCGGCUGAGUACAGCAAUACCCCCGUAUGUACCUUUGCCAGGUAUAUGUGGAUGUUGAAGGGGCGCAUUUGAGAUGCAGCCAUUCAGUUUUUUUCUAACUUUGAAGUUUUAAGCUGUGUCCAUGUUCCAAUUUGGAGUAGUUUAGACGGUUGGUUAUUGAAACUUCCCCACAAACACAUACUAUUUAUUAAAGAAUACACCCCGGGGUAAUUCAAAAGGCACAUUUUGAACCUUAGCCUGGGAUAAUUUUUUCUCUAGUUUGUUCCAGGUGUAGAGGUAAUGAGCUUUUUAAAUGUAUUUUUUUACUUUUUGAAACUUUUUUACUUUUAAAAACUAGUUUUUAAACUUUUGUUUGGCUUGCUAAUUUUUUUUAAACUUUCCUAAACUUUCUUAAAACUUUUUUUUACAGAUUUAACAGUUUUCUAAGCUUUUUUUUUUUUACCGUUAACCCCUAACUAGCAAUAAGCAGCACUAAGAGUAAAUUCCCAAUUUUCCCAUAACUCCCACCCAGCCCAUCUAGCAAAAUAUAUAAUUAUAAAAUAUUUAAAUUAAUUAAUUAAAUAAAUCGAACCCCUGAAGGUUAAAAAAUACAUAAAAGCUAAUCCUCAGGGGUUAAAAAAAAUUAGAUCACAGUAUAAUACUGUGAUCUGUAUUUUGAUCACUGUAGGCAGUGAUCGACAGGCAGGGAAGGGGUUAAUUUUAUUUGGACUGGGUAAAGGGUUUAUUUUUUUUAUUUUUUACUUAAACGUUAUUAAAACUUUAAAACUUUUUUUAACGUUAACCCCUAGUUAGCCUAACACCAAAUCCCCCAAUUCCCCACUAACUUCCACCCACCCCAGCUAGCUAAAUAUAUAAUUUUAAAAUAUUUAAAUUAAUUAAUUCAAUAAAUUUAACCCCUGAGGGUUAAAAAAAAAGAAUAAAACAAAAUCAGAUGACAGUAAAAUGUAAUCUCUGCCAAUUGAUCACUGCAGUCAGUGAUCAAUUGGCAGGGAAGGGGUUAAUUUUUAAUUAAAAUAAGUAAAGGGGGGUGGGAUUUUAAAUACACUUUCUUUUUAUUUUUUAACAGGGGGCAGGAUCAGCAGUGUUCCGGCUUCCUGCACUUCACACAGAACAAGGAAGUGCAGGGAGGCGGAAGGUGAGUAUAUGCAGCACAUGUGCUCGCUCUGACAUGCUGUCAGAGCGAGCACAUGUGCUGGGGCAGCACUAUCGGGUGCUCCCGGUCUGCCUCUAAUACAGAGGCAGACCGGAGCACCAUUAACCCCGCAAUCGCGGCGAUCGCAGCCAUCCGGGGUUAAUUUUAACGGGUGACGGAUGAGGUCCGUCACUCGUCGUUAUGGCAAUCCCCUGAGUGAGGGCUGUCGUCAGUUACUCGUCGUUAAGGGGUUAAGGCAGCAACUCGUUUGUUUUUAAUGCGCUGGGUUGAAUGGCUUAAUAUUGGUCGUUCAUCAGUUGUCUCAAAAUUAAUGCCACAAAUAGGUAAAUACAUGCGUUUGCAACAUAUGUUUAUAGACUGCAAUGCUAGAUGCAAGCUUAUAUCAUAGUGCUACUGUGUAUAAUGCUAAAUUAUAAACAAAUUGUAAGGAGUGCUUUUCCUCUGGGUUUUUCUACGCAAUGUGCAUUCAUAGAAAAGCUGGCAGAACAAAUCAAGAGGUGCACUUGAGUAGGAAAGCAAGUACAAUCUCUCUAGGAUACUACAUAAAGCUACUUAUCAUCAUGUAAGUGCUGGGUGGCUAAUCAGCAUUACAUUCUAAUUGACACAUUCCAUUAGCACUUUAAGGGUUCAGUCACUAACCAGUGUGUUAUAAUGAGUUGUCUGCAGACUUGAGUAUAAAAUAAUUGAACCGGGAAAAAAGAAAAUAAACCACAACUUGUGAUAUUUUGUGUGGGAUUUUUGAUUUUGUUUGUAGUAAACUUACAACAGUUUAGCCAGUGGAUCACUUUGUUAUAAGCACAUAUUCUAAAAUAUGAGAAAAAGAGAUAUAGGUGAUCAUAAGUGGUCUAAGUGUUCCCAAAUUGCACUGCUGCAAUUUAUAAUGGAUGCGGCGGCGAGGCUCAUUUUCCUGUCCGCCCGCACCUCCCAUGCCUCCCUGCUCUGUCAGUCCCUACAUUGGCUUCCAGUUAGAUAUAGGGCUCAAUUUAAGAUUCUGGUGCUUGCUUAAAAGUCCCUACUGCUGCUCAAACCUACCUAUCCUCCCUAAUACACAAGUAUGUCCCGUAGAGACCCCUGCGCUCUGCCAAAGACCUACGUCUAUCCGCUGUCCGUACUCCCACAUCGGAUGCUCACCUCCAAGACUUCUCCAGGGCUUCACCUUUUCUGUGGAACUACCUUCCCUUCUCCGUUAGACUUUCACCUAGUCUCCACUCCUUCAAAAAACACAGUUCUUCAGGAAAGCGUAUAAUUUGAAACCGUUAGCGGGUUUUUAUUCCCCCCAUGACUCCUCUCCUGCAACUGUCAAAAAUAACUUAAGGUUUUAUAGCAUCCUAUUUCAUUACCCCUACCUAUACCCUUUGUGUCACUAUACCACACUCCCUCUAGCAUGUAAGUUCAUUGAGCAGGGCCCUCAACCCCUCUGUUCCUGUGCGUCCAUUUGUCUGGUUACAAUUACAUGUCUGUUAGUCCACCCAUUGUACAGCGCUACGAAUUUACUGGCGCUAUAUAAAUAAUAAAAUAAUAAUAAUAAUCGCUGGAAUAUAUUUCCAAGGCUGGGGAUUUCCUAAAAAACAUGGUUGUUAGCAACAUUCUGAGCUAUGUUUUGUCUUUGGGAACUGGUCUAAAACAUUUUCUUUUGCAUUCAGCCUUAAGCACAGACAUACAGCUAUCUACUAAGAAUGUAUAGCAAAGAUACUACAUGAGCAGGAGUUUCCAUAUAUGCAAAAAAAGUUGUGUGGUUAAAAUUAUCAUAAGGACCCUUAGGGGUUAAGUUAUGCUUAAUGGAACACUUUGGUGUUAGGAAUACAAAUCUGUAUGCCUAACGCUAUAGUCCUGGUGCCCCUUACCAUUUUGACCCCCUGCUAACUGUAUAAAAAUAAAAUUGAAAUAAAUGAAAAUAAAAACAGUUACUCACUUUUUCUCCACUGUCUCUUUCAUGGGUUGUAUGGGCCGUGACGCGCCUACGAUUCCUACAUAAAGAAUCAUUGAAAUCAAUGAUUCUCUAUAGCCAACCGUGACGGCACUGCUCAUUCGCUCGUGUAUCACGGUAUGAGAGGCGAGAAGUGAGAUUUUCGUCUCUCAUACCCAGAGGACCUCAAGACGUUGCUUGUAGUUGUGCUUUAUAUCCUUCUAAUUAGUAAAAAAAAAAUGGUUUUGUAGCAUAGGACGGGAUGCAGGACUGCAAUUACUAUAACAACUUCAAUAAGAUGAAGUUAUUAAAGUGCCUACAGUGCCCCUUUAAUUUUCCUCUGGAAUUUAACGUUAGAACAAAUGUCUACAAAUGUUCAGUUAAAAAUCUGCCUGUCUGCAAUAUUUGUGUUAAAAAAAUGAGUAUUUAUUGAAUUGUUUUUCCUGUAAACUUGGCAAACAAUUUGUUUUUCUUUGACCAUGCCCAUUUUUUCUAUGGUACCACAAUCAAAUAAGUUAAUCUUGUUAAACAGAAAUUGACUGAAGUACACUUCCCAAGCCUACUUUGGAAUUCAUUUUUUCACUGGGUUCAUUGGAGCAGAAAAGCAGAAGUACUUACUAUAUCUCACACUGUAAACCUGUUAUCUCAGGCUUUCUUUCCCGUUUGCAGUUCCAUGCUACAUUACAUGCCAUGCAUAUUUAAAAGAUGCUGUAAAAUGAAUUUAUCACUGCUGGCUCUGAGAUAACAAAUGUUUCAAAGCUACAUAUGCUUUAACUCCUUGGUAGCCUAGAGCACAGACCUGAUUUCUUUGGAUGACCUAUGAUCAUCUCUGCCCCUUGUGGGUAGAUAUGAGAGUACUUUUCUGUUUUUUUUUUAAAAUAUUUAAUAUUAAAGGUGUAUAUGUGUACUUUUAAAUUUUUUUCUAUUACUGUAGUUUUCUUUUUUUUUAAAAGUAUAUUAGUUUUUAAUAUUUUUUUAUGGUAGCAUUAAUUUAUAUGUAACUUUGAGUAAUGCCCGUGCUUACCUCCCGUUGGCAUAGAUUGAACCAGAGUCACGCUGGUUCAAUACUAGACUGAACUUUCAUAGGCAUCUAUGCAGGCUCACAAAAUGAAUAUUUGCAAGGUCAUUGACUGGAUUUUUUUAGAAUAUAUAUUAUUUACUGAACUGGUGAUAGCAUUGGAAGCAAUACAGUCAAUACUGGAGCCCUAUUUCUGCCUUUAAAAAAGUAAUUUACUUCACUUAUCUUAGUUUUAAAACAAAUAGGCUUUGCUGCUCCUUUAAAGAUUACCCACAGUCAGAAAUCAGUAACUGAUAAACUGUAAAUUUAGCUCCUCUGAUACAUUUUUAUUCAGGUCUUGAAAAGUUCUAUCUCCUUAACCUCGUUUCUAUUCUACAUUCUAGCAAAAGUAUGUUGAAUUGGCUUUUAACCUCUUUUAUUCUUUCUGUUGCAGGCCAUGACUUUCCCCAGAACAAGACCUCAGCAGCGGCACAAAAUGGAAGCCAUUUGCAAUGCCUCUCAGUUCACUGCACAGAUGACAUUGGGGAGUCAAAGGGUAGGACUCCUGUACCUACAUGGAGAUCCCUUCAUUCUGAUAUCUCCAACAGAUUUGGAACUUUUGUUGCUGCCCUCACUUGAAAUUUAAGAAAAUAAGAACAUACUUUUUUUUUUCCAAUUUUCUAAAAGGGUGGACUAUUUUUUUUUUUAGGUUGGUACCUGCUUAGUGGCGUAUGGACUUGGAAGGGUUAAUUUAAAAUAAACCUCAUAUUUUUGAAUCUUUUGCCACAGUAUGAUACCAGUGUUAAUUCUUCUUCAUCCAGCACUAAUUAUGCUUUAUACCUUCCUUCUAGUUAAUACCCCUCUUCCCUUUACUCUGUAAUUUUGGCCUACUGUUUAUCUGGGUUAGAGAAGGGCUUUUGUAUGUCAAAGUGGUAUAUAUAUAUAUUCUUUUUUUGCUUUUCUCAAUGCUACAUGAAAUAUUAUUUCUGAGGAGAAGUCGUUAUUUUCCAUUUAAAAAUUUUGUUUUAUCUCACGCUUAUUCUCUUGGCUUUUUGGAAAGAAACAAAUCUCUUCAUAAUUCAUGGAAACUGUAUGUUUCAGCAAUGCAUUUAUGCUUACAAAUAUGGGAGGUGACCAUUUUGAUUUCGGAAAGGAUGCUUUUUGGGACUGUAUAUCACGCUGUAAAAUGGAUGUUUUGCUGUUAUUUUGCACACGUUAAAAUAUCAAGUAUAUUGCCGUACUAUUUAUUAUGUACUUAUUUCAAGCAUUCAUAACAUGAAGAGCGUAAUUCUUUGGUACAAACAACAAUAUAAUAUUUUUUUGUAAAUGUAUCUAAAGAAUAAAUCUCCAUUUCUGAGGUGUAAAAGGUUUUCAUGGUGCCUUAGUUUUCAGCUUUUAAACUGUGUGAUUUAAAACAGUUCAGUAAUUACCAUUGGUAUACCGUGAACAUCUCAAUCAGAACUUGGGUUACUUACAUAUUAGUCUGCAAACAGGCUUGUUUUCUGGCUACUAACCCACAUACAUUCUGCAAAGAAGUGUGACACAAAGCAAGCAUGAGAUUGUUGCACUCUAAGUGUCUGAGUUGAGAACUACUGGUGCAAUGCACGUACAUAUGGAAGGCCUGUGUUUGUGUAUAAUAUCAUGUGGAUCUGCUAUGAAUAUUAGUAUCAUUUCUGCACACCUCUGCAACAGUUGUCAUUUUGUGCAGUUAAAGAGGACCUGUCACUCGUCACUUCACAUUAAGCAGUAGAGCAUAAAAAAGUAUAAAAACCUGUCUAUAUGUUGUGUUAACAUUUUUAAAAACGGUUCAGCGGUUUUUGAGAUGUUUUUAAUGAUAACUUUCAAACUACCUGCUGUGAAAGGUAUUAUUCCGUGGACAUUAUGGGCACACAUCACUAAUGUGUGUUUCCUGUUUUAUGCACCAGUUGCAAAACAAGACACACAAAUUUAUAAACAAGGAAAAUGAACAACCAAUCUGAAGAGAGAAUAAGGUACAGAUGUAAACAAGAAGCAGGCAGUUUAACUGCAAAUACUCUAUUAAAACAUUUCGAAAUUGCUGAGACAUUAAAAAGAGAAAAAAAUGUGUACAGAGUAUUUUACGGUCUAGUGAUUUAUGUCCAUUUUUAAAGUGACAGAUCCAUUUUAAUGAGAUGUCAGCUACGUGAAAUGUGGCUGCACAUUUAUUUGUUUCAGAUGAACUCUACUUGCUUUUUCAAAAUAUCCCUUUUUCCCAUAUCAAUGCCAGAAAAUCAAAGAUCUGAGAAGAAAAAGAAAGUUAUCUUAACUUUCCAUUUAAAAUAUCUAUGUUUACGUUAUUAAAGAUGUUGCCUGGAAAAAAAAUGUGCAAUAAAUCUAUAACUUAACUGAGACAAUGUUUGUUUUUCUAUUGAAACUUAUAUAAAUUUCCAAAGGUUCAGGGAUGAUGCUCUAUAUUAAAGGUUUACUAUAGGGUCCGGAACACAAACCUGUAUUCCUGACCCUAUAGUGUUUAACCCACCAUUUAAGUGGCUUGCCUCCUUUUAGCCCCCCUAUGAAAGUAUAAAACUCACCUUAUGUCCAACGCCGGCACUGGCUCCGCCCCCUUUUUGACAUCAUCGAAAUGGCCGAUUUUUAGCCAAUCAAAUGCUUUCCCAUUGGGAAAGCAUUGGAUUGGUUAAAAUCGGCACGGGGUGGGGCCAUUGAAUCAAUGCAUCUCUAUGAGGAAAAUUCAGCGUCUCCAUGCAGAGCGUGGGGACGAUGAACGGCAGGGCUGCUUACUGUGCAGCCCUGAGCCAGGAAGCACCUCCAGUGGCCAUCUAAGGAGUGGCCACUUGGAGGUGUCCCUAAGGGCAAUGUAAACACUGCCUUUUCUCUAAAAAGGCAGAAUUUACAUGAAAAUGCCUGAAGGGAGCUUUUAUACUCACCAGAACAACUACAUCACUUCUCAGGAUUAUUACAAUUAUAUUUAGUUAUUGCUAUAUUUAACAAAUAUGUACUUGUGAGUUUUGAGAAAUAAAAUUAAAAGUAGAUAUUUACAUCUCUUUAUUCGGUGAAUGGGCGCCUCCAUCUUAGCUCACUCUCAGACAUUGUUAUAAGGUUCAUCCUUUUGCAACUGGCAGUCCUCACACAGAAAGCAUGCAGAGAAGAGGAGAAUUAACAAUAUGUCUAUAACUCCUCCUCAUCUGCAUUAUUUGCCAUAGCUGUGCCAGGGCUGAACUGCAUUAUAAUGUAAUUUGUUAAACUGGUAAUAGAUAUCUAAAAAGAGAAUGGAGCAUUUCAUGAUUUUCACUGUUUUAUUCAAUUAUGUAAUUUCCAGAGAAGCAAUAAUUUCCCUUUAAAUGUCAGGAAAUAGGGGCACUUAGAAAUAAUAUGGAGACUGAAAUGUUUCAAAAGGCAGGAUUUAAAUCAUAUUUUUGUUUACAGACAGUAUAUUUCUCUGAUAUAGAAAAUUCUUACCAAUAAAUAAAUAUUGUUUAAAGUGGAACUUCACCUUUAAGGAUGAGGUAAUACAACCAUAAAUGUAAUGUAUAUAUUCCUUACACCAAAGCUACUUUACAUAUUUUAGUGUAGUUUUACAAAAAAGUUGCAGAAACUCAGAUGUCAAUUUCUAUGUUUGAUAUAUUUUACAUUUUUUUGUCCUCUAAUGUAUGAAUCCUAACAUUGUAUGUGAAACUUUUAAAAUUAAGCAUUUGUUCAUAUGAAGUUAGAUAAACCAAGUAAAUUUUUCUGUGUACAUCUAGAACAUUAGUUUAAAUAUGAAACAAGGUAGUCAAGAAUAGAUUCAAUGUAUAUGUUCAGAAUUCCAUCACUUUUGGUUGAGGCUGUAGUACUCAGCCUCGUUGAAUAUACAAAGAAAACCAAAAAAUGUUACCUUUGUUUUGUCCCAAACACCAAUGUAUAUUUUUAUGUGUAUACCACUGUAAUUGUCUUUAAGAUGUGCACUCAUCUUCCAACAUCACAUCAACCUCUUAGAUAAGCCCUAUGUCACUCUUACUGCUUUUCAGUAAGAGACAGAAGUGGGGUUUCCUACAUAAUCAUAAAAACUAUUUGGAGUUUGGAAUAAAGCAAACAUUUCAAGAGUAAACAGCUUUUGUUUAUUUGAUUGUCAAAAAAAGAAAUACUUUUUUUUUGGUCCUGCAAUACCAUUGGUAUUCAACAAACCUAUAAUUAGAGAUGUUGCGAACUGCUCGCCGAACUGUUCGCGAACUGUCCGCCGGCGAACAAUAGCAUGUUCGCGUUGGGCGAACAUAUGCGAUUUCCGGUCCGCCCCCUAUUCGUCAUCAUUGGGUACACUUUGACCCGGAACCUCACAGUCAGCAGACACUUCCUGGGAGGGAGGGUCUGCUGCUGAUUGGCUGGAAUGUGUCUGCUGACUGUGAGGUUCCGGGUCAAAGUAUACUCAAUGAUGACGAAUAGGGGGCGGACCGGAAAUUGCAUAUGUUAGCCCAAGGCGAACACGCUAUUGUUCGCCGGCGGACAGUUCGCGAACAGUUCGGUGAGCAGUUCGCGACAUCUCUACCUAUAAUUAGUGAAUUUGUAAGCUGAUUAUUUUGACACAUCAUGUAUAAUGGAUUCCUAGCAAAAGCUCAGAGCAUAGGGAGAAAUUCAGCAGUUUUGGCCAGUGAUAUACCUCGAGUGCACACAAUUUUGAGAUUUUGGUGAUGCAUAUUUUUGCUCUAAUUUUCUUAUAUCUAGAUCACCGGCUUUCAGCUGUACUAAGGUGGCCACAUUCAGCUGUCUACCUGGUCACAAUCUGGCUAGCAGUUACACAAAUAAAACAUUGUUUUAAGGAAAUUGCAAGCAUAAUUUUUAAUAAAGGAGCCAGAACUCGCUUUGAGAAAAAAUAAAUCUCAUGAAUACUGUUCUAGAUUAAAAAACAAACAAACAAAAAAAAAAAACAGAAUAACAUUGAAGACUUAAGUUCACCUCUCAAGAAGGUAUAUCAAGAAUUUUAAGAGUUAAGGACCCUGAUUUGAGCAAUGAGUCCUUUCAUUAUAGAUUGUAAUCCACUGCUCAAGAUACCACGAUCUUUUACUUAAAUAUGGUUUAAAAUAAAUACUUACCCCCUAUACUGUAGAAUCUCUAUUCCAUAUGUGAAACAUAUCACGUUACAUCUCUCUAAAACUGCUUUUCCGAGCAUUUUAAUUCUAAUUUCUGGGAAUUUAAUGCAUUGGUCACCCCUCUGGUUCUUUAAGUAUAAACAAUGAAUUCCCAAAUUAGAAAAAUGUCACAAAAGGUACAUUAUAUUGCCUCCCUGCUGUAAAACCAUGAUAUUCUUCUUUAUUUUUUUAUUUUUUAUUUUAGAUUGUUCAUUCUCUUUGACUCUUUUUAUUCAAGUCAGAAAAUUUUACAUCUCAGAAAUGUGUAUGUCCAGGAUUUGAACAUACGUAGCUCAUAAAAUGUGAGGUUCAUUUUUAUUUUCGCUUGUGAAAAUGACAUUUUUUUUAUUAUUUUUCCUUAGAAUUUAUAUUAAAGCUUGCUGAUUGUAUGCAUUAUCUUAAAUUUAUUGAAACUUCAUAUAUCUGCAAUUGCUAUGUGUGAAACUGUUAAUCUGUACCAGAAAGAUCAGUAACAUUGAUUUGCAAAGUGUAAUGGGCUUUAUUGACUAAAUUGGGAAGUGCAACAAAAUUACAAGAACAUUUUUAAUAGCCACUAGCUAAUUGGAUACAUUUUCUUCUCAGCAAGUUUUCACCUGACCUAUUUUGGCCUGUAAGGUCACAAUUCCCAUUUUGGUGAAUACACUCUUUUGUCUCUCUUUUAUCUAGAGCAAACGGUUAAUGUUUAUACUACACACAAACAGGUAUAGGUUUUAUUCUUGUUCGUUCACAUUUAGCAGCAUUUUCCACAAGCCCCCAGACCUUGAAUAUGUCACUGUUAUACAAAAAAAGUCCAUGAUUAAUUGCAAUGGAUAGUUGCAGAAUUACACCUCUAGACCUUUUAAGCUAUGUCUCUUAUUAUAUACAAAAGGUUCCUCUAAUGACUGAUGUAUUCACCCAUUCCUGGUGAAAUGUGGAUUACUUUUUUAAAGUUUUAUAUUAUACAAUUAUAAAUUAGGUCCUCUCCAAGUUUCAAGAUUUGGCCAACCUUCUGAAGAUAACUCAUGUUUAAAGUUUUUUUUUUCUGUUUUUAAAUAUGUGUAAUUUUCCCAUAUAUCUUUUUAUUUCCAUAUUUGAGAUUGUAUAGUUUGUUCGGUAUCUUCAGAAGACCAUAGACAUACAGAAAAUGUUUCAGUUGUCUGUUUUUUUUUUUUUUUAUAUAAAAGAUUUUUUUUUCUAAAGCAUCUAUUGUCAGCCUUUGGUACAGUUUGAUUUUAUUGUGAUUUCAUUCUUUCUUUUGUAAGUUUUAUAUCCAAGUCUCUAUGGAUGAUUGGAGGCCCGCUUUCUUCUCAGUUUCCUUAAACAGAACUGUGCAUUUAAGCAAUGUUAAUGUUAACAAAUUCCGCUCUUCCCAAAUAUUACAGCUUUAAAAUAUAUGUGAGAAAAAUCGACUUCUCGUACAAUCCGGUUUAUAAGAAACACAAAAACACUGGUGAUCAGUACUGCUUAGCAAACUCUUCUUAAAAUGUUAUUGCACAUGUAAAAUAUGAAAUCUUUACUCUGCUGUGUGUUAAGCAAUCUGUACUCUUUUAAUGACUAUUGUUCAAUCCAUUUUUAAAUGCUUGUUUGGAAGACUGUGACAAUAGCUCAUGAAACUGAGUGUUAGUUUCCUUUUUUAAAAGAAAUAUGUAAAGUGCAGUCUUCUGUAUUCAUGCAUAUUGUAUAUAUCUGUAUAUGUUUUACCAAACAAUUAAAUAACAAUAAAUAUGAUGUUAAUGGUGA